AUGCACAAACGGUACUUGAUGGGGGGGCACUGGCAGAGGCAACAUACAGCUCUCCUGUGAGCCACGCAAUUAAGUGAAACCUUUUUUUAAAAAAAGAAACAUCUGAAAAUUGAGUUGCCUGAGAUAUCAUUUCUAAGGUUUUCCUAACCUUUUCUAAAAAAAAUUUCCCCCCAGCUCAACAUUUGUGUACACUCACCAAAAUCAGCAGAACAAACUAAAGUUAAGGACGUCUGUUUUGUGUGCAGCAUUUUCUGAUUGUGUAUGUUUUUCCCUCUGGCUGAGCAUGCUUUGGAUUAUGGUCUAAUCCUAUAACUGCCUGACUGCCUCAAUUUUUCAGACCUCCAAAUGAAUAGCUGAUUGCUUGCCUGGCAUAUGGUUCUGUCACAUGCAGCCGAACGAAGGAGGCAAACAGGAACUUUGAAUUCCAUCACAGUCACACAGAGGCGUACCCAGACUCCCUCGUGCCCUUGGCAAGAAGAUGUUGGCCAGAAGGAGCAGAAGAGCAGUGACCCAAGGAGCACGGAGACAGGCAGAUGGCCUCCUAGCGACUCAAAGCCAGAGUGGAGAGGCACGGUUUUUGCACACACACCCUGGGCCUGCGUCCUUGGUGGUGGUCAGUCUGGCCAACCGCUAGGUGCACCCCUGCAUACACAGAAAUGAGACCUUGUUCUGUUGCACCUUGUGUCACGGUCCAGUCUACAGGGGAUCAAAGUCCCGGCUGAUGAUGUAAGGACUGGGAGCAAGAUGGCGGGUGAGAGCAGGAACAAGAGUCCAGAAGCCGGGGGUCCGAGUGUCAGGAAGCAAGGAGUCAUGAAGUCAAGGGUCCGAGGAUCAAGAAGCAGGGAGUCAGGAAGCAAGAAGCCAAACGCAGCAAGGCAGGAAAUGUGUUGCUGUGGCAAAGAGCCGAAGGGAAAUGCUGACCUUAUAUCCCUUCCCAGCUCUUGCCACCAGGUGCAGUGAGUUACCAAGCGGUCUCACCUGUGUGGCUGCGCCUUGCCUCUCCAGAACAAAUUUAGGAAGGCCCCAGUCCUGCGAAGCCCUACUGGUCACAAGGCCUGGCUCCUGCACGCACUCCUGACACCUUGCUUCCUAGGAUUUCAAAUGGCUAGAAAUCAGUGUGGGUGGUUUGUCUCCAGUAUCCAAGUAUGUGUGUGAGAGACACUGUUUGUAACAGGCCUGCAUGACGGAUGACUCCCCAAGCCCAAGAUGCCAUGCCCAGUAGCUUCUGAAGUUCUUGACACCCUUUCUUUUUUGCACUUCUAGGCGGGGGGGGGGGGAGGAUUGUUGUACCCUUUGUUUGCCACUGUCCAGGGGUGUGGGUUGCGCUUAACUUGGUGGGCUACAAAUUCUACAGGCUUAGUGAGCCACAAGUUGUGCACUGCAUGAACAGAUUGUGAUUCUUGCAGCUGAGAUCUUCCGAGGAUACCAGGACACAUACACCCCCCCCAAAGAAGUUUAGGAGAAAAUUAAGCCUCCUUAAAGAGUUAAGCUUCAUUCUCAGCAAAGCAAACAGUGGAUUAGCAGUAUUAUAUUUCACAUUUGCUGAAAUGCAGCCAGUCUAGCGUGCUUUAACACAAUGUGAAUCCUAUUGAAAGUGCAGAGGAAUUUUAGGCAGCUUUCUAAUAUGCUUUGCUUGUGUGAGAACUGGCCAGGAAACAAGCCUGAAAGUUUUCAUUGUUAUAGGAAGAGGCAUGAUGGAUGCAAGGAUUGUGAGUUUUAAAUUACUGCCUUAAAGCUACAAUCCUGUACAUACUUGAGAGUAAGUGCCAUUGAACUCAAUAGGGGUAACAUCUGAGUGCACUUCAGUUUGCAUUUAAAGGCAAAUCUACCCAAUGCACAAUUUCCAAAAUAAGAUGAAACCAAAACACAGCCAUCUUUUGAAAUGCACACUUGUCUGAAUUUUGGAAUGCAAUAAUGUGUGCAAAGAUGCAUAUACUAGUGUAAAGUGUGUAUAUAAAUGUAUAUAUAUAUGAAGGGAGGAAAUACAAAAGGAAAAAUUCUUUGCAAAAAUGUGUAUUUUAUGAGAAAUUUGCAGGAAUAUACUGGUGAAUUUGCAUGACUUCUUUAUAUAUAUAUAAAACUAAUGUGGAAAUGUGGAGAACCGAAGAUUGGGAAAAUGAGCAACUGAGAGAAACCAACACUGGCAGAUUCACCCAUCCAGGCUUCUGAAUAACUAAGGCUACACUACAAAGUCUGAUUCUCUCUGGUGUGAUGCAGCAUUAUCAAUGACUAUAGAAAAUAGCCACUGCCAUGUGGAGAAUUUUGAUUUGAUAGGUCAUGGGUGCUCCAAGGGCAUUCACUUGCAAAUAAAAACACGCCAGGAAUGUUCCCCAACAAAGAGCUGAAAGGCAGAGGAGCACAGCUUUUGUGUGAUUAAGUAAUAUUUCGGGAACUGUGUAAACCCAGCGCUUGGUGGUGGAGCAUGGGAAGCUCCCCUGCCCUGCUGGGGUUUGGUGUUUGAUGGAGAAGGGGCAGCACUUAUCAGAGCCUGGCUCACCGUGGUCCCCGCUGUCUGAGCUUAGGAGGACGUUGUCUCAGCAACACACCAGCUUUGUCUGCUGACAAGGCCUUUCUUUCCAGUGGCUCCACCCUUCUGGGACAGGUAUCUGCAAACCGUAAGGGGCCCAUAACUGAUUCUGUUGUCACGUGUCCCUGAGUGGCUAUGGAGCAGGGCACUUUAAGAAGGAGCCAAGGAGACUGGUGAAACUUCUCUAAUAGGAGCAGUAUAUGGAGAAUGGGGCACUACUGCCAUCCUGUACCUCCUGGUUGUCAUGGUGACCAGGCCCCUUAGCCCAUGGAGUUUCCCCACGCCUUCAUACUCUCAAACACACAGCUGCUUGAUUUAUCUUGUAGGCCAGAUUAUUUCCUUUGACCUAACUAGGGCAGGCAUAUUUACUUCAUUGCGUUCUUCUUAAGUUGUCACGACUCCCUUGUGCUUUCUAAAUAAACUUUCUCAAAGAGAAAGAGGCAGCCUCAGAGCCAGGGCACAUGUGAAGAGUGAACAACCCCAAAGUCAGAAGAUGAUGGCAGAGCCACAUCCUCAGGCUGGGAUGGUGCUGAAGGAGGUCUUAAGGGCACUCGCCUGAGUGGGGGGAACACUGGGACUUGACAGGAACAUACCCGCUCAUCCUUCCGAGAAUAUACUUCCCAUGUUUAUAAUGUAAUUUCAAAUUUGUUUUAUUUUCCAAAGUCUCGUUUCUGUGUGCUUACUAAAGUGGUAUGGAAAACAAGUCUUGCAUUUCUGUUUCCAUUAGGUGUGUGCAGGAGAGAAUAUGCAGCCCCAGCCCACACACAAGGUGGGGUGCAGCAGCUGCCUCAGGCAGCAGAGGUUCCCAAGGUGGAGCCCCUGUGAGUGCCCACCCCACCCCAGAGAAGCGGCACCUGCUCUGGCAUGCAAAGUCUUGUGAGAUUUUGGUGAGAACUGUUGUGGUGAGCAGCACAGCGGUGACAGAGCAGGGCAGCACUUCUCGUUUGGCCUCAAGUAGUGAAACAGGAUGCAUUGCCCAUGAAUGUAUGAGUGGAUUGUGUCCCUUAAGUCCUAUCACUCUGUCACCCAUUCUGCUGCCCCUAGUGGCAUUCACAACAAGUCACAAGCCAUCGCCAGCAAAUCGACUGCCUCAGCUCUGCCAAGCUCUGAUACUCCAACAGUGGCUUGCAGUGCCUCUGCUUGCUCACGCUCUCAUUGAAAAGGCCAUUUCUGCUGGGCCCCUUUCUCAAAGGUGGUGGGGGAAUUACAAUCGGGGUUCAUUCAGCUCAUUAGCUGCAGGCCGUAUUAUGGGUGGCGAUGUGCAAUUAUUUAUGUUACAGUGUUCGGAGAUCUCAGACACCACAUCUGGAUCAGGAGGGGGUGACAGCUGAACUUUAAAACGAUUUCCUUCCCCAGCAUAAUUAAGUUAGUGUGGCUGCGCAGCUCAUUUUAGCAAAUCUGAAAGGCUGGAAAAUGUCAGCAUGGCAAGUGUACAGAUUAUCGUUGUAUGUUCUCUAAUCUUAUAUUGAUAAGUCCCCUCUAGUGGUUUCCUGCUGGUAAACCGCAGACAAGGGAGGCAGGGGUUAGUCAACUGGGGAAAAUUAGAUGAAACUUUGCUUCUGCAAUUAAUAUAAAGGCACACUUAUUUGAAGGAUACUGCUAAUUAAAACAAGCAGUGCUUUCCCCAUUUCAUGGGCUCUGGAAAUGGGUUUCAUGGAAUGCACAGUAAAGUCUACGUCAUGAGGUAAGCCACUGUGGCAAACUCUGUUUUAUGUGUUCAGGUGAAGACUUCUUCACCUUUAUUACAUACAGAUAAAAUUGAGGAUUUUUUAAUGCAAUUUAAAUGCAUGUGGUUUUCUGUGGAUUUUUAAAGCAGCCCUCUUCCUUCCCUGUAUACCAUCUCUCCACUAAGUGUCUGUAGAUUAAAGUUAUCACCCCCCCUCCCGCAAUGCUCCAAAGGUACUCAAAAUUGCUGUCCUGACCCCAAUCUCCUACUCCCCCCACCCCAUUCAUCCAUCAUUUCCUGGACUGUGGUUGCAGCAGGUCUGGUGGUGGUGGUGGUGGUGGUGGCAGAGAUGAAGAAUGAACUUUCUUUUCCUCACUUCAUCUCCAGCACCAGGAAUAGGUGCUAAGGAGGGUGGGGGAAGGAAGAGGAGAAGGAAGGGGAGAAAAGAAGAUGGACAGAGGAUUCCCAGCUACUGUUGACACUGUAACAGAUAACACAAGCGACAGCUAGGUCAGCAGGUGGGAGCAGGGUGGAAGAACAGAACAGCCCAUCCCUCCUUCCUCUGCUUCUGCGUAGUUAUGAACUGGGAAGAAAACGGCAUUUGGUUUGGUUGAAGGAUCACCCAUGGAGAUUAGCACCAACAUCAGAAUCUAAAUAUUAACAGGAAAGGAACUAGGCGAAGGGCCUGUCAGGAGGUAACAAAAGUCCACUGGAAUUAUAUGAAAGCCUGGAAGUGCAAGUGUGUGCGUAUAGGAUUAUUGUUGAGGGCUGAAGCCCUGUGCUCACUUACCUGGGAGUAAGCCCCUUUUAAUUUAAGGGGAUUCACAUCAAGUAGACAAACGUAGCAUUGCACUGUUAGCAAUCCAAGUGAAAGCCAGGCCUACAGAGAAAGGGCAGAGGAAGGAAAUUUUAGGGGGAUGUGCUAGCAUGUCUAUAAGGGAUUCAAUAUGCACUGUUUCAAAUUAAUAUAGCUGGCAUUUCCAUGGUCUUAGGCAGUGCUUUUUUCUGGGGGGACGCCUAAACAUUUUGUGAAUCUUUGUACUUUUGUCCAUUUACUGUACUUAUUUUCCCUUGAGUCAAAAUGAGAGUACCCCCAAACAUACUUUUUUUAAGGGGAAAAAAGCACUGGUCUUAGGGAAUAGUAUUUCCAGGCAAGGUUGCUGAAGUAUAAAUCUGCAGCAAACAGACCCUGGAUCCGAAACACUCCUGAUCUCUUAAUAAUACAGGUUGCUUGCAAAAGGUCAAGAAUUCCGCACAGCAGGGGGGUCCCAUCAAAAUGAGCUCACAUGUAAUAGUAGCCAAUAAUGCAAUAAAUAUUUCAGCAUUACUGAAAUGUGAUAGGUAAGAGAGAAAAAUCAAUGGUUAGGAAGGGCGACCUGUAAAUGUUCAUAUUUUUAAAAAGGACCAGAGAUUUCAUGUCCAGAAAUAACCACAGCAGCAAGUAUUAACAGAGGACACCUAGUGGUGGAGAACCAUAACAGGUUAUUUCUUAAGACAAUGUGCAUUAUGUAAACUGCACAAUGAAAUUGCCUGUAAUGCAAAUUCUUGUAUAAUGAUUUUACAGAGAUUGGGGCCUCGAUGGUUCUGGAGAAAAUAUGCUAAUGAAAGAAUCAGAAAGUUUUAAAUACAUGUGAAAUAAAAUCAUUUGUGUCCUCAAUUUUGUUUCAAACUACUGUAAGCAGAGGGAUUAUCCGGGGAAUAGCAUUUUUUGCUCGUUCCCUUAAUACACUUGUCAGUUAUUUCUAGGAACAACAGUGACAAGCUAUGAAGAAAAGGCUUCAAACACAGCCAGAAUGCUUUGUAGGCAUAAUGUGGGACUCUGGGUACCGGAGAUAGCACGACAAGAAGAAAUAUAGGUGUACCUUCAAUUGUUCGGCAUGAACAGUCUUUAAAAGGCAGAAGUAAUAUAGAUUCCACCUACCUGGAAUCCAUCCAUCUACCAAGCAAUUACAUCCAUCUACCAAGCAAAAGGUAGUUUAUAUAGUACACCGGUAACGAUUUAGUUCUUCAGUUGCUACUUCUUACAUAGCCAAAAACCAUCUAUGCACAAGAGGUAGGUGCCAACGGAUUUGGGGGAACCUCAAGGUUUGCAGAAGCAGAAAAGUACAUUAGAAAGGCCCUAUGGAGGAAGAAGACCCCCUCCCAGUCUAAUGAGAGUAGAGUGUGCUGAGUGGGCAUUGAAUACUGAGUGUCUAUUGAAGGGAUGCUGGUAAAAAAUGGGUAUUUGUUUGUUUGCAUAAUUUAUAUCAUGCUCUUCCUCCCAAAGAAGCCCAGGAUGGCAGGGUGAGUAACAGAAUGUCCUCGAAGAGGCCACGACUCACUGGCUGGCUGGAGCACUCAAUGGGAGCAUCCCACACUGCAACAAGUGCAGGUCCCACUUAGAAACAUAGUAUUGUAGAGUUUGAAGGGACCCUGAGGUCCAGCCCCUUGCAAUGCAGGAAUCUCAACUAAGGCAUGCAUGGCAGCUUAAAACCUUCAAUGGGGAGUCCACUACCUUCCAAGGGAGUCCUGAUGUUUAGUUGUAAUCUCCUUUCUUGUAACUUGAAUCCAUUGGUUCAGGUCCUGCAGGAGAAAACAAGCUUGUGGUGGCCCUUGUGAUGUUUGAAGAUGACUAUCAAAUCUUGUUUCCUUUUGUUUUAAAAGCAGGUGUUUCUCCUUUAUACUGCAGUUGUGCUUUCAAUGCAGCUCUCAAAAUAUUUACUAAAACAAUUCAGAUACACUAAAACUAUGUGUGGCCCACACAAUGCAAAAACGAGCGUGAGCAUUAUCAAUGUUGAUAAUGUGCUAGUCAACACCACACUAUUACUUGUCUGGUUUUUUGUUUGUUUUUUUUAAAAAAACUAUUCAUAUACUGUUUAAUACUGUAGUCUCUAUGUGGCACUACUAAAACCAGCCAUUCAGUGCCAUAGCAAUUUAACAUUGUGCAUAUAUGUGCAGUGUAUAUAUUUUGACAAUAUAUGCACCAUGUACAAAUUCUCCACAAACCUUUGUAUCAUAGAUGGAUAUAUGAGUCUACCCUGAGUUUAUAAGAGUGCACUUUCAGAUAGCACUCGCUGGGGAGUAGCUACCUAGUGACUCAACAGAAUGCCACCUUCAUUUAAUCAAUUAAAAUACUCAUUUAUAAUUACAUUUGUAAAAAUCAAUAAAUAAACACAGGAUUCUUUUUUAUAUACGGAGAGAGAGAGAGAGAGAGAGAGAGAGAGAGAGAGAGGCAGGCAACUAUCUACACUGGGUAAUGUUGUAUACAAUUUGAAACAAAGAUUGCCUAGGAAAAAAUUAAUGGAUUUGAUUAAACAGUUGAGGAAUGCAGUCAGGUUGUGUGUGAUGUUUUACUUAUUUAAAACAUUUCUAGGCCACUCUUCAUCAAAGCAGAUGCCAGGAUUGUCUUCAGUAAUAUAGGCAACAAAUUAAUUAAAACCUAAUGCAACACAAAAACAUGAACAUUAGCAGCUGGGGUAAAAACAACAACAGCAACCCAACAGCAGAUAUAUUAAGGUUAAAAUGUAAACUUGAUUGGUUGAGUAUUUUAGAGCAACCUUGAGCAUGUGGCAUUUUCAUUGUGUCUGCCUGCUCUGUUUCAAUAAGGUUAGCAGUAAAACUGAAAUUUACAAGACAAGGGAAUUCUUGUAAAUGUCAGUCUGUUGCUUGUUUCCAAGCCAUGUGAAAACUGGGGUUACUGAAUGGUUAAUCCCCAUACCUUCCUAGUGAGCAAUUGAAACUUUGAGGGGCAGACUAUGCACUACACGAAAAUGUAUGUAAUGAAGGCCUGAUGAGUUUUGUAAUGAAAACAGCCUCAGGAGAUUGUGUUUUUGAGCAGAGGAGCACUUUGCCUAUGUGUAACCUUUUCCCUGCCAAGUAUUUUUUUCCCCUCCCAGCUUCUCUCCCUCUGCUUCCAUAUGUGUAUUUGUGAAAAAGGGUAUUUGUGUGUGUGAUUUUAAACUAAAAAUCAUCAUGGGGAGGGGUUAAGCACUCACUCCCGCUACCAUUCUUUUGCUCAAAAUUGCAGCCUUUUUUUUUUAAAAAAAAAAGACAUCAUAGAUCACUUUACUAUCUCAAAGAUCUCAAAGUGGCUUACAUACACAAUAAGUACAAAAAACCCACUUCAGAUGAUUUCCACAACAAAAUACAUGAACAAUAUCCAUAAACUUAAAAUAAAAUUAAUAAAAUCAGAGAACACUACAAGGCAGGAUAUCUUGGGGCUGCUUUUCUAUUGCAAAAACUCUGGGUAUUGUAGUACCUACUUUAUCUCUGAGUUCAUUACUGUCAUGUCACAGUUAUGAUUAAAAGAGUUGGCGGCAGUAGCACUUUUAUUAAAUUGAAUGAUAUCUUGCCUACUAUACUGCCUGGACUCUUGCAACUGCCCAUCUCUAGACAUGAUUUCACCUAGUGGAUGAAUUCUGAGUCAACUUUAGGAAGAUCAAGACCAUGUAUUCCUGUGAGGCGGGCCUCUCACUGAGAGCCAGUGUGGUGUAGUGGUUAAGAGCAGUAGACUCAUAAUCUGAGAAACCGGGUUUGCGUCUCCGCUCUUCCACAUGCAGCUCUGGGUGAACUUGGGCUAGUCAGACUUCUCUGAAGUCUCUCAACCCCACUCACCUCACAGAGUGUUUUUGGUGGGGGAGGAAGGGAAAGGAGAAUGUUAGCCACUUUAAGACUCCUUAGGGUAGUGAUAAAGUGGGAUAUCAAAUCCAAACUUUUCUUCUCUUCUCAAAUUCUUUUUAUCCAAGGGGGCUGAAGAAAUGAAGCCAAGAAAAUAACACCUUCUAAUGGGAAACACCCCAAAAGAAUCAAUUAAAUAUCUUUUCAGAGCAUACUGAAGUCAUAACGUCUUUCCCCUGGAGUACACCUGUUUGAAUUUAUGGGGCUAAUAUUUUUCAUAUAUAUAAAAAGAUGAAAGUGCACUUCUUCUGGAAACUGCAUUAAGUCUUAAAAUUAUUGUUUCCAAAACUUUAAUGCACUAUUCUAAAUUUUAGAGGGAAUAAUAGGGCUAUAGUACAACUGCACUUUACUGAAAACCCUGUGCCUGUCCUCAAGGCAAAGUGCAACAAGGGAACUGUGCUUUGGGCUGCAAUCCUGCACACACUUACUUGGGAGUAAGCCCCAUGAAACACAGACUUAUUUCUGAGUACAACUGCACGGUCAGAAUCAAUGUUGACGACUUCUUUCUUCCCAGGAUGACCUUCCUGUAUCUGGGUACCUGGUACAUAAUUCCUUCAGAAUGAGCUGCACAACUCUCUGUGUCUCUGCAUUCCAUGCAUUCCUAUCAAGUAUCAGUACCCAGACCUGGUCAAAUCAGAUUUUUCUUAUGGUGGAUGUUUUAAUAAGAAAUAAUGUAAGAAGUCAGCAAAAUGCUUCUCAUUAGAGAGAUGGGCAGGUUGCUUUACAUACCCAACAACAGCAAAUUUGUAAGCAUAAGGUUUUCAGAACAGAAGUUACUGUAAGAGUAGCUUUUAUCAUCAUACGUUUGAGAGAUAUGUAAUUUAUUUUGUCUUCUCAAAUAAAAACUCAUGGUGCAAUUUUACUUCCUGCUUCUAAAGAGGAUGCUACAUGCUGUCUGUCUCUCGUUUUUUUUCAUUUCCACUGUUUUACAGUGGCUACCACAUAUGUGUACAUUACGUUUUUAAAUAGACUUUGAGGUAGUUUGUGCGUUUUGGCACUCAGCUGGGAUAGCUCAGUGAACUGAACACGAGACUCUUAAUCUCAGGGUUGGGCAAAAGAUUUCUGUGCCAUAGGAGCCAACUCCUAGGAGCUGAGGGGGAUUGGCCCCCCAAUAAAAUAUUUGAGGAGGCUGUCCCUCCAAAUUGAAGGGCAUUGCCAUAUAAAUGUGCACAGUGUCAUGUGAUCGAUUAUUCGGGGCGGGGCUUACCUCCCUUCCCCCUAUUUUAUUCAAGUUGGCACACCUGACCCUCACGGUCCCUUACAAUUCUGUGAUUCUGAUUUCGCUGCGAAGACACCACCUGCCCCAGAAAGAGAGCACGAAAUGGCAACGCUUUACAACGAUGGAGUUGUCCAGGGUCUUGAAACCGAGAUGCCAUUGAAUGCUUCGAGGAUGCUCCCCCCCCCCCCUGCAAAGGGCUGCCCUAUGCGCCCUGUAGGGGCUACGGAGUCCCCACCGGAGUUUUAGAGGCAGGCACGUUUAUUAAAGUUUACCGAUGGCCGCUUUUCUUUUACCCCCCCCCCCCCCGCUUAAACAGCGACUCGGGUCAAGGUCCGAUCGCCGUCCACGCAAGAGAGGAGUUUGCGGUGCAAAUCGGCGUCCUGGCCAACGUAGGUUUCAUAUUCGCAUUUAAAAAACCCCUUUGGCCGCCCAGAGCCGCGCUAUGAGGAAUCCCACCGGGAUCCGAGACGCAGCGCGCAAGGCUGGUUACAGUCUCUCUCUCUGGCGGUGAGCUGCUUCGCUCCGGGCUUCCCGCCGGCCUCCUCCCCCAGCUUAGAGACUUUCCCCAGCGGAGGCAGAACUUUAGGAACCCGCCCCGCGCGCCGCCUGGGAAACAGGGGGGAAAAAGGAAAGAGCGGCGGCUGCGGAUCUCAGCGGGCUCUAUAAGGCAAGGAAGACAAUUACAGAGAGAGAGAGGGAGAGAGAGGGGAACAGCAGAAGGUGGGAUCGCCUGCUAAUACGUAGGCGGGGCGUCCUCCCUCCCCCCCACAAGAGGCAUCCUCCCUGUCCAAUGGGGCGUCAGGGCGCCCUCCGAGGGGCGGCCUCAGCCAAUGAGGAGCCAGGGAGGCGUAGCCGCGCCUCGCAGCGAAGCUGAGCUCCUUUCCUCCCCAGCCUAUCCGGCGGCUGAGACGGACCGAGCCGGAGCUUGCCUCGCGCGGGCAGCUGCGCCGGCUAAAGCGGACGGGCGGCGCGCACGGCGCUCGCUCGGGUCGCCCCCCUCCUUCCCCUCCCCGCCGCCCUUUGAGGGAGAGACGCUCCGCCAGUCAGUCAGUCAGUCCGCCAGUUGGUUUCGAGGGGGGAGAGGAAGGUAACCGGACGGAGCUCCUUCGCCUGGGAGCAGCUGGGGUGUAGAAAGGAGGUAAGGGAGCCGCCGCCGCUGCCGCCGGGUCUCUCUCGCGUCGUUUCUCCUCAGAAAGUGGUGAGGGAGUCUGGAAGGGGAGCCGAGCCAGCAGGGUUCGAGACUGAGGGGCAGAAGCGGCUCCUUCAGUCCGGCUGAGGGGAAAGCGGGUCUUCCGAGGAGGGGCAGGUCGGUGCCAUCCCCUCCCCCUCCGCCCUUUGGUGGAAGAGAAAGAGGGAGGAAUUAAUGGAGGGCUUUUGGGGAUUAGUUCUCCACGGCACCAGGAACUCUCGCUCUCUCUUUGUGUGUGUGUGUGUGUGUGUGUGUGUGUGUGGUUUCUGGUGGGGGGUUGGGGAAGCGACACUUUCUUCAUGCACUUGCUGCAGAUGGUGCAAAGGUUCCUCACGUUACUUUCUUCCUCUCCCCUCCGAGAGAGAGACAGACAGGCAGUCAAGAUGGAAAGUUGGAGGAGGUUAUUCUGGCCUGGGAAUAGGUGAGGAGGCGAAGGCAGGAGGGAGUUGCCUUUUCCUCCCUCCCUCAGGGAUCUCUGCUUAGCCACCCCCACUCCCGUGGGUGGAAAAAUAGCACGGGGGGGGGAGAGGGGCUUGGGGUCGGAAUUCGCCUCCCCCCCCCGCCCGCCCAGCACAGAGUUCGCCUCUCUGGCGCACAGCUUUUGUGCCUGCUGUAGCAUUGCCAUACAUCGCUUGAUUUCAUCUACUGUAUUUAUUUAUAAGUUUUGCAAAACAAAUGGUUCUGCUUGGACUAGGGCAUGGGUUGGCACAACGGUGGUAUCUGUUGGGCUGCCGACGUCAUUUCGCUGGACAGUGAUCUAAAACCGGCACCUCAAGUUUAGUUUAACUUUUUAAGGAAUGCUGUGUGCUAAUUGCUGGGAUGUUUUUAUAACGCUCCCCUUCCCCCAAAUGGGCAUAUCGGAAAGGGAGGUAAUGGGGCAAUCUUCUCUUCCCUUUGGUUUUGAAAAACAAAUGUAUGUACAUCAAUCGUAGGUGCUAGAAUACGGUUAUUGUCUGGUCCAGCUAAAUGAUUUUUCAGCAGUUUGAUUUUUGUGUAUAGCAAAUGGCAAACGAUGUCCUGUGUGUUUUCUCCCCCCCCCCCUCUGUUUUUCUUCGAGUCUGAAGCAUGACCACCAAUUCAUUUUUUAAAAGAAAGCUUUCUCCUUUUUAAUGUUUUGUCUUAUGCUGCAUUUAAUGGAACACAAGUGCCUUUGUAGUUUUGUGGAAAACUUUUACCAUUAUUUUAUGGAUUUUGGUUUAACAACAUUUGCAGGGCUUUCCACUGUUAUGGGUAGCUAGCUCACUGCUUUAUUUUGACAGUAGACUACUCUGAAGCUGAUAAUUAUCUAAUGCACCUAUUAACAUAUAAAGUGAGUUUGUAAGCUACAUUUUUAAUGUAUGUUAGAGGAUACCUUUGAAUACUUGCAGCAUGGUUAUCCUAUUUUUAUAGGGUUGGUUUUUGGCAAAACAUUGUUUGAAAACAGAUAUCUGUAUUUUUGUAGUAAAGAUUCUUGCUAACGAAAAGACUGCUGUGAAUUCUUUUACCUUAUUUUUGUGUUCAAUUUUCAUUCCUAAAUGUUAACACUAGAUGGCUUUCUUGCAUCGUCCAGAAAGUACAGUACAGUUCAGAGCUGGCUUCUGACUUUGCUAGGUUAUAUCCUAGCACUUGCUGCUUAUAAAAUGCUAGUGUCCUGAUCUGUUUUAUAGUAAAUGGAACUACAGUAGAACCAAAUUUAAGCAGUUCCGUUCUUGGCAGUUUUGUUUUGACAUUCUUCUUUAUAGAAGUGCUAUAUGUACAGUUUCCAAUUUCUAUAAUUCUGUGGUAAACGAUGCUCAGAAAAAACUUUGAACAUAUUUUUUCCAUGAAAAGGGCUGCUUUAUAAUUGAUGCAUAUAUUGAUAAAUUGCAUUGCUUUACAUUCUCUUUGAAACUGGUAUAACCUCUUUAACUGAUUUAAUAUAAACAAAUCAAUAUUUUCUCUAGUUUUGUGUUUUUGUUGUUAAUUUUGGCCAAAAUGAUGCUACUCCAAGUCACGUUUCAUUAGCUUCUGUGUAGCUAAUACACUUGUAUUUUGUUUGUACAAAAUGUGGCCAUAGAACAAUUCUUUAUUAGUGCACGAUGUUUUUCUGCCUAUGAACUAGGUGACUGUGCAAGUAGCGUAGAUAUGCUUCUCUCCAUUCAUAGGAGCACAGUAUGAAAUAGAGACUGCUCUGUUGUUGUGGCCUGUCUUCUACUUGGGUCAUGCUCUGAAGAGUAAAAAUGUCCCCCCCCCCGAAUAUCAGCACCCUUAGACUGCAUAUCAGCACAGAGGAUUGAAAUGUAGAGCUGCUGAAUUUGGAUUUAGGAAGGCUAUUGGGCUCAUUAUGGUUAUCAUUUUUCUGUGCUGUUUUCUGAACUAUUGUUGAUGGAAAACAUGAAAUGCAGGACCCCAAUGAAAAAACUGCUUGCUACCUAAGAAAUAAUUACAGAUGGAAUUAUUCCAAUAAUGCAACUUUAAGGACAUUAAAAACACAGUUUGGCUUCAGAAUUGUUGGCUUACUCUGAGUGUUCAUAUAAAUUAAAAUGGAUCCCAGCAAAAUCUUAACCAUUGACUUGUGUUUGCUGUAGUAGCUGUCUCUUACUGCUUUGAACUUAAUGAGAUAAUAUACGUAUUUCUGCAGUUUUGAAAAAAAUUGUAUAGAUGGUCUAAGUAGCAGUGUAGCUAGCCAUUUGGGUGCCUGGUGCGGUGCACGCGCCCUGCAGCUGGCUGCGAAGUGAACCGCCCAUGGGGGCGGGGCGAGCCAAGGCAGGGCGCGCUGUGUGGAGCCUCUCCGCAGCCUCCCCCUCAGCUAUAAGGUGGCUGAGGUGGUGGGCAGACGCAAGCCCUGCGCUGCUCAAAAAAGCAGUGCAGAGCUUGCAGGCAGUCCACCCGCCGCCUCACCCUCAGGAGAGACGCAUGGCUUAGGCACACUUCAUCAUUCAUUACUUCCAAUAUUAUGAUUCUGAAUAUUCACUUGGAAGGAAGUCUUGUCAAUUUCAAUAGAAUUUCCUAAUAAGCAUUCUUGGGAGUUCCUCUGUAGGCCUAGUGAAGAAUCUUAAAUCCCAAUAUUUGAUACUGGAAGGGGUUUGUUGUUGUUUAGUCGUUUAGUCGUGUCGGACUCUUCGUGACCCCAUGGACCAGAGCACGCCAGGCACUCCUGUCUUCAAGAGGAAGGGGUUAGAAUAAGGCAUAAGUCUUCUCGGCUCUGCUAUGGGGUAAGCUUUGCCACUGUGGAGGCCCCCAUUGUACACUCUGACCAAGCGCAAUGUUCCUGCCCCUGGCCCCCAAAUGAGGUAUUAAAGUUGUGAAGUGUCCAAUUCAGUGUAUUCAAAACUGCCCCAUUUCCUGACAAGGGGCCUAAUAUGGGCUCCUCUGCUGUGUCAGCUUGGAGUUGGCACAGCUAAAAGCAGAGGAUUAUUGCCUCAUGUCUUCUACUCUGGCUGUCAGGGAGCUAUAGGGCUGCAGUUGUAGUGGUCAAUUGACUGGUCAGUGCCAUCCCAGCUCCAGUAUUAAUUGCUCUGCCCUAACCCUAGGCAUGCUUCUUAGGGAGAAAGUCCAACUGCCGUUAGUGGGAGUUACUUCUAAGCAUCCACAGGUUUGAGUUGCAUAAGUUUCAAGACUGGAGUAAAUAUUUAUUUAUUUAUUUAUUUAUUUGGUUGGUUGGUUGGUUGGUUGGUUUAUGCAGGCUGUGACUAAUGUUGUCUGUUACCCAGUAGUAGGCUUUUCUUGUAGGUUGAUGCUACAAGAAGUAGAUUGAAAUAGUUGGCCACUUCUGCUUCUGCUUGUUGUUUCUCACAUUGGAAAUUCCAUCAUUGAAUGUUAGAACUGAAAUUGUCUUGAUGGAUGUUACUUUAUAUGUAUGAUUUGGCCUCAUUUUAAAAUGUACUUCAGUGUCAUGUCUAUCCCUAGACCUGACAGAGGGUUAGAGUAUAAUCUACUCACUUGGUAUGCUUUAUAACAUGACUACAAUAAGUCAAAUUGUUUACAUUCUGUUUGUAAAAGCUACUUACAUUUUCUGUGCUCUUAUUCAUGCACUUUAGUUAGGUUUGUGUAUCCAGGUCCAUGUUUCUGGAUUUGUCAAGGUUGAUUGGCAGGUGUCUUGUAAGUAAUCAGCUCAUUUGGCUUUUAUAGAAGACACUCAGAAUAUUUGACAUCAUCUGUUAAUUUGCAACGGAAUAAAUUUCUGGAAUAAAAGUUGCCUACCUGUACUUUUGUAAUUCAUUAACAUAAUUUCAAUCUUGCAAACUCCUAUCUUUUCAGUUUUCUUUGAAUUUUUAUUAGUUAGAAUAUUUUGUCAAGCUAUUUUGAUGUGUGAGAAACACUUGUUUAAUCAGAGUUUUGAAAUGUCUGCCUCAUGUACAUUGAUGGCACUAAAUUAAAUAAACGCAGCAUUUACAAAAAGUUGUGGAAGAAUUGAUUUUAAAACUUACUGAUGAAGUAAAAAGUCCCCCCAACUAAUUGAGUAGAUGUUUAUUUGCUCCUGUGUAAAUACUCUAGUAACAGUAGAGGAAGAAGUGUUUCCAAGGUUGUGCUGGACAGGGUUGGACAAGUUUUUCUGUCUGUCCUUGGUGGAUCUCCUUUUAAUAAAAUGCCCCCCUCCAAAAAAUAAAAAAUAACCAAUGCGGGAUAAUUAAUUAUGCCACUUCCAAACUGGCAUUGUUGAUGAUUAUGAUCCUGAAGCUUCUUCAAGGAAUGAAGGUUUCAGAUUGAAGACUGCCUCUACCCCACGCCUGGAAUGAACCAUCUCAGGGCCUACCAUUGUCUACUGCCAGCAGUAGAACUAUGCUCAUAGAAGUAUCUGCCAGUGUGCAGCAGGGGGCUGUGCAGCAGAUGUGCCUAUCUACCAGUGCAGCUCUUCACCAGCGCCUCCUCCAGUCAGUGAAUGGGGGGGUAGGAUUGUUCUUCCAAACUCUUGUAGUUAUUUGACUUUCUUUAAUUGGGUGAGAAUUAUAAUCAUAGAGGUGGAAGGGACCCAAGGGUCAUCUUGUCCAACCCCCUGCAAUGCAGGAAUCUCAGCUAAAGCAUCUAUGACGUAUGGCCAUCCAACCUCUGCUUUAAAACUUCCAAUGAAGGAAAGUCCACCACCUCUUAUGGGGUUCCACUGUUGAAAAGCUGUUACUGUCAGAAAGUUUUUACAAAUGUUUAGUCAGAAUCUUCUUUCAUGUAACUUGAAGCCAUUGGUUCGAGUCCUACCCUCCAGAACAGGAGAAAACAAGCAUGUUCCCUCUUACAUGUGACAGCUCUUAAGAUAUUUGAAGAUGGCUAUCAUAUCUCCUCUUAGUCUCCUCUUUUCCAGGCUAAACAUAUUCAGCUCCUUCAAGCACUCCUUGUAAGGCUUCAUUUCCAGACCCUUGAUCAUCUUGGUUGCCCUCCUCUACACACAUUCCAGCUUGUCAACAUCCUUCUUAAAUUGUGGUGCCCAGAAUUGGACACAGUAAUCCAAGUGUGGCCUGACCAAGGCAUAAUAGAGUGGUACUAUUGCUUCCUUGCAAUGACAAACCUAGACAGCAUCCUAAAAAGUAGAGACAUCACCUUGCCAACAAAGGUCCGUAUAGUAAAAGCUAUGGUUUUCCCAGUAGUGAUGUAUGGAAGUGAGAGCUGGACCAUGAAGAAGGCUGAUCGCCGAAGAAUUGAUGCUUUUGAAUUAUGGUGCUGGAGGAGACUCUUGAGAGUCCCAUGGACUGCAAGAAGAUCAAACCUAUCCAUUUUUAAGGAAAUCAGCCCUGAGUGCUCACUGGAAGGACAGAUCGUGAAGUUGAGGCUCCAAUACUUUGGUCACCUCAUGAGAAGAGAAGACUCCCUGGAAAAGACCCUGAUGUUGGGAAAGAUGGAGGGCACAAGGAGAAGGGGACAACAGAGGAUGAGAUGGUUGGAUGGUAUUCUUGAAGCUACCAGCAUGAGUCUGUCCAAACUGCGGGAGGCAGUGGAGGACAGAAGUGCCUGGCGUGCUCUGGUCCAUGGGGUCAUGAAGAGUCGGAUACGACUAAACAACAACAACAAUUGCUUCCUUUGAUCUGGACACUGUACUUCUGUUGAUGCAGCCUAGUAUAGUGUUAGUUUUUUUGCUGCUGCAUCACACUGUUGACUCAAGUUAAGCUUGUGCAUCUGGUUCUUCCUUCCUAAGUGUAGGACCUUACAUUUGUCCCUAUUGAAAUUUAUUUUGUUAGCUUGUGUCCAGUUCUCCAAUCUGUUAUGGUCAUUUUGAAUUCUGAUUCUGUCUUCUGCAGCAUUAGCUACCCCUCGCAGUUUGGUGUCAUCUGCAAAUUUGAUGAGCAUCCCCUCAAUUCCUUCAUCCAAGUCAUUUAUAAAGACGUUAAACAAUAAUGGGCCCAGGACAGAACAGUGUGGCACCCCACUUGUCACUUUUUCCCCAGUUGACAAGGAACCAUUAAUGAGUACUCUUUGGGUUGAGUCAGCCAGCUACAAAUCCACCUCGUUCAACCCACAUUUUACCAGUUUCCUCACAAGAAUAUCAUAACAUGUACUUCACUGUCUACACAGUGUGAACCACUCUGUAUAGUCACACACUCCUGCAUAAGUAUUCUGUAGUAAGAACUGUAGUAAGAAGAAAAAGAACCCCUACAACUGACAGCUGUUCAACAUGAAUAAAACAUGUAUAAUAAAUAAAUAGUCAUGUUAGGUGACUUUGAACAUUUAUUAACAUGAGAAGUGUUCUAUAGUAUCUCCAGCUGGUCAUUGUAGCAGCAAAGUUGGGAGCAGUUUAUGGAGAGAAGUGUUGGUCUGGCAAUGUGGGCAUACCUUCUGCUGCAUAGGAUCAUAGUACAGUAUUUAGUGCUUCUUUUGUGCCUUUUUAGCUUUUCAAAUACCAGUGUGGCAAAGCAUCCAGAAAAUGGAGAGCUGGAGAAUGAAAUUAUGGUAUAAGGAAGAAAAAUACAGAUACAAUAAGAAUGUUCUGAUUAGAAUUGAAUACCCACAUACUUAAUUGUAUUUAAAUAUCAGUGACCCAUAAGCAGUAUGUCUUCCUUUAUUUAUUAGAGAUGCAGAAUAGAGUACUGGGCUCAAUUUGUGUUGAAAUUAGAAGAAACUUCAUUGAAAUAGCUUGUAUGUUUAGGAUUUAUCCCUUUAUAUUUGUUGCAAAACAGCAUGGCAUGUGGAAAGUCCUAGCAAGAUGAGGACUGAAUAGAACAGAUAUCUGUGGAGUAUUACAGAAGGUUAUAGGAACAUUUUAAGACGUAGAUAUCAAAUGAACACAGCAUAGGGAGGUCAAUUUAUUCCAUUUAGAGAGGCUGAAGCAGGGUUGCAGUCAAGCAGUGAACUGCCUGGAAGGUAGGUGGGCAAGAAAUUUGGAAGACUCAGAGGGGAAAAAGCAGGGAAGUGAGAAAGUAUUUGCAAGCUGACAAGCAGAGGCAACUAGAGGUAGACUACAGCCAAAUGGAAAUAAGACCAACAUCUGGCUGUUGAUCAGGCCUGAUCUGGAAGUAUUUAAGGCAAGUCAGAGAAACAAUGGAUUGUCUGGGUAGUGAAGCAUUCAGAGAGAAUGCUCUUGUCAGCCUUAGCACAAGGGGCACAAUUGAUCUAAUCAGUAAGCUUCCAGCUUGAGACUUACAGUACUGAAAAUAAGGCACCUCUCCAGAUAUAUGUGGCUUGAUAAAGAGCAGUGGGUUUAGGUCGUUGUAAUAGUGUCAGCAUCUACAUGGUUGGAAUGUGUAAAGGACAGGGGUCUACCAUUUUUGGUUGGCGUUGCUCACCAAGCCAAAUAAGUCUAGCUACUAGACACACACCACCCAAUCAAGCCUCCAGCCCUCUUCUCUCUGGACAAUAAUCCAACAGGUAUUUUUCAAAGAAAAGACCAGUAGGAAGUGUACCAGGUUUGGCACUGCUGGUUUGAAAACACUCUGAGUGCCUUCAGAAAAUAGCAUCCAGCCCUCCCCAGUGCAUUCCAUUCCUGUUCCAAAGCAGGAAGAACCAGUAUGGGGGUUGUUGGUUUGGCCCUGUGUGGCCAAGGCUCAUCAGACAUUUUGGCAAUGCAGCUGCUAAUUUCCAUCAUUCCUUACAAUUUUGGAGGUGGCAGACAUAACCACAUACUUGUCUGGAUGACCUCCACUCACCUCUAAAGCUUCAAAGUUGGGAAGAAAGCUUUGUUGGGAAGUUGAGGAGUGAAAAUAAAAGGAUAGGUGAGAAACCUAGAGGUAGAAUUUAAUUUCAUUGAUAAGUAAGAUGAAAAUUAAACCAAGUUCCUAGACAGAGUUAAAGUAAGCUGUUGAGUCAUCACUUGCUCUUUCAACUUCCUAAUGAGGCUGAUUUUAUCACCAGAUGAUGGACCCUGCCAUUAAUGUAUUGCAUCUUGGUUUAGACAAUUUAUUCAAACAUCUUUCACUAACAUGGAAAUAAACUCUGUCCUACUGAAAUCUCAAUUGUGGCUUACAUGCAAAUACAGUACAUGGUUUCAUUUUUCUACUGUAAUCUCUAAGCAACAUUCCAGCAAGAAUAUUAUUCUUGCUGAGCCAUUUGAGGUAAGCUAACACAUUUGCUGUUUGACCAGCAGUACAAUUGUCCUCCAUGGGCUUCGUAUACCAGCUGUACCACUACAAAUGAUUGUGUUGAGUGGUGCUUUGUUUAAAAGAGGGAAAACAAAUGUGAUGUUAAUAUACAAUUUCCAGAGUUGGCCACAUAUGGGGGUUGGAGAGGGGACUGGCAAGGAAGUGCAUGGAUGGAUAAGAUGUAGACAGGAUAAGAUGGAUAAGAUGUGGUGAGACAAGAAUUUUAAGAGGUGGGAAUAAAGUGGAAUCAGGGGUUUUCAUAGAUGGAAUAGCAUGCAAAACAAAGUAUUUACAGAUUUUGUUUAAAAUAUUUUUCAGAAUAUGUAUUGUAAAAGUUCAACGUAGAUAGGAGUGAAGUUGUGAAAACCCUAAAGAAUAGUAUUUGUUAAAAGUGUAAUAAAUAAUCCCCUUUAAAAGGUCUUAUAACACAUAGUAACCUAUAGUAAGGUCUACCAUUUGUUAACACAUUAUUUCUUAUUGCUACUGAGGACACCGUUUAGUGGAAAUGUCUCUGGCACAAAUGCCAUUGCAACUAUAUGAAUGGUUGCAUGCUACAUCCAGGGUUGCUUGCAUAAAUGUUCCCAGUGAAUUGCUCAUAUAUAUAAGCCCAGUGUAGUCAGAAUUGUAACCUGUAUUGUGGAACCUUGAAAUUAGUUCAUUAAUGUAUAAGAAAUUUAUAAGCUUCGUUAAAAUGAUCAUGAUAGAUAUUUGCCUUAAAUAGAUUUAUUUAGUAUGGCCUUCAAAAAAACUUCAGUGAGAAGAUGAUGUGUUCUAUAUAUGUUUCACAUGGUGUGAUUUAAUCACUUGUUUCCAUCUUAAAAGCAACAAUUAUAGUUGUAAAUAGCUUUUUCUAAAGCAUAGCAUAAAUACUAUAGGAGUUAAUGACAUUUCAAAAUAACAGCUGCUUUUAAAAAUAACAUUAAGUACUGGUGUGUGUGCAUUUUUAGCAUUCACUUGAUUUUGGUAGGUAGUGUAGUUGAACAGCUGCAGAUUGUGUAUUUUCAUCACAAGCUGUGGCAGUUGGAAAGUUAUUCUACUUCUGCCUAUCCAACAAAGGUAGUUUGAUGCUUGAGCAGCUAGAUCAAGGUCACUUAGUUUCAACUACACACAGUACAGAUUCCCCCCCCCUUCUGUCUAUAACAAUAUAGUAAGUCACUGAAAGGAAAGGCACCUACAGGAUUAUUUUGUAUGUUCUCACAAAUUUUCAAUUUAUUCUUUUAUGUAAUUGUGCUUAGUAAUAAUUCUCUACAUAGACACUCACAUAUUCAGACUAUGAUUAAUACAAAUGAGCUGUCAAUGGUGCAGUGCUUGUUUGUAAUACACAAGAGAUCUGAAGCAAAAUGUUGUAGCUUUGCGAGUUCUGUUCACUGUUACUAUCACUCAUCCAUGCUCCAAUGCAUGAUAACACAACUCAAUUCCUGUCUCCUCUGGUUUUCUACCCUUCCCUUCAACUAUCAGUCAGUAUUUAUUGGCCAUUGAGUAAGCGUAGUUCUCAUUGGAUUAUUUUGUGUUCCCCUCUUGGUUUCUAUCUCCUAAGCAUUUUUGUACUUCUGAGCAACUUGGGCUCUCCCAAGCCCACUAAUAUAUCAAUGUUAUGUGUGGAUUAUGCUGUUUUUGGCUAUUAGUGCUCACAGCCUGGACUUCAAAAACAUAGGGAAUGGUAGAAUGAUUAUUUACUGAGAUGUGCUUACUGUGUUGAAUCUUAGUAGCCUGCUUGAGAUCUUGACCAGCUUCUUUCUAGAAGCUUUACCAUAAAUCCUUAACUAAUGGCUUUCACAAUGCUGCUUGAUUCAAUAAUGACCAUCUAUGUUCUAGAAGAUUUCGAGGCAAGAUUUUGGCCCAAAUCUUGCAGUUACCACGACUAAAUAUUCAACUGUUGUAACUCUUUUUCAGGUCAAUUGCAACAGUCAGUGUACUUGAUUCAUAUAUUUAUCAUUCCUUAUAUUUCUGAUUAAAGUUGUCUUGUGAUUGUGGCACUGCCCAAGCAUGUUAGGGGACGGGGGGGGGCCCCUCAGCUGAUGAAGCAUUUCAGCCUCAGUGAUGACAAGUCAAGACAAGUGAGAUAGGCAACUAUGUAAGGACAGAUGACAUCCACCCAAGAGUUCUUAAAGAACUCAAAUAUGAACUUGUUUAUGAGCUAUACUUUUGUUAGAAGAUAUCCAACUGUGUUGCUCAGCUGAUAGCAAAACAUCUAUCAGAAGAAUGGAGAGAAAAACAAUUUUCAGUGAACCCCACUCCUCCCUGCAGCUCCCAAGUUCCUCCAAAAUUGCUCUGGAGGGGUCGGCUUGAGCAAAUUUAAGGGGAAUAUGGAGGGGAAUUGUGAAAAAAACAAUUCUCUCCAUUCUUCUGACAGAAGCCUUGCUGUCAGCUGAUCAACACUAUUGGAUAUAACCCAGUGUAAUUUGUCUGUAAGAUCAGCCUCUAUACUUGAGGACUGGAAAGAGGCCAAUGCAACUUUAAAAGAGGGAGGCAGGAUCCAGGAGUGAUCUGAGAAAUGGCAAUCUGGUUAGUUUAACAUCUAUUCCUGGAAAUUACUGAGCAAGUCUUGAGGAACAAGUUUUGCUGAUGAAGAAUCAGUGUGAUUUGUAUAAGGAUUAGUCUUGUGGUUAAAAUAAAAAGGGAUUUUGAGGAAUCCAAAAUGAAAUCUCCAAACUGAGUAAAUGGGCAUUAGAUGUGAUUAAAUGUAAGAAAAUGUAAAGUGAUGCACACUGGAACAAAAAGCCUAACUUCACAGAUAUGUGACUUUGCAGUGGUUUGAGCAGUAAAGUGAUCUUGGAGUUGUAGUGGAUAACUCAAUGAAGAUGUCAACUUAACUAUAGAAAUGUGAAUUUCAUGUUAGUGAUAAUUAGGAAAAGGAUUGAAAAGAAAACAAUUAGUAUCAUAAUGCCAUUAUACAAAUCUGUCAUGAAAUCACACUUGGAAUACUGUGUUCAGUUCUGGUCUUCAUACCUCAAAAAAAGACGUAGAGUUGGAGAAGGUUCAGAUUAAGGCAGCCAAAAUGAUCAAGGGAUUGGAACAACUCUCCUAUAAGGAAAGAUUACAACAUUUGGACAUGACAGAGUUGUAGGAAAAAGUGGAUGGACAGAAGUCGCCAUCCCUUCACAAUACUAGAGUGGGGGCCAUCCAAUGAAGCUGCAUGUUGGAAGAUUUAUGACAGAUGAAAAAAAGUACUUAAUUCAGUUAAACUGGAAAUUGUUCCCACAAGAUGUAGUGAUUUCCACUAAACUACUCACCUUUAAAAGAAAAGUUCAUGGAGAAUAAGGCUAUUAGUUGCCUCCUCCAGUAUUGGAGGCAAUAUGGCCCUGAAUGUCAGUUGCUGGAAAGCACAAGUGGGGGGAGUGUGAUGUUGUAUUCAUGUCCUGCCUAGGGGAGAAUAGUGAAUCAAGGCCAUCACAAACAGAGAACAGAUGGACCACAGGCAGAAGAAAGAAGUUCAUAUAGAACAGAUAACAGCUGCACACUACAGGUCAGGUUAUACAUAUUGUGAAAUUAAGGAACUGAAAUACAUUGUAGAAAGCGAGAGAUGAGAGAGGACAAGCCAAGUAUUUGAGUGAAUCCAUGUUAAAGAAUUCUUAAACAUGAGCCACUAUGGCAGAACUCCUCAUGUGUAUGCUUUACGGUGUUCCCGUCACUGUUAAAUGCAGCUUGCCACAGUGUCCAUGGUUCUCAGGUGUGCAGCAGACCUUUCUGCAUACCCAGUUCCUGCUCUGAACUCAGCCUUGGUAUGCAUCUAUUGACUUUAUUCAGUUCCUGAGCUGUUGGCUGACUGACCAUUUAAAGAUGCUUUGGAUUAUAAGGGACAUGACAAAGUUAAGAAUCCUUGUAAAUCCUUACAGUUGUUUGUCCUCACUAUGGUAAGAAUAGUUUGAGGGCUAAUGGGAAGCAAGGAAAUGCUCGAUUUAGAUGUGUUAUCAGCACUAGAUGUGACUCGGGCCGCCACAUUAAAUUGGAGUGAGAGCAUGAAAGGCUGCUUUUUAUAUUAAUAUGAGUUCAAACAGGGAAGGGUACCUUGUCUUUCCUCUCGCCCUCCCCCACCAUACUUUGUUUCUUCAGGCAUUUGUCGGCCUGGCCUAGAAGGUCUUCUUGAAGCAAUGGAAAGUGGAGAGGUAAAGUGAGGGAGGCUUAGGUUCCCUCAUCUGCAUAAUACAAAUAAUAAAUUAUUAUUAUUAUUAUUAUACUGCAGUAUAUUUUGUAUUAUUUUGUCCCUCUUGCGAAUGAAAUAAGUGAAGUUUUUAAUGGAUGGGUUAAAUAUCGCCCCCCCCCCCCAGUGCAGCAUUCUGUGUCCUCAAAUACAUUGCCAUUAAUCAGCAUGCUUCUUCUGAAACAAGACAUCAAACGUAGCAGUACCUGCUACUGUAAUACCUGCUUCAUGUACACAUCAGUAUGAUAGGAAAUGAAACACUUUCUGCUCUUGCUGCCAGUUGUGUUUCCUGUAUGUAAACAAAAGCAAUCAGUUAGCAGAAUGGGAAAUUGUUUAUUUGCAGGAUGCUUGCUGUAUGAACGGAAGGAAAUGUUCUUUUACAGAGAUCAGCUCAUUGUGUUGAGGCUACAUUGCUGGCAAAAUUGAUUUUAGAAUAGUUUGGGGAAAUUAGCUGCAAAAUAGGUGCAUCUAUUUUGAGUCCUAAAAACUUCUUAACUCUUUACAUUAGUGGUUGAAGUUGAAGCUUAUAGAUCGCAUAACCAUCCCUAUUCAUAGUUUAUGAACAGGGGAUUUACACAGUUAAAUGAAUGUAAUUUUAAACAGGAAGUUUGCUGUUUGUGCACUGCCUUUUUAAAACUUUGAAGCAAAGAUGUACAGCAAUUUUGAAUACAAUCUGAACAAAUUAGCUAGGAAAUAUGUAGCCUGAUAGUCUGUAGUUUAAAAUUUUGGAGGAUGCGUGAUAACAGGACUCCAGUAAAUCUCUGCACCCACCCUGCCUUGAAGUGAAAUAAAGGUUGUUUCCCCACUAGAACACUUUACUGCAACUGAGACCUUGCUUUUCAUUGGCUGAAGGCUUCACACAGGACUUAAUAGCCCACCAUUACCUUUCCACGUAGCUAUUUGCUUAGAAUUAAGUCUAUUCAAGGCAGGGUACUACAAUAUAAACAUAAAAUUGCAAUAAUGUAACAUGAUGUUUCAAACAUUAAAUUGCAGAAACAAACAAGCAAGAAUACAGUAAAAUAUAAUUCAGCAGUACAGAAUAGUUUCCAAAGCCACAGCAAUAAAAAGUAUAUACAAUAAAAUAACAUGUGUUAAAAACCACAUGAAACAGGUGUUUGUCUUUUUGAACACAGCACAUCCCUUGAGAGGGAGAUCCAUAAAGUGGAGACCACUGUACUUUGAAGUCUCUGUCUGUGAAUCCCACCAAUUUGACAGAUCUUAAAAGUGAACCAGUGAGCAGUCCCUAUAUUCAGCAAAGGUCUCUCAACACUAAGGAUCCUUCCUUGCAAGUUUUGCCCCUUUAUUGUUUUGUCAUGAGCAUGAUAGUUCUUUUUAGAAAGCUGCUUCUUAACAGAUCUAUAGCCCCACCUGCACUAUACAUUUAAAACAGUAUCGUGCCACUUUAAACAGUUAUGGCAUCCCCCAAAGAAUCCUGGGAAAAGUCAUUUGUUAAGGGUGCUGAGAGUUGUUAGGAGACCUCUGUUUCCAUAAGCAACUGCAAUUCUUUGAAUCACUCUUCCCAGGGAACUCUAGGAAUUGCUAGGUGUUAUAAUGGCUCAUAAUUUUGUAUGUUUACAGAUCUAGAUUUGUCUUGUCAGGUUGGCAGGGAAGGAUUUCUCUUAUUUUGUGCAUUCUUAGAAAUGGAUUCUCAUUCGUGGAUUUAAUUUUAAAAUGUAUUCUCCCUUGCUGUUCCUUUAUCAGCAUACAUUUAUUUAGAAUUUCUGAAGUUCUAGUGGGCUAGUUUAGAUGUGUUUCCAAACAUUUGAUUCUGUGAAGCAGAUAAGUUGAUGUCAUGGUCUACUACUCUACCCCUUCAUCUUUUGUGUUCUAAUUAUUAGAUUGUACUCCAGUAGUUUUGUCUGGGGAGGGUGUUGUAGUACAGGUUAUUCAGCAACUGUGUGCUUCCCAGUUAAGUCUUAGGUGCAAUCAUUUUAUUUUACUUUAUAUUUAGCUGGAUAUUCUUGGGUCUGUAGUAUGUACUGAUAUAAUCUUAUAUGUAGUGAAUGUAUGUUACACAGUAUCAAUUCAUUAUGUAAUAUUCAUUGUACUUUUAUUCUCUGUCUGUAAAAUAAUUUUAAUCACUAAGAUAAUUUAAUGUAAUAGUGUUUCCGAAAGAAGAAGAAACCUUUUUGUUACAUAAUAUAAACGGAAACCCAUUAAGUUGAAGACUAUAAUUUUAAUUUGCUUCUACCUGUAUACUCCCAAAUCUUUCUAUUCCAGAUAGCCAUUAAAAGAGCUAUGUAACUAAAAAAAAAUAGUGAGCAUGCCACACAUAAUGCUAAGCCAAAACAUGAUUUAGCACAAACAACUAAAUGUGCAUAUUUCCAGGCCAAAGGUUGCAGCUGUAUUGCUCCUGCCUUAGUUCUGCUGCCACCAUGUCACCUGGGUCUAAGCCAUGGUUUGCCUUAGCAAUUGUGUCUGAAGGCCAUUUGGUAUUCUUUCAAGCUGAGCAAGGUUUUGAAUCUAGUAGCUUCCUCUGCUACUGACGCCAGAAGACUAUGUACAUUACAAAACUUCUUAGCUGCAGGUAGUUGUAUAUGUAUACUUUUGUAGUACAUAAUGCUUCUGAAAUGUUGGAGAAGACUAGCAAUAAGUCUUUUUUAGACAUUUUCAUAGGAAAUGGACUGGGAUUUAAAAAUCAAAAGUUUGUAUUCUCCUUUCCUGAAUCAUAUAUGGUGCAACUGUCCCAUUUUAUGUGAGACAUCCUGGAUUGACGCCUUCUGAUCCCAAUCCUGGAUGUCCCAUUCUGGCUUCUGUGCUCUGGCCCUGCCAGAACAUGGGACCAAAAGAUGGAUGUUUUUUCAUCUCUCCCUGUGGUGUGACUCAGUUGGCUCACACCAGAGCGUAGGACCAAAAAACAGAAGCAAAGCCUACCUUGCCCCUGUGCAUCACCACUCUUUUUUCUCCUUCCGUUGUGGGACUUCUGGAAACUGGCUUCAGGAAGCACAUCUGCGGAGGAGCUGGAGGCUGCAGUGACUUCUCCCAAGGCCAUGCCAGCCACAGAGGAGGCAAAGACCGUGGAGGAGGAAGCCACAGAGGUGGCAGGCAGCGGCAAACGAGUGGGUGGGGAACUGAAUCUUGCCUGAUCAGUCCAAACUAUCACUGCUUUGUUAAAUUGACUGGGCCAACACAUUAUCUCUGCAUAAAAUAUUAUAUCAUCAUUAUACCUCGUGCUGAAAUCAUGCAGAAAAUACACUACUAAGAAAAGACAGCAUACAGUCUAGUUUCAUUCUUAAAUAACAUUAGUUACAGAAUGAGAAGCAAAGGAUGUGGCUACAAAUAACUGUAGUCAACUGAAGUCCCUGCAGUGUCAGCCUUCUUUACAGUAUUUGGAAAAUCAUGGUUAAGCUCUCUUGUCACUAGCCACAUACUGUAGCUUGAGCAGUCGUGUUAAGCCAAGGUUUGGUUUAGUGUGAUGUGCAAACCUGGUUUGUGUGAAAUAUAAGUGAUUGGAUAUUUCUUUAAAGUUUGUUCUGUUGUAUCCCACCCUUAUGCUACUACUAAAAGAUUAUUGUGGGGCUCUCUAAAAUGUGCAUUUUGAACUACAAAUAGCUGAAUAUACAAAGUUGCCUCAGGGCUACUAAACUCAUGAAAUGGCAGCUUGUCACAGCUAGAAGGGCCAAUAUUGCGGUACCCUGAUAUGGAAGAUAAUUGUUUAUACCUUUUUAUAAUUUUGAAUGUGUCAUAUUGGGACAUAAAUCAGUCCAAACAGAUUUCUUCUUUGUUUAAAUUGAUUUCUUAUGUAUAGGAGAUGGUUCUGAUUCUGGUGGUGUUUUAGAGUAAGGCUCUGCAUUUUGAAUAGAUGUGUUAAUUGAUUUCUUCUUCCCUUUUGGUUGACAGGUAUGUGGAGUAAAAGUGAAUUGCUAUCAACUUGAUCUUGAUCCGAAGUUAUAAAAUGCAGACCCAGAAAUGAGUCCUACUGAACUACCUUCUGGAAUGACAACCUGAAAGAUCUUUUGAUACGCACAGACACUGUAACUCUUUCUUACCUCACUUCAUAAAUAAUGGAAAUGGCAGGCCAACAGCACUGCUCUUGAAUAUAAGGCUUUGCAUUCCCUUCCCAUUGCUUGGAUAUGAGUGAUCACACAUCACAGGAAGAAAAACACAAAUCCAGCAGAACUUCCUUAAAGUUUAAGGAAUCAGCAAGAAUUAUGCAGUCUGAUGACUAUUUUGCAAGAAAAUUUAAGGCUCUAAAUGGUAAUAUGGGCCCUCCUUCUUCUUUAAGCGCAACCAACAAAGGUGAAAGCAGCAACCCAGCCAAUGGUACCCCAGCUAUGCCUAAGAUGGGUGUCCGAGCCAGAGUAUCUGAAUGGCCUCCUAAGAAAGAUUGUACCAAGGAAUUAAGCAAAGCUACAUGGGAAAGUAGACCUCAAGUUAGUUAUGACGGUGCUGGGUCAGCAAAUGGUGACCAGAAUGAGGGGCAGCAAAAAGAACCCCUUGAUAUAGAAUUUGCAGAGGCAAAGUAUGCAUUAGGAGACAUUUUUCUCCAUUCACCACACAGGGGGCUUCACCCUAUAAGACAAAGAAGCAACAGUGAUGUUACAAUCAGUGACAUUGACACAGAGGAUGUACUAGACCAGAAUGCUGUUAAUCCAAAUACAGGAGCAUCUCUCCAUAGGGAAUAUGGAAGCACUUCAUCAAUUGACAGACAGGGUUUAUCUGGUGAGAAUUUUUUUGCAAUGCUUCGAGGCUACAGGGUGGAAAACUUUGAGCAUAAAACACACAUGCCAUUUGGAUUUCCUGAAUUUUUUCACUGCGAUCCGACAAUUUCUCCAAGUCUGCAUGCUGCAGCACAGAUUUCCAGAGGAGAAUUUGUAAGAAUUUCUGGACUUGACUACAUGGAUAGUGCCCUGCUAAUUGGCAGAGACCGGGACAAAUCUUUCAAAUGGAGAUUGAAGUCAGAAUCUGUAGAAACGUCACUCUUUAGAAAAUUGCGGACUGCUAAAAGUGAACAUGAAACUCUUAAAUUCUCAUCUGAACUAGAAGAAAGUAGACUUGAUAAAAAUGUUCAUCCUUGGAAUUGUCAGAAGUGUUUUGCACAUUAUGAUGUCCAGAGCAUUCUGUUUAACAUUAAUGAAGCAAUGGUUACCAGAAUUAAUGUGGGGAAAAGAAAAAAUAUAACCACUGGGGCAUCUGCUGCAUCACAAACUUCAACAGUAGCCGGACAGCUUGGAAGCUGUGAAUCUCCUAUGGGGAGUAAAGAGGAUCUCAAUUCAAAAGAGAACUUAGAUGCUGAUGAAGGUGAUGGGAAAAGUAAUGACCUAGUACUGAACUGUCCUUAUUUCAGGAAUGAAACUGGUGGGGAAGGUGAUAGGCGGAUUGCGCUCUCUAGGGCAAACUCAGCUUCUUUUUGUGCAGGAGAUAGUUGUUCUUUUGAGUCUUCGCUAAGUUCACAUUGCACAAAUGCCGGUGUUUCGGUGCUGGAAGUACCCAGGGAGAAUCAACCAAUCCACAGGGAGAAAGUGAAACGUUAUAUCAUCGAGCACAUUGAUCUUGGUGCAUAUUACUAUAGAAAGUUUUUCUAUGGAAAAGGUAAGCAAUUUUUUCUGAAAUCUCUUACUCCCAAAGGUUUCAAAACAUUUGCUGAACUUGUGGGUAGUGUUGUGAGAUGUGAAAAUAUCUGAUGUAAAAUGAAGCUCUCCUUUUUUAAUAUGUGUCUUAGAGGGCAUCAUUGUGGCCCUCCUUAAAGUAUUGAAAGCCCCAACCUACUUAUUUAAUAUUAAUGAUUUACUAUUGGGGUUGUGUUUCUCUGACUUUGGUGUCAUGUUCUUACAUAUGCUUUGACAUCUUUAAUGAAAACAAUAAUCUGGUCUCCUAUUCUGAACGACAAGAUUAAAGGAGUUAGGAGUGUGAGAGUAUCACACUGUCAGUGGUUGCAGCAAGUACAAAAAACAAGUACAAAAAACUGUCUUCCAUCAAAAUGCCAUAAGUGAUAUGCUCUUAUUCUCUAACUAGUAUUUUAUACAAAUAAACCAGCUAAUUUCAUAAGCGCCUAAUACAUGUGAGGGUGAUGUGAUGAGUUUUAAACUCCAUACUUAGUGCAAACAAGGGUUUAAUAUCGCUACAGAUACGUUUAAAAAUACUCAAAAUGCCGCAUUUUAACUUUAAAAGUGCAUAAAGUGUGAUUAACCCAUGGUCUGAAUCUUGCCUGCCAAGGCACAGGAAGUAGUUCCAGCACCUCCAACUUUAUCUCUCAAUCUGAUCAGGAGAUAGAGCUCUAUCUACUCUUUAAAGAACUAACUUCUCUAAAGAUCUUUUCUAAAGGGCAGGGAGAGAGAUUUUAUCUUCAGUCUUGGUGCUAAGCAGCAGAACACUCAAGAUCAGAGAAAGAGUCUGGUACCUGCUCUUUAAGAAUAAAUGGCAGCAUUUCCACCUAGCCAGCAUUUGAGUGGAGAGGGUUAAAAUGUGUGCGCGUGCAUAUCUGUCCCUGUGCAUUUGGUGUGUGAACAUGUUUGUGGGCUGUGUGCCCACAUAUCUAAGGAAUGUGUGUGCGGGGGCAGGGAAGGUCUGAGUGUUCUGUAUGUGUAGUGUUUUUCUAGGAGUGUGUGUGCACAUUGACAUGCAUUGGCCAUGUCAACCACUGGCAUGUGGCCCUUGGAGGAAUUGCUUUUGGGUAAAAAAAGCAUUAAACCAUAUUUGUUAUAAAGCGUUAAAUGCAUUUGACCAUCUUCCAUCUAGUUUUGGUACAAUGAGUGUAUUCCCCUGAGUGUAUUCUUGUUUUUAAGAGUCAUUCAGUAGUAUGUUGUGCAUGUGCAUACACAUGCUGUUUCUUUGUUUCUGAGGAUAUUUAUAAAAAUAUUCAAACUAUUUUCUCAAAGUUUAGGGUUCUUACCAGUUUCCUAUUUACGAAAGCUACAAUGCAGAAUUGUAAUUGUCUAAAAUAUGUGCUAGGGGCUGCUGCUUUGAGAAUUGGACAAAAUCUGGGUUUUAAAACAAAGUGUGAUAAAAUUUAGGUAUAUAAUAAAUACCUGCCUCUACUUAGCUUUAAGUGGAAGCAGAUAUUUUUAUUUAUUAUUAAAUGUUUGUAUGGUAUGUAUGGACUAUGAAAUAACUUUUAAUGUUGAUUCUUAUUCAAGGUAUGUGGUGUUAGGUGAAAUACAUUAAGAACAUACUCCUUCUUCCUAUGUGAUGGACAACAGCAUGUAGACAGAAACCCCAUGGGAGAUUGAACUCUUCCGGGGUGAUCUGGAGAGAGGCUUAUACAAUGCUAUAAGCCUCUCACAGAAAACUGAAGCUCUCUUGAACCUUGAAGGCCCAAGCCAGCCCAUUGGAGACAGUCUCAGCAUGGAUGUUGAAGUCUUCCAACACUGCUGUAAAAGGGUUCUCCAACACCACACACCAUCAGCUCAGAAAGGGAGGUAGUACAGCCAGGUAGACAGUACACGAAAAGCACAGGAGGAUUUGGAAAUAGCUGAAGGAAUAACAGCAGGAUUAUUUAAUGUUUUCUAGAAGUAAGUCCCAUUGAGUUCAAUGGCAUUUACUCACAGCCUAAGAGAAUUUGAGCUGUGUGAACUCUGAAGGACAAAAGGAAUGCACCAGAAAAUGAUAUAUCAGUUAGGACUCAUCAAAGGAGGACAAGUUCGAGAAAGGUACUCAAGCAAGACUGUAAAGUAACUAGUAAAUAAUUUUUAUUAGUUUUAGCCAUCUUUGCCCCAUGCUUCAAGUAGGUUUCCAUGACAGCUCGCAAAAUUUCAAAAUAAAAUCUUUAAUUAAAAUGUGCAAUCAUAAGCUAAAAGCAACAAUUCAAAUUGGAAAAUAUAAAACAUUAAGGAGAGGAAAACAUUUAAAAUUCAAAAAAUGGAAAAGUAAGGUUCUGUGAAUACCAGCGGCGUAGCGUGGGUUGUCAGCACCCGGGGCAAGGCAAGUAAUUUGCGCCCCCUAACCCCUAACCUGCCGCCGCUGCCAGCUUCUUCUUGCUGCUGCCUGGUCUGGUCUGGUGUGGUUCUCUCCCGCGCUCAGCGCUGCGCUGGGCGGCCACUGCACUGUCCCCCCCCAGAUAGUCCCUCGCUCUCUCUCCGCACCGCACGCCUGGCACCCACCCCUCCACAGUGGGCGGCGACCCAGCGGCUCGGAUCGGAUUUGCACAGCCAGCACUGCAGUGAGAGAGAGUGAGUGAGCCAGGUAGGGGCAGAGAGCUGCGAGUGCAAGCGCGCCCCCCCCCCCGAUGUUGCGCCCGGUGCGGCCGGGCCCCCCUGCACCCCCCACGCUACGCCACUGGUGAAUACUCUUGAAGUACCGGUAAGUUCAAAGAAGAAAUGGGAAUGAAAUUUCCCACUCCUACUGCCAGUGAAGGCAAAGCUAGAAGAAAUGGGAAUGAAAUUUCCCACUCCUACUGCCAGUGAAGGCAAAGCUAGAAGGAUAAUAUAUUCAGAUUAUUUUUAUCACUUUUUAAAAGAGGCAUGUUAUUAAACAAAUAAUUGCUUGAUUUGGGGACUUGCAUGUGUAUAAAUAGUCAGAUUUGGCAAAAAGAAAAUUCUGUCUGUCCACCUUCCAAAAAUGUGGAAAUUCUUUAUAUUAGAUCCAUUGCGACUUAAAUAUUCUUUUUUUUUAAAAAAAUGUGUUGGAAUAUAAUCUGUGUAAGCUAAAACCUACUAUCUUAAUAGAAACUAUGUAUAUAGACUUGUCAGUUAUGAAAAUGUUUAAAGCACAUUUGACUAGCCUAUGAAGAUAGUCACAAUGACAUUUACUGCACUGUCAGUUUAACUAUCCUCUUAAGAACUGUGCUCAUCCAUGUAUGUCAUCUCUUACUUCCAUAUAAGUGAAUAGCAGCUAUUCACUUUGUGUAAUAAAAAAAUAAAGUGGGCAAAACCUGCAGACAGUGGGUAUCCCAACUUCUACCAUGAGGAAUCUAAUAGGGGAAGCAAUAUUCAACCCCACUCCUCUGAACAGCUUCUUCUCCCCUUCUCUUUAGUCCUUUCCCAGGAAUAUAUUUAGGAGGCUCUAGGCAAUGUAGAGCUCCCAUUCUGCCUGCACUUCUCCUUAACAUGUAGGGUUUGAGGGGACUGGGAGGAUUUGCAUCCCUUGUUCUGUCUCACCCAAAAGUCUCAGUGUCCUCCCUCAGUCAUUCAAUCAGAGUAGGAAAAAUAGGUUGCAGGAAGGAUUAGAACUCAACAUCUCCUACCCUUCUCAUCAAACUUAAAAGGAUGUUAGCUAGUUUUGAAUGCGCAUAGGUUUUGACCAUAUUUUGUGGAGGCUUGGAAGAUGCAAAUAAGAAUUCUGUUUAGCCUGAAGGCUAGAUGCUACUCAGGCUCACCUUAUUAAUGGCAUUACUAUGAUGAUAACUAAGCCUUGGUUUCAAAGAGCUAAGAAGGUUGAUGCAAGGGGCUUGCCGUAGUCCAGUGGAAUGUUUCACUUCUUUCUCCUUUGAAUGCCAUAUCAGUACAGUGGUACCUCAGAUUACAUACGCUUCAGAUUACAUGGGCUUCAGGUUACAGACUCCGCUAACCCAGAAAUAGUACCUCGGGUUAAGAACUUUGCUUCAGGAUGAGAACAGAAAUCGUGCUCCGGCAGCAGUGGGAGGCCCCAUUAGCUAAAGUGGUGCUUCAGGUUAAGAACAGUUUCAGGUUAAGAACGGACCUCCAGAACGAAUUAAGUAGAGGUACCACUGUACAGUUCUUGGCACUGUCUCAGUUUUAAAGGCAAGGUGCAUGUAUGACUUAUUUGACUCCUAUUCAAGAAAAACAGACAGUCCCCUUCAUCAAAUUUGUGGUGCGUUUUGCUGAGUUGUAUAUAUACCUGCAGCUCAGGGAAACACUUCAUGCAUCUGAUGAAGAAGACUAUAGUCCACAAAAGCUUAUGCCAUAAUACAUUUUUUAGUCUUUCAAGUGCCGUAGGGUGCUGAAUAAAAAUUUGUUACUAAAACACUUGCGUCUAAAAAUAUCAAUAUCAAAGGAACAUUAGAUAGCAAUAAAAUGUCUUUUGACACAGAAUAUUUUAAAGAAUCUGGCAGAGCAAUCAAACCCCCACUUUGCAUCAGAUAGGGGUGGGUGGAUAGGACUGGGCAGAAGUGUUCCUUCACCAGCUUUGUCAUCCUUCCAAUGGCCAGUGCCUGGAGAGAGACACCAGCAUCAUUCUGCUGUUGUGGUGCUCCCCCUUUUUGUCCUCUAAAUGUCUGAGUGGGGCGUUGGCUCUAAGCUCUUCCCCAGCUCCAGGUUGCCCCACCGCACCAAACUUCUGCUGCUGGGGAAGAAGGGAAGUUUGGAUUCCUUUCUAAAUAAAUAUUGCAAACACAAUCCAGCCAGAGUCAAGGACAUUUAAAUACCACUGACUUCAAUGAGGAUAUUAAUGAUGUGCUUGAUUUUCUUCCUUACUCUGUGUCCACGGCCAUAGGCAGUAUGCUUCUGAAUACCAGUUGCUGGAAACUGCAGGGGGCAGGGCAGAGUUCUGUUGUGCUCAGCUCUUGUUUUCAGGCUAUCAAUGGGUACCUCGUUGACCACUGUGAGAACUCAGGGUAACUCACCUGCCAAUCACAUGUCAGUAUUAUGACAUCAGAAGACUGAUGGGUGGAUUGUCCCACCUACCUGUCCGAAUCCCUUGCCUGGUGUUCCCAAGCUUGGGAACUACAGUGCAAGCUGUGUUGCCAGCUCUCUGCUUUGCAAGCCUCUCUUUGCUGCAUCUUUCCACCCCGAUGUGUGAGGUGGAAAGGAACAGCUUCAAAGAGCAGUGCUGGUAGCGAGAGUUGGCUUUCAUUGGAUGGAAACUGCUUUUUCCUCUUUGAGCAAGGCACACUCCUCCUUACCAUCACAUGCUAGAUGAUUGGGAGCAUGCCUUGCUCCAGCAAUGGAACUGUCAGGAGCUAGUGGGCCAGAUGGGGAAAUUUUAAUUAUUAAUCUUAAUUAUAAUUAAUUAUUAAUCUUAAUUAUAGUUUGGCACACAGUUUGGAAGUUCCCUACCCUCCACCUUAAAUCAAUAGGGUUUAAAUAUGCUUAACUUAGGUUGGAUUGUACUUUGUGUGUGCAUUUAGAAAUGUGAGUUUUCCUGCAAAAGAGAGUUAAUUUACUUCUAAUAUAGUUGAAAUUACAGUUGCCUCAUUUGGAAGGUGGGGAAAUCUUGUUUUAAGAGAACCUGAUCUGUGGAUUGCCAUAAUUUCAUGUGUGCCAAAAUAUACAAGACUAAUUUCUAACGAAGUAUUGCUCUGGCAUCCCAUAUGCUGCAGAAUGGGUCAUAAACUAGUGUGUAUGAAAAAAUAUUUUAGUUAUUUGCAUUUUUUUUAAUGGCUGACAGUUUUCAGCUACAAUACAGAUCUAUGCUGAACAGAUGUCCUAACUUGCAAUACACUUACUAUGUUUUUAGGUUCGUUGUCCUGCCUGCACAUAAGACAUAAUAAAAGUGUAAACAAAUAGGUCUGAGGGACUUUCCAAUCUCAACCAGUAACAUUUAUCUGACAAACAAACAGGAAUUUGUCAGUCUAAUAUUUCAUUAUUGUCUUCUCCUCUUUAUGUACAACAGAGCAUCAAAACUACUUUGGAACAGAUGAAAAUUUAGGACCAGUAGCAGUCAGCAUCAGAAGGGAGAAGUUUGAAGAUGCAAAAGAGAAAGAAGGUUCACAGUUCAACUACCGUGUAGUGUUCAGAACAAGUGAGGUAGGGUUUCUGCCAGGUGUGUUGAUAGGUAGUUAAAGGACUUGGGACACAGUCCUAUGGCACAAAUUUGAAUAAAAUUAACAUAUGCUUAUUUCUAUGCAUAGAAGCAAAUUUAAAUAGACUUUCAGAGGGGGGAAAUAAAUGCUGGGGUUGCUGACAGGGCUUAUUCUGAGCUAUGGGGUACCAUGAGGAUUUUCUGGGCAAUGUAUACUGUAUUAUGCCCUCUGUCCUAUCUGUAAUAUAUUGGUAAGAGCAGGUGUUUGCUUGUAUUUUUUCUCCUGUUCUGCCUCCCUUCAGUAAUAGAGCCCAAGGUAGCAUAAAUGUGGUUUCCAAGCAAUUUUCCACUGAGGCACUAACCAGCUUAGUUUCAGCAAAUUAAUGGCCAGACCAUACCUUGGGACUUAUGUGCGCAAACAACAACUUAUCUCUGUUUCACACAUACACAUAUGCUUACAUGUCGUUUUAAAAACUCAGUGCCAUCCACACAUAAUACCUGGCAACCCCAGAUUAAAAGAAUACCAGAUGUGCAGGAAAAUACUGGAUGUACAAAGCAGAUAACCUAGGAAAAUUACGGUAGUCUAUUUUAAAGAUGGGAAUAUGAUGCUAAAGCCUGGGACAUAGCAGGUGCCCAGGAGUUUUUACUAGUGCUGUAGCCUGCCCUGCUGCCCUGCUGCCCUGUGAACAAAGUUUGCUUUAAAAAAAAUAAUUAAAAGAAGGGGAAAGGGUCAGAAGUCUGGGAUCUAGUGCAAAGUCUGGGAACUAGUGCAAAAUACUCUUACUUGGGCCCUGUGGAUCACCCCUUGACAAUGCCCCUGGUUUCCACACUGCUCCAGAAAGUACUGAAAGAUAUUCAAAGAGAAAUAAUAAAUUCCCAGAGCUUUCAUUCCAUAUAUAAGAAUAGAUAUCAUGUGAGCUGACUUCUGCUCUGCUCACACAACUGAACUUCCCCUUCUCCCCCUCAUACCUCAUGAAAUCUGCUCCAGAGGGUCCCCUAUCCUCCAGAGCAGAUUUGAGGGGUGCAUGAGAGAAGAAGAGAAAGUGAAGUUCUGUUGAGAAGGCAGAAUCCCAUUUCUAUUUCUGCUUGUGGACAUGUAGGCACUUGCAAGGAGAAACAGGCAAUUACUGGCAGCAAUUCCCAUAAGCUGCAGUGGCUGGAGAAAGUGCCACUGCGGUUAAAACAAAACCACAGAAUCAUAAAUAAUUAUCUGUUUCCUUCCUGUUUAGCAGUUUGGUGUAAAUUAGGUGUAUACUACAUCUUGGUUCAGCACACUAGAUGGAUGGGAGCUAUGGGUGAUUCCCCCUGUUUAUUACUAAGAGUGAGUGAUACAUGCUUUUUGCUGCCUGACAGUCUGGUGAUGUUACUCUGUUCUGAUAGAGAGUAAACUUAUUUUGCCCAGUCUAGAUUGUAAGAAAUAUAAUAUCCCAUGUAAGAAAUAUAGUCUUUAAUUAUUGUUAUUAAUUGAUAUACUGUUUAAGGUCCUGGUGACUUCUAAGUUGUUUGUAAGUUGUUUAUAAAACUUAAAACCAAUUGUACAACAUUGAUAAAGUACAGAAUAAUUAAAAUAUGUAAUAAAACAAUCACAUUAAAUCAGCACAGCAAUUAAAACAAGAGAAUCAGGUCAAGAAAUCAAGAUAAUGCUUGUGUAAACAGAUGCAUCUUCAAAAGCUGGUGACAUGCCAAUACAGAUUUCAGCAGAGAGUGCAUUCCAGAAUUCUGGUGCCACCAAUGAAAAAGCUUGUCCCUGCAUCACAAGCUAAUCAACAUUAGGCCAUGUUCUUGUGUGCCCAGGUUUCAGAGUGAUCUAUGGAAUUGGCAGGAGAAAGAGGGCUGCUGUGUUCCUGCUCCAGAGUAAUUACAUCUGAAUAUAGCCAGCAAAGAGUGAGAUUAAUUUGGGCAAAUAUACCCUAGUCUUUUAUACAGCACCUGUCUCUUACAGAAUUCUGGAGAAAGUUAACGUUCAGAAUGACACAGAUGAAACACAAACAUUUUUCUAGGAAAAGAAGUAACAUAACACACAUACAUAUGUGUGUGAGAGAGAGAUCUUGCCACUAUAAUCCAGCAACUCUACCAACCCACAAUCUCUGUUUUUUCUUCCUAUUUUAUGUACUGUAACCCUGAUUUCCAUUAUUAUCUUGUUUCUGUUCAUGGGGUUAACAGUGGGAAGUCCUUUGCGAAGUGCCACCUGUGAGGAAAGUCUAUUCAUGUUUCCAAAUCUGUGUUCCACUGGGUUUGACCUCAAGUUAUUGUGCCUUUCUGUACUCUUACCAUUUGUGUUCAAAUGCCUUUUCAAUUUUGUACUUGCUAUUGGUUUUAUGUCAUUCUGUAUUUCAUUUUCAAGUUGUCUGAUACCUCUAAAAACAUUGGUAAAUGCCGUUAGAAAGUCCCACUAAAUCAAAGGGAUUUAGUCCUGUGUGUGUGUGUGUGUGUGUAUAGUAUUGCAGUAGUUUUACAUUAUUUUGUGGAUGUGCUUAUAGAUAGAUAGAAUAUGAUGGCUCUUGUAGAAUCAAAGCAUAUUGGAGCCUAGCAGUUCUUAUGUCAGAAAUUCGUUUUCCCUAUUGAGGAAUGAAGGAAAUGGGUACACUUUUCAAAAAUAAACAGAUGGUGAGCCUGAGAGUGUAGAAGAUAAGUAUGGCUGCAGAUGCUUGACAGAAGAGGAUUAUAAAAGUAUAAGCAGGCUUGGGAAGAGAGUGGAAAGGAAUAAUGUUUUGAGAGGGGGAAGGGAGAAAGGGGAUGUGACAUAGAAUUCCUCUUUAACAAAAUACUUUAAAUGUCUAUUUUAUUUCGUGUUGUUGGAUGUUCUAGCUAUUUCUUUUUUCAGUGUACUAACUAUGUAAAGCACAGUAGGGUAAUUUGUUGUAAAAUAAUGGCAUGUUCAAGGUUUAAAAAACAAUAGCAUCUGAAGUCGUAGGGGGGAUGCUAAUUAAGCCUCAGGCACUUUCUUAGGCAGCUUUAACAAAACACAUACGAAAAUCUGGUUGUCCACCGUUAAUUUCAGUUAUAGGUAGUUUUUCAGUUCAGUUUUCCUACUCUUGUUAAUUAAUCAUGGGAAUGGCUGUGUAUGACAUUUGUGAUAAAUCUUUGUUAAAAGUUUCUCAGAUCUUACAUUGGCUAGCAUACACAGAAUUAAAGGAUGCAUUUUGCCAUAUAGUUUGCUGGUGCAGUUUAUGAAGUUUAUAUAAAACCUUCUUGAGGGCUGGAAACUGAGCCCAAAGUGAUGGUUUCAUGCUAACCUCCAAGUGCUAUUGCUGAAAAUAUACUGCUUGUGAACAUGUUUCAAUAGACACCUGAUUCUGACUGUUAACCCUUCUGCUUAUUUUAUUCUUUUCAAUGUGUGUCUUUAGUUGAAUUUUGAAGUUUUGCUAAUUGCUGUUGCCCAGCACCACAGUAAAUGAAGCUUAAGUGUAGCCAUGUUCAAGCAUUAUUGCUCAAGCUAGUGUAGGUUCCCCAACCUAGCACCAUGUGCCGGAUGAAUGCAUUUAGAAUACUCUCCACAAUCCUUGAUAGUGCAGUUCUAUAGAGGUUCAGUCAAAUGCACUUAAUCCCCUGUCAAACCUUCCCAUUCAGCAUAGCAAGGUUGGGGGUAAGGCUAGCAUGCAUGUUCCUACUUCUCCCUACGCAGGUUCAGGCAGUAACAGCUUAAUAGAAUUUGUAUCUUCCUUUUCCUUGUUGAAGAUUGUGUUACAAUGAUAAACAUUUAGUAAGACUUAUACUCUUGCUGUAGCUUACCACAUUGAGGGGAGCCAUUUUAGAAGAUGCUAUUCCAUCUACUGCUAGACAUGGCACAGCACGCGGUUUACCUCUUAAAGAAGUAUUGGAAUAUGUAAUACCAGAACUGAGCAUUCAGUGCCUACGGCAAGCUUCCAACUCACCCAAAGUUUCUGAGCAGCUGCUUAAACUUGACGAACAAGGGGUAGGUAUUGCAUGCCUUGCCUGAACUUGCGUGCCUGUGAGUUGUCUUAUUGCAGUGUUUUGUUGUCAUAAAUACAACUGAAUUUGAUCUGACCUGUCUGUGGAAAUGCAGUUAACUUACGAUAAGUGAAGGAGGUUUUUAAGGAACUUUAACAAAAGGGGACUUUCUGUGUAUUUAUAUUACAGUAAGAUAAUUUUGUUGGUUGGUUUUUUUUUACAUGUUGGCUUAUUUAUAUACUGCUUCAGAUAAAAGUGGUUCACAUAAAACAAUAAAUAUACAAAAUGAACAUUUACACAUACUAAUCACAAGCACAAAUGGCUGUACUUUCCAUGGAGGUAAAAUACAGUUUAGUAAGCCAUUUUUGGUAAACACCCAAUAUUAGAAAGCUGCACAUUGUAUUAAAGGGAAAAUCAUUGGUUUGCCAAUCUUUCACCUUUUCAGAUUUUCCUUUCCUAAUUAUAAUUAGCACACCUCAUUCGCAGUGGCAGUCUUCUUACUUUAUGUGGAAUAUAUGAUAAAUCAAACAGCUGAAAUUCUAAUUGGGACUAUUUAACAAGUUAACACUGCAUGAGCAAUGAAAUGAACAUAUACUUUAAAUUCAGAGUGAAUAAUGGUGAGAUUAAUUGGUUUGAUAAGGCAGACACUGUUCUGCAAGAUUAUAAAAGGCAUAAUUGAUCAUUUUAUAUAGAAAUGCAUAUAUAGAUACAGAAAAAAGAGCAUCAUUUUAGUCAGCCUUAUACAAAUAUGAUGAAUAAGGUAAAUAUCCGGCUUCUUCCAAGGAGCUCAGGACACCAUAUAUGAGGAUGUCUCAUUUUAUUCUCACGUCUUGACUCCAAGGUGACCUUGGACCAGUCAACCAACAUUUGAGGUUUUUUCUUACAAUCAGCAAUAUAUAUAUUUUUUGAAACAAAUUAAUAAAAUAAUAAACCAAUCCGGGGGUUUUGAGCUGGGAUUUGUCCCCUGGAUUCCUCAUUCCAUAGAGCAAUAUUCUUUAUACAGCACACCUCAUUGAUUCAAUGACAUACAUUUUUUAUUCUGUAGCCAGAGGAUGUAUUUGACCAAAUAAGUAUUUUUCAGUGUAUGUGAUUAUGAGCCUUGAGCAUGGCUGGAUAUCUGAAAGCAGUACAGGAAGACUGCUGCUUUCUAUCACUUGGUUAAUUUUUAAUAGGAAGAGGAAAUGCUAAUAGAAUGGAUGUAGGAACACUGGAUUCAUCCUAUUUUGAUACUACUAGAAGUUUUUAAUAAAGUUGAAAAUAGAAGAGAUCAAAUCAAUUGCUAUGGUGAAAAUAAUCACUAUUUGUUACAAUCAAUUGGCAAUACAUACUUGCAUUAUAGAUGCUUUAGUUCAUCUGCAAUUAUUGUCAAAUAAGCAGGAUGAUUGUGUCAACAGUAGUUACAAUCUAAAAGGGAACUUUUAUAAACUUCACCCCCACCUCCACCAAAAUCCUUCACAUAAUUGGGAAAAUAGAGAAAAUCGCUGGUGUUAUUGCAAAGAGGAGGAGAGUCCAUUGAACUUCAGGUAUCUGAAAUUUAAGUUAGAAAAAAACAGUAUUUUUUUCCUAAUGCAAGAGUAACUAAUUUGUGUGGUCUUUUUGGGUUGAAUAUUCCAGAGCUUUCAGUACUCACAUCUUCCAUAUAUUGUGCUUUCUGCUUACACUUCAUAUUCUUUACAGACAACCACUUACGAAAGACAAAUGGGGAAUUCAGCAGAAGCUGAUGUUCCUGCUUAUGCAGGCAAUAUCUUAAAUUAGCCCAAAUGCAUUUGCACUGGGAUCAACAUAAGGUGUCCCAUUUUGCUAGAUGAAGAUGUAGACAGUACUAUAGUAUACAAAGCAAUGCUAAAAUCACAUUUCACUUCAGAGAUUAUCUCAAUAGGUAUAACAUGUAUUUUGGUCUCUGAGAAUAAAAAGAAAACCUUAGAGAGAAUGAGGAUACGCAGCUGCAAAUGAUCCAAUGAUUAAUACUGCACAGGGGCUUUGGGAAGGCAUGAUUUAUCCAUCAUAUGCUAAAGAAGUUCAGUUCAGUUAGUGUGCCAGAAUUGGCUUUAGCUGCUGUUCUAGGGAAGUUCAAAUAUGUCGAUCCUAAACUGAAAAAUGCUUACUAGGGUUACAAAAUAUACCUGUCAGACCCUGUUUUAGAGACUUUUUCUGUUCUGACUAGUUUUUUCCUAAUUACAGCUGAGUUUUCAGCACAAGAUUGGGAUCCUGUAUUGCAAAGCAGGCCAAAGCACUGAGGAGGAGAUGUAUAACAAUGAGACCGCAGGACCGGCUUUUGACGAAUUCCUUGAUCUCCUAGGUCAGAGAGUAUGGCUGAAAGGUUUCAAUAAAUACCGAGCUCAGCUAGACAAUAAAAGUAAGUUUUAAUAAUAAAUUGUAAUAAACACUAAAAUUAUAAAAAUAAGGGAAUCUGUUAUGCCAAAGUGCUUUCCUUCUGUAAAUGCAGAUUACACAGAGAUCACAGAGACAGCAUCUACACUGCGUUUCUUUCUUCCCUUCCAGUCUGAACACAGUCACCCUACAGUGGGGCCAGACAGUGUUCCAGGCCUGCAUGCUGAUGAUUAGGGCCAGAGUCAUAGCAACAGAUGAGUUUUAUCUUUGUGCAGUUGACUACAUUCCAACCAUGCAGAGCUGUCCAGACACACCCACACUGACACCCAUCUCCAUCCUCCAUCCAGGCAAGCAGGAGGCAUCAUUACAAUUGAAGGACAUACUACAGACAGGCAAAGAUGAGAGCAUGGAGUAGGACCAGUGAGGGAUGUAGCCUGAAGUGGUAGAGAGGCAUUCCGAAGAGGCAUGAGGACUGGACAGAGGGGCCUGGAGGGGCCACAUUUGGGCCUGAGGUUCCUCAUCCUUGCUCUAGGAAGACCAGACCCAGCAGCUGGUUUCCUUGGCGAGGAAAACAAGGGGUUACGUAAGUGGCUGUGUUUUGCGUGCUCCGUCUUAGUGGUUGUGCUGCACCCAUUGAAUGGCAUGCAACUUUCACUUGCCACAGGAAAUAGUUGAAUGCCAAAUUACAAUAGGGACAUAUGGCUUGGAAAGGGCUUCUGAAACUAUUUGGAAUUUUUAUGGAACUGUCAUAUUUGCUGGAUGGUUUUUUUUGCGGCCCAGUGGUGGGGAGAGAUGUUUAUAUUAUACUUGAAUUUCUGCAUUGUCUUCAUUGACCCACUUGUGGACUUUAAUUUCAGCCGAUUCAACUGGAACACAUUCCCUUUAUACUACCUACAAAGAUUACGAAAUAAUGUUUCAUGUGUCAACUAUGCUUCCAUAUAUGCCCAGUAACAGGCAACAGGUAUGUCUCAAGUCAGCUUUAGGGAAUCAUGCAUGAUUUCUUGUCUGAGAAGUUGUUUGUAGAAUGUAUUUUUGUUGUUGAAAUGUUUGUUAUGAAUACUCAGUAAAAAUUAUUGUUGUUAUUAUUUUAACUUGAGGAUUGCAUAUUGCUUACGGAUUAAAAUGCUUAGGUUUAUUACUUCUGCUUUGACCCAAAAGUUUAUUCUGUUAACUAUUUGUUUUAUAUAUCUGGUCUUUCCAUUUUUAAAAAAGAGAAUAAAUUAUUUCACUGAAUUGCCAGUAUUCAGUGAUACAGAUACUUCUGGAAACUUAAAUACUUCCUCUCCUACCAAAACAAACUGAAUCCAGCCUAAUUUUAAAUAAUGUGCAUUUAAAAGAUGCAAGUAUAUGUAAUUUGAUUUUUCAUGGUGUAAGUUUUGGUAUUCUAAUAACUUAACAUAGAGCAUUAUAUAGCAAAUACAGUUAAUGUUUGAACAUGUACCAUUCUGUUCUAGUUUAGAAUAUCUUGCAGCAUUAAGGAUGGCUAAAAAUGACAUUGCAUCAGAGGUUUUGUAGAAUCCUAAUGGUUGCAGUCUUGAAUGAUUUGAAGUUAAUGGGCUUUUGCCAUUGGCUUGAAUUGAAUUAUGAUUUUCUUUUUUUUGUUUUUGUAAGGUUAACCCUGUCUUUGCCUGUACUAAUUGAUAUAAAUAAUACCUUUGGCAUAAGUUUGCUUUAUAAAUGGGAUUUAAAAGAAAUAGAUACUUUAAAAUGUAUAAUAUAUUCCCACUUCUACGAAUUUAAUGUGUGAAUAAAGGAGCCAUUCACAAAUGAGAUUACUGCUCAGAGUGUAACAUUCUGCAAGCCAGUAUGUGUAGAUAAAAGAAGCAACAACAGUUCCUUGUAUAUCUGCACAAAGAAUAAGGAUUUCUGCAAACAUAUUUUCAGACUUAUUGACAGAUGUAUAAAAGUUAUUUCCUUAUCUGUGGUGAAUUUGUUUUGGGAGAGUAGCUAAAAUUGUAGUAGUUAGGUUGUAUGAUAUUAUAUUUAUGCCUAAAGUGAGCAAGUUGAGAAUGUGGCAGAACUUGCAAUUCUGGAGUUCUAAAAGAAUAGCUUCGUAGAUGUAUAAAAAUUAAAAUAGUUUUAUAAUAAUUGGCAAAUCACUUUCCUAGAAGUGGGUAGGUGUAACCAGCUGUCUUGUUUACCAAAUUCACCAAACUAUCAGAACUUUACAGCUUGUUUUGUACUGUUUUAACUCAGGUGUACUUUCUAUUGUUUUCAAUGGGAACUAUUCCCAAGGCAAGUGCCCAGAGGAUAGAACGAAGCCUUAGUUGGAUAAAGAGAAAGUCUUAAUAGUAGACCUGCACAGUUCUAUCCAAUGAGAAAAUAUUGUAGCAACACCUUUUAAAAUGGAGCUAGAAAUUAUACAUGAAAGGCAUAUAGGAAACGGCUUUAGAAUACAUCUACCUCAGUACUGUCUACACUAACCAGCAACAGAAACUAUGGUUUCUGAUAGGGGACAUUUCCAGCCCUACAGCUAGAAAUGCCAGGAAUGGAACUUGGGACCUUCUGCAUACAAAGCAAAUGCUCUACCAGUGAGCUAUGUCCCUUCCACUAUACAUCUUCCAUAUUUGGUCUACCUAUGAUUUUUGGGACCAUUUUGACCAUUUAUGAUGAUACAGAAAAAAAUUCAAUCUAUCAUAUGAAGUUAAUUAUAUUUCCAUGUAAUUUAGAAACACUUAAAUUUCUUUGUAAUCCAGUGCACAUGCCCAAGGUGAUUAAAGUGAUAGGUUAACAUAUCAAAGUUGUGAACAAGGAGCUUACUGCAUCUAUUUGCAAAUAUUUUAUUCCCUCCAAUAUGACACAAAAGACAGUAUACACUGGAAUAACAAAAUGUUUGAGAAACUGUAAUCUAUCUGUGGAUGGGUUUAAAUUGCAAAGUUUAACUAUUGUAGAAAAUACUUCUACAAAAGAUAUACUCAAUGUUGAUUUCAAAUAUUUUUGUUCCUAAUUGCAGGCAAUGACAAUACAUUAAACCCUUACUUGAUGUUGAAUGUUAGUCUUUGUCUCGGUUUUACCUAAACUGUGAGCAUAGGAAAUAACCUUUUACCUUGAUCCACUUCUUCCAGAAUUGUAUGGCGUUUGUCACCCUCACUAUUGUGUUUGCUUGAGCCACUCAUUUCACUCUUCAGUUUUCUUACCUUUGCUUAUAUCUUUACCUAAAUAUUCCCUAAUGCGUCUUCCUCUCUAGACAAACUAAAGCCUGUUCUUGGUUUAUCCUCAAAAUUUUCCAACCUAAUUCCAUUAUUUCCCCAGUAACAAUCACACCCUUCCACAAUGUUUUAGUAAAUACUCAUCAGUCUUUGUACCUUAGACAGUCUUGGUAUAUUUAGCAGUAAUAUCAUAGUCUGUUCUAUGGAUUUCUUUGGAUAAAAUAAUGUGGAAGUUUUCCAUAUUUAGGUAACAUUGGCCUCAUUUGCACGUAUCACUAAGCCGAACUAUGGCUUAAUUUGAACAAAACAGUGUGCUGGUGCACAUAGUGAAAAUUGUGGCUGCUUAGCUCCUUCCCUGCUGUUUCAUUACCAAUAAGUAAGCCAUGGUUUGACUUAGCAAACUUGGGCUUACGGUUUGUCUCCCCCAAAUCAAACCAAGAACAGUAAGCUGAGAACAAACUUUGGCUAACAUUGUGGUUUGUUUGGAGUGAGAUGAACCAUGAGCUCUAGUUCAUAAGGCUAAGCUUAGCUUAGCUAACCAAUGGCUUAGCUAUUGGUAGUGUUGCUGCAGGAGCAAAGCACACUUCUUUGUUCACACUAAACCAUAAUUUGAUUUAGCGUUAUGCACAAACCAGGCAACUGAGAUCUGAAGGCCCCCCACAUUAUUUUUUAUGAUACUGGAUGCCAGUGGUAUUUGCACAGCAUGGACACUUUUCAAUAAAAUGUGAUAAGCACACUCUAGUAAUCAACAUUUAGCCAGCCUUAAUGUGUAGAAGAAAUAGCUAAUGAAUGUUUAUUUUCUCUUUCUGUUGGUACCUCCUUGCCAAACUAUAUAAUGUAGAAUGCACCCAUGGAAGUAUUCUUGACAAGCUAGGAACAAUUCACAUAAAAUAACAAACCUUUCCCUCUGAGACACACAGGAAGCUAAGAUUCAGCAUCACAGAUAAAGUUGCUGCUGUCUUCAAGGAACAGUCUUACCAGCCCUGCGGUAUAGAAAUUUUACUUUGUGUACAGGGCUUAUCUUGUUUCAUCCACUUAUCCGAGUCAUGUGGGAACUUCCCAUCUUAGAUUUGAAUGGGAUCUAGAGGUCUAGCCUCCCACUGAAAUUAUGGUGUGAAUAGGUUUAUACAUCCAUUAUACCUCGUAUGGUCACUGGCCAAGGUAUGUAGCCAGCUACUGUGAGCACUAUCUCCAAUGAACAUUUCAUAAAAUCCAAUUACCUGUGAGCCAGAAAUAGGCCACACCAGAACUGUCUGUUGCUUUUUCUAGGAAAUAACUACGCCCUGCUUGGUCACUGAUCAGGACAUCCCUCUAGUUUUAGAGCGAGCAGGAGAUCCAAACACACAGGUAAUUUUUCACUUUGGCUGCAAUAUAGGGUGGGGAGUCUUCACUCUGUGUUCUGAUCAGAACAGAGGGAGCUACCCACUCUGGUGUGGCCAGUACCACCUCCUUGUAUUGGCUUUCCUUACACAUCACAGUUAAAGGCUUCUCCUGUUGAACUUUUACCCUUGUAGACACCCUUUCCAGAUCAUUUCCUUGCAAUAUUUCCUCACACUUCUGCCAUUUGCUUUUGUUAUCUUUGGUCAGAUCUGAUUAAUCCAAAUCUGUUGUCAAGUUAUCUCCUUGUCUGAUAUAAUAAUAAAAAAAAAAUGAAAACGAGUUACUGUCUUGGUAUGUAAGAUUAAAUGCUUCUUCAGUGUUUGGAAUUUUCCUAGUUUUAAUCAGGUCUGAUUGAAAUAUGUGAUCUUUGUAUAUGUAAAUAUUAACAUAUUAUAAUGCAAACUUACUAUGAAACCACUUAUUUUAUUACUAAAUUAAAAUAAGCUUGAAGGUUUCUUGUGAUGUCUUUUCAUUCCCCCCCCCCCCAUUAAAUUGAAUGAAGAAAGAUGCUUUAUGCAAUAUGACAGGAUAGCUUUGUUGCUUUCGCUUGAGCAAUUAAGGCUUACAGAAAUAGAUUGCUGUGGCUUUAGCUGUCCGAUAAUGGUCAAUUUAGCUUGGGAAGCUUAGAGAUGAAUAAAAGUAUGCUAAAGGGACAGAUUAGGUGGUGCAUCCUAUUUCAGAUUAUCUGGAAAACUUAAAAUCACAUUUGAUUAGCAUGUUAGGGAAAACAGAGCCAGUAAAGUAAAUUGAAGGUCCACAAUUAAGGUCAGAUCAGAACGAAUACAUUAUUUUUAAAAGGUGGCAGAUAUUUCUUUUCUAACAUUCUCUUAACUUGAUACUCUUUCAUAUUAAAAUUAAGUUCAUUAAUGCUGAUAUUUUACUGGAUUCAUAUUUAGAUUUACCACCCCAAUUAAGGUUGUGAUCUACAUUUUUUAAAAAAAAAAUACUAUUAUCAGUGGACCUUACUUCCAAGUAAAUAUUGUGUUAGAACUAAGGUGAAAACUGUUAUUAGGGUCUUGUUGUCAAUAUUGUGUUACUUCCUGAAAAUAAUCCCACUUGACCUAUGUACUAUAUUUAAAAUUCCAAUUGAAUUGUAUCAUUGUUAAGAGUGUGUUGGAAGGGCAGUUGAACAAAUAAGGAGAGAAAGGGGAAAAUAACUUAGAGAUAUGAAAACAAGCUCUGUAUAAUAGUUACAUACCAUUUUCUUCAGCUUUCAGAACAGUGUCUCUCUUUUUUUCAUACCUUUUUCUCCAUUCAAUUUGCAUUCCAUUUAUACAAUCCUACCAAGAUCAAUGUAUUACAUAUCAAUAUCAUCUAUUUAACUCUCCUUGCCUGUUCCUUGCAUUUCAAUUCCCCAUUUAUAAUUAUAUGGUUCUAUUACUGUUUUUUAUGAUGUUGUACAGACCUUUAUGGUAAUGAUUAUAAUGGUUGUCUAUGUUGACUAAAAUAUUAGUUGUACCUCAGAAAUCUCACCCAAUUUGACAACAUUUUAAAGAAUGAACGAGUUCUAAUUUGUUUUAUAUGGUUAGGUUAAUACAAUUACAUUAAUGAAUAUGCUCAUUCAUGUUGGUGACAAGACUCAAAUUCCUUUCAGGAACUAUUGAUGCCCUUUAAAAUAAUUUAGAAAGGUUUAUAUUGCAAAUGUCUGUUAUUUAUUAUUCAACCCAAUUAGCACCUAAUAUCUAAGCCAAGCCAUGGCUUGAGGCAAAUAUGUGGGAUCCCAAAAAGGAAAUUGUCCAUUUUGCCCCUCUCUAGUUUGUUUUGCUGCUGCACUUUGCCGAGCUAAAUUAUGUUUUGGCUUAGGAUGUCAUCCAAAGUCAGGAACCUUUGCAGCCCAUAAGUGGGCCUUCUAGAGAUCCCCUGGAAAAAAUCUGUCCUCCACUCAACUAGCUUUUACAUGCCUUUCCUCACACAGACUGGAGUAGGCAAAAUGUUCAUUCUGUUUGUACACUUUCCUGAAGGCAUAGCCAAUGUGGUGCAACUUCUUUCAGUCUUAGCCAGCAUGGCUAAUGAUCAAGGCUGAUGGGAGUUGUAAUCCAAAUCAUCUGGAGGUCACCAUGUUGGCUACCCCUGAAAUAUUUACUUCUUACUUCUGUUUCCUGAUUUUUAAUCUGUCACUGUUAACAGAUGAAACUGAAAUCAAAGGUAUUAUUGUCACUUUCUGCAACUUUAGAAUAAUUUGAAUAUAUGGGAAACUACAUCUGUUCUGUACAUGAACUUUUAUUUUGGUAAUAUGUUAGCAGUGAUAAAACUCACUUCCAUAGAGCCUUGGGGGGGAAUUCAGCAUUGCCCCAAGGAGAUCAUUCCAUCCGCACAGUUACUUUUGCUUGCCAGGCAAAAUGAACUCCUCCCUCUGCACCCUGUUUUGGGGGCUCUCCUGACUCUCCCAAUCAGAUAUGGGGGGGGCAUUGGUGUGAAGGUGAGGGGGGCAAGUCCUAUUGAUCUCUUAGGACUUGUUGCACUGGCUUCUGCUAGUGCAACAGAUUAGUUCAAUCCAGUCCAAUUACUUUAGUCCACCUGUACCCAAGUAUUUAUGCCCCACUAAAAACACGCUGAAAUUAGUGUUUGUAGCUGUAAAAUGGAUUGCAGCUACUGGCUUAUAAUGGUAUGGCAAAACUUUCAUUGAUUUUAAUAGAGUUGGGUUGUACCCUAUACCAUAACUCAGUGUGCACCAGAUGCAUACCCACAGUUGUGAUUUUCAUUUACAUAUGUCUGUCAUCUACAUCAUUUCAAAAGCCAGUAAUAGGUAAUGUUUUAAAUAAAAUUCAAUUACAAGACCUCAGAAUACAGCAGAGGUCAUAUCUCCAAUUUUCUAGCAGCUUAAUCCUGGACACCCCAAAUUUACACAGUAAACAAAAAGGUAUUGCACCAUUUCCAAAAGCCCUGAGAUCGAAACUUUCUGGUAGAUAGACUUAACAGAGACUUUGUGUUGCUUCAGUAUUUCCUUUCACUGACAGCUCUUCUUUUAAGCUAACAAAGAGAAGCUGAAAUAGCUUCUGGUUUACUAUUGUGGACUACUGAAGUAAAAAUUCACCAGAAAACUGCAUGUGAACAUCGGUAUGUGUCUGUGGAGCUCCUGGAUUGUAACAUUUCCAACACCUUUUCAGCUUUCCAAAUAAUUAUAGAAAAGGUUGAUGUUUUAAUUGCAUGCUUGUUACAUGGUUACAAGUUAUUUAAAUUGAUACUAGGUUAUGUUACUUAAGAUAUGUUACUUCAAAAUAUCAUCUUUAGCUGUAAUAUGAAUGUCUGCAUGGGGAAUAUCCAAAGGACCACAUGAGAGAUUCUAAAUGUGUGCCAGGAUAUCUGAGGUCCCCUUUCUUUCAGACACACUACCCAAAAAGCUGUUCCCAAAAGUCUGGGAGGUUACUGUAAUAGUGUGGAAAGUUGCAGCUGGAAAUAAAAGGCAAAAGCUGUGUUGAACCGCUUCAACGUACAUUUAGGAAUCCUUGGAUCUUGGCCUGCCUUUGUCCACUGCUGCAUUUCCAAACUUAAUUGAAAUAAAAUUGUCCUGUGAAGAUAUUUGGUGACUGUUGUGCUUUUUAUGGUGGGGAAAGAUUGGUUUAAAAUGUUGAGAAUUUCUAGUCGAUAUAGAAACCACUACAGUGAGGAAAAACAUCUUAAGGAAACAAGAAAUGUUUAUUUCAUAUAUGAAAAGUUAUUUUGCAUCUUGGAAAUGAUUAAAGGGCUAUUUAGUGUGGGUCUAUGCUUCAUAUACUUGAACAAGACUGGUUUAAGAUUUUACCUAUUCUCAACCCACCACUUUCCCCUUUUUAAAGAGCUGUGUAUUUCAAACGGUAUAGACAAGACCUGUAAAAUAUACCGUACUUAGGUUGCGUGCUGCCUGUGCCAAGACAAGAACAUUGUGACUAAUCAAAGUCUAGGGUUUUUUAAAAUACAUAAUUGCCAUUUUUAAUAGUUAUCUUUUUUUCUAGUGGAUGUGAAGGAAAUUGUAGUCACCAUUUUAAUGUUUUUUUGUUUGUUUGUUUUGCAUCUAGCUUUUAAGGAAAAGGCACAUAGGAAAUGACAUUGUUACCAUUGUCUUCCAAGAGCCUGGAGCGCUUCCUUUCACUCCAAAAAAUAUCCGUUCUCAUUUUCAACAUGUGUUUGUCAUUGUUAAAGUCCACAACCCUUGCACUGAAAAUGUGUGCUAUAGGUGAGUAUAGGUUUGUCAAUUGCCUUAGUUUCUUAGGCUUUCAUUGGAAAUUGCUGGGGCCGUUGUUUAUUGGCUUUAUCAGCCUUUUCUGCAUUUUCCAUGUACCUGUGCUCCCAGCUCACCCAGCCAACCAUCAUGGCACCAACCUCCCCCUUCCACUCAAUGAAUGAGCUUAGUGGGAGACCCACUGGCCAUAUCCUUGCCUGUGGGGGCUAGCAGCAAGCCCCCAAAUGGGGUGCCUCAGGGAGGGGCUAAACCACACUGGGAUCCACUGGGAUCACUGCCAUCGGAUGAUGGAAUUUGUUCCAGUUGUCUUGUACCUCCUCAUCUUUGGCCACAGUGAGCAACCAGAGUGCAGAUGGGUGGUGGAUGUACUGCUCCAAAAAGUCCAAAUGAUGGCUUGAGAGGGUUUGGAUUGCAGCCUAAAACCAAAAAUGACAGUACUUUAAAGAAAUAUUAGUAAGGUUCAGGAAACUUGCUAGCUUCAAUAAAAAUAAGUUGUAUGGUACCUAUAGAACGUAGUCUCUAUAUUUAAAUCUCUGAAUUAUUCAAGGACAAGAAGCAAUCUUAUGAAAGCUGAGCCCUUUUGUUAAUACAAAUUUCUAUAUGCAUGGGGACUCUAGACUGGAGAAGUGGGGUAACUGACUCAGUUCUAAGGUAGCCCAUAAUGGAUCAUGGCAUGCUUAUAUGUUCAUACCAUGAAUCAAUACUGUAUAGGAGUGCAUUCUAUGCAUAUGGCAUAAAAAAUUGUGCAUUUGUUUAUACACUAGUACGCUGGUCUAUAUAUUUAGUGUUCAUGUACAUGCAUCUGUAAAACACCAUUUUAUGAUGGGUUGGUACAACAACAUUUGUGCUCUGUGAAUAUUAAAUUUUUUGAUGCAGCACAUUUUCAAUUUGAUAAAAAAUAUAUUCAGUUAGGAAGAGUUCUGUAGAGGGUUGGACUGCAUGAUCCUAGUGGUUCCAUCCAACUCUACAAUUCUAUGAUUUUAUUUUUCUCAUUUUGCUGCAAAUGUAAUUCCUGACAAUUUCUGCUUUUGAAGAGUUUUGAGGUAGUUUAUUAUAUAAAUUUCUCUUGUCCUUGGUAGGUGCAUGAAUAUCUUAUGUAUAAACAAAUAAUGUUUUAGUUAAAAUAACUUACAAAACAUUGAUCCUGUAAUAAGUUUUCUUCACUUUCUAGUGUUGGAGUUUCAAGGUCAAAAGAUGUACCACCUUUCGGGCCACCAAUACCUAAAGGAGUGACUUUCCCUAAAUCAGCAGUUUUCCGGGACUUCCUUUUGGCCAAAGUUAUUAAUGCAGAAAAUGCAGCACACAAGUCAGAAAAAUUUCGAGCCAUGGCCACUAGAACACGGCAAGAGUACUUGAAAGAUCUUGCAGAAAACUUUGUUACUACCGCUACAGUAGACACAUCAGUCAAAUUUAGUUUUAUUACACUGGGAGCAAAGAAAAAAGAGAGAGUGAAACCAAGGAAGGAUGCCCACUUAUUCAGCAUUGGAGCAGUGAUAUGGAAUGUGAUAGCACGAGACUUUGGUCAGUCCCUUGACAUUGAAUGUCUUCUUGGUAUCUCAAAUGAGUUCAUCGUGUUGAUUGAAAAGGAAUCAAAGAAUGUUGUUUUCAACUGCUCCUGCAGAGAUGUUAUUGGAUGGACAUCUGGAUUAAUGAGUGUUAAAGUUUUUUAUGAAAGAGGAGAAUGUGUUCUUCUCUCAGCACUUGAUAACUGUGCUGAGGACAUCAGAGAAAUGGUUCAAAGACUGGAAGUAAGUAUGGUUUCUUUUAAGUGCUUGGCAAUUUCAAAUGCUAUUGUCAGUAAUUUUUCAAGAUAAUGGAGAUGGAUAAAUAUGAUACCUGACUAUAGAAUUUUAAAAAUGAAAAAUUUACCAGACUAUUUCAAGGGUAUUUCUGUAUUCCAGGCUUAAACUGGAAAUGUGGCAGCUGUAGUCUGAAACAGAAUUCUCCCUUUUUAUUACAGUUAGGGUUGCCAUAUUUCAAGAAAUAAAAAUCCAGACAAUUCUACUAAGCAUAAUAGAGAAUUUUCACUUAAUUCAGAUUCUCUCUAAGUGUGUUAUAUUGUUCAGAUAUAUAACCUGACCCAGUCAAAUGAGUCAGGUUACAAUAAUUUAGCAUUGUUCUAAUGAAAAAAGGUGAUCUGUACCUGUAAAGACUUCAGUAAAUUACUAUUCUGCUUCCUUGUUUAAUAUAAGGCAGCUGCUAAGUCUUCUACAAACAAAACAAUCCCUGAAUUGUUAUAAUAAUCAGUAAGAGAAAUGUACUGUCUUAGAAACUGGACACAGCACAGAUGGUUGCUCCAGGGGCAUCAAAUGUUAGAGCUUGGAGAACAACAUCUUUAUUCAGAAAUCUCUAGUCAGCCAUGAAUGACAAAAACAAUAUUAGCUACCCGAGGGGUAUAAUAUAUUAGUACAUGUGACUUUGCAUUGUUUGAAAGCAGUUCCUUACAUGUUUCAGAAGGCAUGUGUCCAGUGAGGGAGAUGUGAAGACUUGGUAAAAAAAAAAAAGGAAAGUGGUGGAAAAGAAAUGGGUGUAUAUGAAAAAUGGGUGUGGGUGUGCAUGCAAGACUAGAAACAGAUUACUGAACAAUUGGUAGUUGGGAGGGGGGGAUCUCUUAGGAAAUGCACAUUUCAGAAUGUGUAAUACUAAUGUGUAUAAAAGAAUCCGACAGUUAAUUUACCCUGCUGAAAAAGUUUAGUUUUAAGAUUCCAAAGCAGUAAUAAGACUGAUGACAGAACUGAUACUGUGUCUGACAGGAUUACUGAAGAAGUAAUUAUUUUCUAUCUUGAUGUUGGAAACUUACUUCAGAAGUUGCAGAGUACAUCUGUGAGUGUUUGGUCCAGAAGUACAUUAUGAGAGUAUUCCAGUCAUUUUGAUUCUGAAACCUGGUGGACUUUGUACAGGCUGGCUUUUAACUCCUCUUUUAAGAAUUUGUUUAAAAUAUUUAUGCAUGGCCCUUAAUAAAAAAAAAAAUAUUACAGGGUGUCUCACAAUAACACAACUACUAUACACUGUAAUAUAGCAAACAAUUUUUAUUUUCAUCUUGUUUUUAGGUAACUUAGGUUAGGAUUCACCUAACCAGCCCUGUCAGUGGAAGCCUUGUGCAAGGACUUUCACUUGUGCUAUAAGGCUUCCCCCAUCUCUCUCUCCCCCCCCACCCCCCAUGCCUUCCAGAAUUGGCUUAGAGGGUUGGGAGAACCUCCAGAACAAUGUGCAGGGGGAAGCGUAUUGUUCCAUUUGGCAAGCUGGAAUGCUAGCACAAAUAGAAUAAUUGGAAGACCUUAAGUCUGCAAUCCUAAACACUUAGCUGGGAGUAAGUCCCAGUCAACAGUGUGGCUCUUAUGUAUUGGUUCCAUCAUGACACUGAUUUAUAAUUGUUCUAAUAAAACAAAGUUGUUAUUACUUUUGGAUUUCAGAAACAUAUCAAACAAUAAAAUUUUAUCUUAUAGGUUAUAAUAAAUAUUACACUUCAUGUUCUUAAUGGCAGGGGGAUAAAAUCACAUUUUAAAAACCAUUUCAAUAUCACCCUACCCACAGCUCACCAUUUCUGGAAUUUUUACAUCACUAUUCUUUUAUACUGUGGUCUCACUAAUUUCUUAUUCCUUUAGAUAGUAACUAGAGGAUGUGAAACAACAGAAAUGACCUUAAGGAGAAAUGGCUUGGGACAGCUCGGAUUCCAUGUUAACUUUGAAGGGAUUGUAGCAGAUGUGGAGCCAUUUGGUUUUGCCUGGAAAGCUGGCCUACGUCAAGGCAGUCGCCUUGUGGAGAUCUGUAAAGUAGCUGUAGCAACCCUGACUCAUGAACAAAUGAUUGACCUGCUGCGCACUUCUGUGACUGUAAAGGUGGUGAUUAUCCAGCCACAUGAAGAUGGAUCACCUAGACGGUAAGAAGUCACAGUAGCUAGUAGGUUAUUUCUGUCUUCACUGCUGACAUUCUUUUGCCCUUUUCACAGAUGGCUUUCUUGUUAAAUGGGUAGUGCUCAUUUGGUGCUAAUGAGACUUGCAGCUAACACAGUCUGUGAGAGAAGUGCUAUCUUGUAAUAGAUGGAAUGGAUCUUAUAAGUUAUUUUAAUAAAGGAUGGAUUGUAUACUGGGGGGACUGGUUGCUUUUAGUUAAGUGAGCAGUGCUUUCUGAAUAAAGUGAACUGUUUACUAUAGAAUGGGGAAAGCAUCAAUAUGGGAAUAAGGGGGGCAAGUGGUGGCAAUUAAUCAAUGUUUUUGAAAAGAGUGAAAAUUAAUAAGGGAUUUGAAAUAGGGAAAUAGAGUAGAAAUUAAUAUGGCUUUUGGAAUGGAAUGGAAAUUAAUGAAGAAUAAGGGGGGAAAGGAUAGAAGGUAAUAAGGAAUAUUGAGGAAAGGGGUGAGGAUACUCAGUAUAUUUAAUGAGGCAAAUGGUUAAGAAGGUUUGGCUUUGACUACACUCACAUUGACAUGCAGCCCCUGAGGGAUUGGCCAUGGGUCGAUGCAGUCCUCAGCACCAAAAAUGUUAGCUACUGCUUGUCCGCAUGCUCUGUCCUCAUAGGUAACGUAUUCCAAACCCAAAUCAUUUUGCUUGCGCUUUUCUGCACCCUUUUCAGCUCUAAAUAUUCUUUUUGAGAUUGGGCAACCAAUGUUUUCUUCCAUUUCUCACUUUCAACUAAAAGUAUCCAGAACUAUAGCAUUGUAGAAUUGGUGAUAUAUAUGUUGCAUUUUAUUUAUGGAUGUUCUCCAAAAAUUAAUUUCUUAGAGUGAAAUGGGGGAAAUUAUCCCUUUAUUGCUGCCACUCAUAUUGCCACACAUGUGCUGCCUUUGGAAGACAUAGAAAUAUGUCUGUAUAUCAUUUUUUUUUCAAGUUGCAUAUAAUUGGCAGCUGAAAGAUUUUCUCAGCUUCAUUUGGAGAUUUUUGCCAUCUGCUUCCAAGUAUGAAAUAACACUUUUUGGUACUUAUUCUCCUGAUUAUCACUGGUGCCAUUCCAAAACAGUUGGAUCCAUAGCUUAGGAUAGGCUGCAGACAGCAAAAAGUCUAGAAAAGUCAGAGCCCUUCUACAGGCUCCUAAGUCAUCAUCUACCCCAACAGAAGGAGAAGGGAUUUUCUGCAGUAUAAACUUCCUGUAAUAUGAGAAUCUUCAACUGCCUCUUUAAAAGAAUGUCUGCUCUUCCUGGAUUAUCCGACUCUUUGAAGCCUUCUUAGCAGACUGGACUGAGUAUAGUUUUCCCCAGAGUCCACUGUUUUUUACUACUUCCAACCAAGGUGAAUAAAAAUGGAUAAAAGUAAUCUUACAUUUUUUAAAAGUUCAGUCUAUAAUCUGUUUCUCUUCUAAAAAUAAUGUGGUGGAAACCAUGAAGGUUAUUGCAAAACAUCAAAGGUUCAAGGUGCCGUAAGACUCUUUUUUGCAAUAACAGGCUAACUCAACUAUUCAUUUGGGAAUUGGUUUAAAACUAAAACUGACCUUAAUAUAAACAUAUAAUCUCUUAAAUAUGAACAUAGAACCCUCUUGUGAAAGACUCCUUUCCUUUCCUUUGUAAAGACAGAUCUGUGCUGUGAAAUAUUUGUUCAUGGGGGAAUAUACAACAUACUAGAUCACAUCUUAAACCCUGAUUCAAGAGACCAGAGACAAGGAAGUCAUCACAGGUUCUAAAAUUCAUAUGAUGUCAUGACUUGCCUUAUAACUGAUCCCAUAUAUAUCAUGUUGUCCUGUUUGAUGCCCAACUAUCUGAAUUGUACAAUGUUUAUGACUCUACCACCCAAACAACAAGGAAUUCACUUUACAUCUCAUGGCGAAAACACUGUUUUGCUCUUCAACUACCUUUCCUUCAGAGACCAGAAAAUAUGACAGCAGGGGACUUAGAGACAAUACUAGUGGACAUCGCUUAUGAUGGAAAUCCUAAGAUGAAGACAUGAUCAUGAAACUUACAAGGUUUUCCAAGUUAUCUGCCCCUGGAAAAAGAGUACUCUCCACUUCCAAAAUUUUUCUCACAUGAUUUUCUUUCCGAUACUUUUCUAUAAAGGUUAAAACUCCAGUCCACAAUCAGCAACUGGGACAAAUUAUAAUAGAUUAUGUGUGUCCGGUUUCCCACCUUCUGUGCUUGUCAAAAUGUUAAAGACACCACUGCCCUAAGUUUUGUUACCCCAUAUCCAGAUCAAGCUUCUGUCACUGCAUUUCACAACCACAGACAUAUGUCCAGUGAACAGGAGGGAUAGCUAAUUUGCUACCUUAAUCUAUUCCCAGGCUUUAUCCCUGUUCUAUUGACAUGUUCAGCAUAUUUUCCUUCCCAAUGUGGACAGCUGGGCUAGACCCUGUGCUUCCCAUGGCUAAAGAUUUUCAGCCUCGUGAGUCUACAGACCAUUGAAAUCAAACUCUGGAAAAUCCAUUGAAAUCAAAGGUCCAUGUUAUAUUAUCUCAAAACUCAGGCUUGAUCAGGUCAUUGAUUUAAAAAAAAUCUAGCCAUACUUAACGUAGGUGAUGCUGUCCUAGCAUCGGCUUCAGUUUUUGUUGUGUUAGUGACCACUAUAGGUAGAAAACGCCACUUAUUCAAGCUUUGGGCUUUGUAGGGCUCAGCUGGUAAAUUUGCCCUUUUCCUGCUGAGAAGCCAUUCAAAUAACCUCUAGAUGAGUUUUAAGGCUCCGUAUAUUUGCCCUUAAGUGCUAGGUAUUGUGGUGCUGUUAUUAUUAUUAUUAUUUUAAAAAAAGAUUGCCCAUCUCUCUACUGGCAAUCUAGACUGGGACCUUAGAAUGAUGGGGCAUGAAGGUUUUAACCCUUUGCAGUCAAUUUGGCCCCUCAAACUUGCAAUUAGCACAGUGUGUCUUUUAAAGCUCGCUUUCCCCAUGCAAGAAGCCAGCAUGGGAAGCCUGGUCUGAAUUGGUACCAUAAGGAGACUAAAGGGUUAAAGCCCCCUUACUCCAUAAUAGGGUCUUAAUACUGCUUGGCCACCUGGGCAGGGAGCAUGUGUUUAAAAAAAUAGUCCUCUGCACUUAAACAACACAGAUAUGGAGCUAAUGUAUCCUCUAGUUGGGCCCUCAGUGAACUUGUGGGUAAUAAAAUAACCCCUCAACCCCACUGAAGUCUUCCUUGUUUACUCUAAGAUAUCUUGGACACCAGAGUUACUAGCGGCAUGUUCAGCAGGCAGGUUUUCCUUGGAAUGGAAAAGAUGCUUUGCAUUCAGUUUUAUCUCUGACAACUUAAAUUUUACAUAAUCUAGUGUAAGAGUACAGAUGAUGGGUCAUAUUUUAUAUUACGAUAUAACUGAUAUAAUAUAUAAUUUUAUGACAUGCACAUGCUAUACUUCUUUUUUAAAAAUGAUGGGCUGUAUCUCUACAAGACUCAGGGAUUAUUACGUUUAUGUAUACUGCAGGGGUUGCUCAGAACUGUGUCGAAUUCCCAUGGUGGAGUACAAACUUGACAGUGAAGGCACCCCAUGUGAGUAUAAAACCCCUUUCAGGAGGAAUACUACUUGGCAUCGGGUGCCAGCUCCUGCAGGGCAGCCUCUUUCUCGUGCCUCUCCAAUCCUAGGAACAUCUGAUAGAUUGCAGUGCCAGCAGCUUCUCCAGCAGGCGCAAACAGCCAUUCCUCGCAGUACUUCAUUUGACAGAAAGCUGCCAGAUGGUGCAAGGUAAUAUCUUCUCUCUGUUAUUAAUUCCUGUAUUUUCUUAGUGCUUUAUUAGUAAACCUUUCUGGUCUUUGGUAUGAAGUGAUUUUUUAAAAGCUGUUUUCUUUUUAAACCUCAUUCAUAUACUACUGUACAAGGUUUUAACAGAUUUGAGCUGCAGUGAGCUUAGUGUUCGCCUCCACUAAUCCUUGUUGAAACAAUGGUCAGUGCUAAUAAUACUUUAAAAGGUAGACGACAUUAAAACUCACACCCUCUUCUCUAUUUAUAAUGGAAUAUAAAAGCUAGGUACCAGGCAAAUUCAGCCACUGUGGUAGUCGACCAAUAAAAUAAGAACUUCUGAAUAAGAGCAACAAGCAUUUAAAAAUAUGAAAUUAGUUGCUUGCAGGUUAAUACUUUCAUCUCAUUCCAAGAGAGUUUUAUUAUAUUUGUAACGUCAAUAGAACAUGGCUAUAAACGUCCAAGAGCAAAUGGAUAUUUGUGGAAUGUUGUCUUUGUUUAAAAACUGAAAUGACUUAAAAGUUAAAUGAAAACCCAAUUGACGUUUGUUCCAAUUCUGUAGUUGGCAGUGGGUUUUUCCAGGGAAAGUGGCUGGACAAAAAAAAAAUCCCCUCUCAGGCCCGUACCUAGAAAUCACAGGACAAAUGGAAGUGCGGAUGAGUGCAAAGACACUAUUGCUUGCAAGGAUCUAUCUAUAUGUACUUUAAAAAGUGCUGAAUUGUGGUCAUUAUGCGAAAAUGUGCAGACUGUAGGAAACAUCCAGUAUCACAUGAGCAGACUUCACCAGUCUCUUGCUCCCUCGUUGCAGGCCCCUCCAGAGCAGAUUGUAGGGCUACUGAAGUGGGGAUGAGGGGAGGCUGCAUAUCAUUAGAUGUCCCCGCAUCUAAAAAUGGUUUAAAUUUCACAAAAACUAUUCAAAUGUCUUCAUAUUGUUGUCUGUAUUUCUAAUUUCAUUAGGAAUUUAUAUCAAAAAUUGAUUGUUGUUGAAGCAUCACAGAUCUGUGUACAUGGUUAAUUACUUGAGUCACUAUUUCAGAAGUUCACCGAGCAACCAAUCAUCCUCCAGUGACCCAGGACCAAGUGGGAGUAGUCAGUGGAGACACCAAGUGGGAUAUGAUGGGUAUUUGUUUCUUUACAUCUGAAUCCCUUUUUAUGAACAGUAACUGUAGAAGCUAAUUUACGUGUGGAAUAUCCAACUGGCUGUUGUAGAAUGUUUCAUAGGUGGCUUUGUAAAGAUAAUAAUUUAAUUACCGUAUUUACUCAAUUCUAAUGCUCACCAUUUUUGGCCAAAUUACGUUGUGAAAAUUAAGGUGCGCAUUAGAUUUGAUGGCACAUUUACAUUCACCAGCAAAUACUUUUUUUGGUUUCAAGGUUCUGAAAAUUGAGGUGUGCAUUAGAUUCGAUGGUGCAUUAGAUUCAAGUAAAUAUGGUAUGUGCUGCUGUAGUCAAUCUGCCCCAUCUCUGAAGGCUUGGAGGCAAUCCAUACAUAGCUGAGUGAUGGUGGUAUCUAGUGGCGUCUAUUUGCUAGUGGAAGUGCAUCAACUAGCACAAGAGGAGGGAGCUGUUUUUCUUUUUUCUUUUUUUAAAGAUAUUUAUUGGAGUUUUCAAAAUAUUACAAAAAGAAGAAAGUAAUGACAAAGAAAAAAAAUACAAAUACAAAGAGUAAAAAAUAAUUAACAGAAUAAAGAAAAAAGAAAAAGAAAAAAACAGACCCCUUCCACCGUGUAAAAAAGAAGAAAAAAAGAAAAUUCCAAAUAAAAAACAAAAAAGUGACAAAAUUACAAAAAUCCCAAGUUUUUUUUUUAAAAAAAAACAUUUAAAAACAAGUUCAUUAUUUUCAGACCCUUAACUGUCAUUGCCUUCUUUCUUAGACCUCCUCCUCCUCCCUUCCUUUGUAUCCUAGUUAUUAAUUAUCCCAGCAAAUCCUUUCCUUUCCAUGUUUCAUAAAAUUCUAUCAUUACAUUACCCUAGACUAUUUUAAUCCUAUCUUUCUAUAAUAAAAUAAACCUUAAAGUUUAAAACUUAAGUCUUAACCUUACCAGCUUCUUAUAAUCAUAAUAUUCUUUCAUAAUUCUUUAAGCAUCUUUACUAAAGCCAGGUAAUUUCUUCCAACAUUUUUCUAUCAUUCAUCAACUUUAUGAAACAUUCUAAUAAGAAAGAAAGAGAAAAAGAAAGAUAUAAACAAGUCCAAUCUUUAUCCAGCGUCCCUUCCUCCUGGUUCCGGGAUUUGUCAGUCCUUAUUCCCAUCAGUCUAGCCCGGUAACCUUAUGUCCGAGGCCCUCAGGUCACUUCCAUGGCCCUUCCGCGGCUCUUCUUCAUAUUUAUAACUGUAAUUUCCCUUAUCUCCUACUCGUGGCAACUCCAGCUUGACAAUGUCUCUUGCUCGUGGUAGCUCCAACUUAAUAAUGUUUUUAGCCCUUCUUGACAGAUCAGACCCUUUUCCGUAUUCAUCGCUGCAUUCCAUGUAGUAUUUAAAAGCAUGUUUCAAGGGCCCUCCAAAGUUGAGAGCCCCCACAGUCCCAAGCAUUUUGCAGCCCAUUACCAUAUUUAAAAAGUCCAGACAUCCCAACAUAGGGGGGUCAAUCCAGCCCCCCAUUUCCAAACCACACCAAACUUUCCCUUUCCAGAUCUGGCUUUUUCCAAAUUCAUUUGUCCAGUCCGAAGGAUCAUACUCCUGUUGGGUCUGUUCUGUCAAAACACACUCCUGAUUUAAUACCACAAACUCCUGUUCUGUCAAAACACACUCCUGGUUUGAAUCCUGAGUGGGCUCCACAUGUUUUCCCACAGUCUGGUCAAAACAUUCCACUGCCUGUUUAAGAUUUCUAGUUGAAAUGACCAUCCAGUUCACCUUAUCGUGUAAUUCUUCCAGUAAAGCAUUUGUUUUGUAAAAAGCACACACCAAGGCUUCUGAGUACAUUGUCCUGCAAAGUCAAAUACUUUCCCACGGUUAUUUUGUAACAGCUGUCAAUUCCCUGGAGUUAGUUACAGUUUCACAAGCUCCCCCUAGGGGGAAGACUUAUGUUUAUUCUUGCUACAAAGUUUCCUUUUUUUUCCAAAAUACUUGAGAUAGGAGCUGUUUUCACCAGUCCCCUGUAGCAAUUGCAGCCCCCUAUGUCAUAUCUCAUACUGUUCAAGAGGGUCUCCCAACCCUCAGGAGAAGCUUUUGGAGCAGCAUUUGGCUGUGGGUGGGGGGAGCGGGCUAGGUUGGAUAGACCUGAUUAGUGAAAAACUGGUACCCUACUUUGCUCAAGUGAAAGCGGUUCAGCUAGUAACAAAACCACCCAUUUAAAAAAAGAAAUCAACAUAAGAUCUAAUGUGUUGAGUAGGGGUAUCAGCAGCUAUAUUUGGGCAACUUUGUGUAUAAGUCUUAGAUAAAUAAUAACUUGAGCAGAAUAUAUUUAAAUUGUUCUAACUACUGUGGAAUGUUUUACUCUUCUUUGCUUACCAGUUGUCAAUACUGAAAAUAUAUAGUUGUGCCAUUUUACAGCAGGGAUUUUAUAAACUGGAUGAGAAGCUUUCCUAGUGAGCAGGGGAAAGCAACAAUUUAUUUCUUUGUUAAUAGGUGCCAGUCCCCUUUACUUCAUGAUCACCAGGGUUCAGGUCCACUGGAGAGUGAAGGAGGCAGAGAACAUGAAGAAUCUUUGGAAGCGACCAGGCAUCCCAAUGGUAAUUAUUAUUCUGUUUCAGUUUAAUUACAGCUUUGCUGGUUUGUUUUCCACUUGUAUAAUGUUUUGCAUUAUAAACUAUCUUAAACUAUCACUGGCAUACUGAUGGUAACAAAUGCAAAACCUUUGGAAAUCUUUCCUAGCCAUUUUAUGUAAAUGUAAAACAACAUGGUUGAGAAUAUCAGCCCUAUGACACAAUUAUAUCCCAAAGAUUAUUCCCACUGGCACAUUCUGAAAUCUGGCCAAGAAGGACAUUUUCUCCAAGUCUCUUCCCAGCUCAGUGAUCUAGAAGGAUGCCAUGGUUGAUAGUAUUGGAAGCUAGUGAGAGGUCAAGAACCAGCACUCUCCUUGCCCAGUUUCUGGUAUAAAUCCUCCACCAGGCCAAUCAAGGCUAUCUCUGUUCCAAAACCUGAUUCCACCCAUAUGAGAUUUGCAUAUUUGUGUGCAAAACUACAGAGGAUUUUUCUUCACGUGAGAGUGUGAUUGCUGAAAAUACAGAUUCACUCAUGCUAAAUCUCAAGAUUUAUAGUUAUCAGGUACCAUUUUUGUCCUUGUGUGGAAGUUACAAGAAUUAGUGCUGUGGCAUGAUCGGGAGCUUUUGCUGUAGCUAAAUGUGUAUAUGGUACAAGGGAUGUCCCACAAGGUUGUUUUUUCUAAUACAGUUCUGCUACUUCCUUUCUCUCUUUUUAUAUUCCUAUUUCCCUGUUUCUGUCUUCCUCAUAUAAUUGCAAACAUCCUUGCACACACCAUUUUCUACCAUAUUUUCACACAGUCUUGCGCACCUGCGCAUAGUACUCUCUUGAAUAAAGACUAGAAUCAGCUGCAUAUGUAUCUCAUCACAUUUGUUGUUUGCAGAGAGUUUUAAGAUAUUUUUUUAUCCACAUACAAGCUAAAUUACUUUUCCUCAAAGUUACUAGGAUGACUCCUUUUAAAAUGAUACUGUUUAUCUCCCUCUGUUUUUUUGAUCAUCAGAACAUUAAGAGGAUGUUUGUAUUGAUUUUGCAUUGUGCUUGCAUUUCCAUGUUUUGUAGAAAUGACACAGCAAAAGGACAUGUACAAACAGGCCCUUCUUAUUCAGAACUCUCAUUUAGUAAGCUGUAUAGACAUAAGUUUAAUUAUCUUUUAAGAUGAUGGGCAAGAGUAAACUCUCUGCUCUAGGAAAUUUGAAAGAACAUCACUGUUUCAACCUGAUGCAUAUAGCAUUAAGUUGUGAGCUUCUUUUCAUUGUACAAUAUGUUUUGUGCGUUUAGAAAUUAAAACACAUAAUUAUUUAUGGCAGAAACCAAGUGGCAUGCACCAUCAACCAAAGUCUUGAGUUCCUAUAAAGACCGCGCUUUACAGAAAGAGAACAGUGGCAAGGAUUCACCAAACAAAUUUUCUCAUGUAAGUCUUUUUUCUUAGGGUUUCCCAAAUUAGGAAUCUUUCCAAAUAUGUGGGCACAGUCUCUGUUGCAAAAGUUGGGAGAGCUGUGCAAAUAGCUGGUUGCGUUUGAGCCAGCAACUUGAUUGAAAGUGUAUGUUUUGACCCUGCUUUCCCGUAUAGAAAUGGGAAGUAUGAAUUACAGAUGGUAAACUAUCCUGCAAGAUGAAUGAGCUAUUGGGGUUAAUAAAUUUAUUUCUGUAUCUUGCUAUGUCCUACAGUUCUGUUUGGCAUUGUUUUGCGUCCUAUCAUUUUAAUGGAAUAACUGAAAAACUGUAAAAUUGAAUGGAAAAGAGGCCAUCCAGUUGUAUCUGCCAGUGUUACAAUCUCAGAUGUGGAAUAAUUUGCAAGAGUCUUGAAUUUUUUUCUAAAGUGUGCACACAACUAAUAAGCAUCACUGAUGCAGAAAUAGUUUCAAGUAUUCUUUCUGGCAGUGACCUCAAACAAUCUCAUUAUAAAGGGCAUGUGCAGGUUUCUAGGGCACUGCGUGGAUUAAAGCUUCAUGUAAGCAUCACUCUGGUGAUUAGAACGUAAUUUACAUUGACUUGCAUAGUCCUGAAUACAUUUCUUAUUGUAUUCAAGUGACAUUCAUACAUUGCCAUUUCUUGUCAUAUUGUGAGGGAUAAGCAUCUGUUUUAAUUACCAGCAAUUGCACUUCUUUUAUUUAGGCAAAAUUUCACAUUUAAAGAAUGCGUCUAAUAAGAAUAUAUUGUUAUGCUUGUUCCUGUUAAUUUGUGUGGUGGUGGUGGUGAUGACCUGAUGUUAAGAAACAAUUAUUUCCAGCUGAAUUAAAUAAUGUGAGAACUGAAGUGUGAGAUUUGGAAAAUAGAGCCUGUUUGUGCACAAAUAUCACUUUUGUGGUAAAUUAAAUGACAAGGGAACUAUGCCAAGCCAAAUUCUUCGCUUUCCUCUAGUUCAUAUGCAUAAGCAGUCCCUCCCCCGUGUUGCAGCUAGCAAAUGUUCAUCGCCUUUUUGUCAGUGAAACAAAAGAGCAAUCAUCAAAUCUACUAUUUCAGCAUAUUUGAUUCCCACACUCUGUCCGGACAAAACCAGUGCUGGUCACAGCUCAUCUUCAUGACUGAAGGAUGAUUGUAGGAUUAAAACAGCACUGGUUAUCUAAGCCACCUGAGGGAGCAACAUUGGCACAAGGUUAUCCUGUGUCUUAUCCUAUGUUUCUGCAUACAUAAACAUUUAGGUGGAUAUGUGCUGGCUAUUUUUUAAUAUGACACAGGCAUUUUAAAUCCCUUUCCCUUUCCUCACUUACGGCCUUUUAAACAUUGACUUUCCUCAAUACAAGAGGAACUGAUAUUGUUGACUUUAUCUGUAUUUCUUUAUUUUGAAUCUUGCAUAUUUUGCUUGUUAUGGCAAAGUGGGGAAGAGAAGGUGAGAACAGUUUGGGUUUUGCUGUCCCUUGCUUGCCCAGCUUCAGGAGGGGCAAAUGCAGAGGCUGAUGCCAGUCUUUUUCUUAAAAUAGUUCAUCUUGUGUUCACUUACUUGCAAACAUGCUGAGGUUCUCUUAUAACAAAAUGGACAUUUGCUGAUGUAAUAUGACGUGUUAGGGAUUUAAUUUAAAACUAUGUUAUAACAUUUAUUCUGUACUGAACACAAUUCACUCUGCAGAGUGGAAUCUUCUAUACAAUGGGCAAAUUAUUUCCCAUCCUGUUUUUACUCUGGUUUAUUAAAUUUGUUCUUUGCUUCCCAUAGCCAGAGUCCUGAAGCAGCUUACAAAUGAUAAAAAAAAUUAAAAAUACAAGUGAUAAUGGCAUAUCCUUUAAAUCAUGCAAUAAGCAAAAAGUGUUAAUUCAAAAAGUCACUCAAAAAAAUCCACCACCACCAAGAUGCAUUUGAGCAUGUGUUAAUCAAAAUACUAAUUAUUUUAUCCAUAUUACAAGUUUAUGCUGUUAGCAUUAUUCAUUAUAUCUGCUUCAUUUUUAUUUGGCACUUCCAACAAGUAGUGAGGCAGCUGCUUGCUUCUUUGAUUGAUGAAACUGUGAACAGGAGGAAGUAAAACUGUAUUGUAAAAUGUUUCUCUUUAAGAUUGGAGACAAAAACUGUUCCAGCCAUUCCAGCAGUAAUACCCUGUCAAGUAACACAUCCAGCAACAGUGAUGAUAAGCACUUUGGCUCCGAAGACCUAAUGGACACUGACUUGCUUGGAUUAACAUACAUUAAAGGGGCUUCUACUGACAGUGGGAUUGAUACAGCUCCUUGUAUGCCUGCUCCAAUUUUGGCUCCUUUGCACCUGGCUGGAAGCCGGUCAGGGAUACAUAGCCGGACUGAUCAGUGGGCUGAAUCAUCUGAAACUCCUGGACCAGAUGAUGAGACUAAAAUGUAUGCUGUUCACAGCUAUGCUUCUGCCAUUUCUAGCAGUCAUACAGGUGAUGGUAGCAUGGGAGACCUCAGUGAAAUAUCUUCACAUUCCAGGUAAGCAAUCCCCCCCCCCCCCAAAGAUUCCAGCUCCACAAUUCUGUGAUGGAUAGUUCUGAGUAAAGCGUGGAUUUACCUUUUUUUUUCUUUUCCCUAUUAACAUUACAUUUUACAUGAGUGCUUUUAUAAAACCUCAUUUCAACAAUGUUACAUUUCAGAACAGAGGAGGAAAGAUUAAAAUGCCACUUUCCUUACGAACUGCCUUCAUGUGCUUGACAGUAAAACUAUAAAAGGAGAAGAAUAUGCAAUAUUGUGUAGAGCUGUAUAUUCCAUGCAAUUGCAUAAUAGCAUGUGACCUGUUUUCUUUGCUGUACGCCAAGUCUCUGCUUGUUCAACAACAUAAUUUAGAUAACAUGAUUUUAUAUGUGGACACUUUUGAGUGGAUAGUCUUCCCAUGUGGCAGAAGAUUGAACUAGAUAUCCCCCUACCUCUAAUGUUUCAAUUAUGAAAUCUGUAAAUUACAUUACACUUUUUAAAUCUGCAAAACCCUUUGGAUUAUCCCAGCAUAUAUAGACUAUUGCAAUCUUGGGGGGGGGGGGGGAGAGAGAUGCACACGAACCCCUCUAUGCAUUGAAAGAGAGCUUGGGUGAGUGCAUGGCUGUGUGGUCUAGCUCCACCCACUGCCACCACAGAUGUAUGUGUGUAGACCUUCUGACAUCAUUUGAAUGUGCUGGCAUCAGAGGAGUGUGACAGUGUUGGACAAGGCUAGCCUGCAUGAAAGUGAUAGUAAGUUGGACCAAGCCCUGUAGCCCUACCACAUGCUCUUUCAGUUCAUGGAGUGCUCCAUGACUUUUGCAUAAAAUGUUGACACUGAAAAGAAUGUGACACGCAAAUGUGUGUACAUAUUUUACCUUUGUUUUGUGAACAAGUGGGUCUGGUUUAUGAUGAUAGUGAUUUGCAGGGCAAUCCCUAGCAAUACUGAGUAAAAGCAUAUGUCCUUUGAGUGGAACAGAACAAGACAUUCUAAAAAGUGUGUUGGGAUUUCCACAUUUAGAGUUUUUAAGGGUUUAAGAACUUAACCAGUGGAAAUUGUUCCUAUUUUUUACUUCUCUGAAAUACAAAACAUUUGCAAACAAAUCAACUCGGCACUUGAAAUCCUGUCACUUCAAGUUCUGUACUAAAUGUCUUUGUACAUCUGGUCUCUUAGUUUCAGUUUCAACUUAACUAAGCUGUAGAAGAUGGCAGUGAAGUAAGAACAUAAAAACUAAAUAGAAUAAAACCCACAGAAAUAUAGGAAUUCCAUGAGUGUGUUCAUCUUUCUUGCUGAAAUGUCAGUUUAAACUAUGAUGUUUGAAAGGCCUCUUACAGCAAUGUUUGGGUAUAUUUUUGAAUAGUUUAUCUGAUACUGGUGUGUUUUAAGCAUUGCGUUAAAUUGAAGAAAGGUGGGACAUAUGUAGUAAUGCUUUAUAACCUAUAACAAAAUGUACUUUUAAAUUGAUUGGGCACAGUCUAGCCAAAGAAUAACACUGUCAAACACAGUGGUCGUUAUCUGGGCCAUUCUCUUAAUUCCCCGCCUCCUGAAAGAAAUAUAGCUGAUCCAGGAAGUGGGGCGGGGGCUUUUGGUUGUAGCAACCUAUGUUAUAUCCUCCCCAGGGAAGGUCAUCUGGUGCCAUCCUUGAUAUAAUUUUGGUAGUAGUAGAAUUAUUUUUUAUUUGCCUAGGUAUUCCAGCAUGUACUGGUCUUAAUAGUGGCUUCAUCCAUUUUGCUGGAUUUUAUUGUUGUUGUGUUUUUUCUCUACAUUUUUCUUGUUUUAAGUUAUAUUUCUAAUUCAUUUAUGUUUAAUGGAUACUGCCUUGAGAAUUGUACAGCAUACAUUUUCAAAAUAAAUUUCCUAUCAGCUGUAAUGGGGAAAUUAUGAAUUUCUAUAAAUACAUCCAGUGAAGCCAGGAUGACUUUAAAGUAUUUAUUCGAUAUUGGACAAAGAAAGCAAAUAACAUUAAAUAUGACUGACCUCUGUCCUUUUGAGAAGACUUUAUUUUAAAAAAAAAUAUGUAUGUGAUAUAUUUUCCUGUCACAUAUAUCCUCAUGUAGUUCACUGUGUAUUUUGUUUUGUGUGUUUUCCUCUCCUCUAGUGGGUCACAUCAUUCAGGAAGUCCUUCAACACAUGGCCCUAAAAGCAGUGGAUCAUUAGAUACAUCCAAAGUGUACAUAGUGUCACAAAAUUGUAGUCAACAGAUCUCUGGCCCCAUAGCAAAAUGCUACCCUCGACAAGGAGCUAUAAGCAAAUAUGUCAUUGGCUGGAAAAAGUCAGAAGGUAGCCCUACACCUGAGGAGUCUGAAGCGUCGGAAUGCCAAGAGUAAGGGAUAGUUUGUUUUCUUGGGGAAGAAAAGUUUGUGUGGAUUGGAGGCGGAGAAAAGCCUGAAUCAUGAAAGGAAAUGCAGGCUAGAUGAUGCAUAAUCCCAGGACUAGGAAGAAGCAGGGAAGGGCCAGACAAAGUUAGCUGCUUUCUAUCGGUUUGGCAUGAAAUCAAAGUUCUAAAUCAGUAUGUAGAAGGAAAGUGCAUAGUUGAAUAUUUCAGUUUGUUUUAUACAUUUUUAUGUGCAGUUGAUUUCUUAUCCAAAACUGCUUUGCAAAAUUUCUGGUAAUAACAAAACAUGCUCUAAUAAUAUAAUUACAUAAAUGUAAAAGGAAUGUUAUGCUUUAUUACUAGUAACCUAAUCUGUGCUCAACAUGAAUGUGUACUUUGUUAUUUUUUAUUUAAUAAUAAUCCAGGAAGAAAAAGGAAUUGUAUUGUGUGUUUUCUCCUCCAUGUUGGAACCCAGCUUUAAACAACAAACAAAAAAACUUUCUUGGAACUUUUAAUGAAUGAUGUACUAGAUACUGUUACUGUGGUUUUAGUGUCAAGUUUUGAUCAUCAUUUUAGAGAGUUAACAACUUUGCAGCAUUCCCUCUAAUUGUAAAGAACAAAUUGUUUCUACAGAAUGUAUAGUGAUGUUGAGGGCCUAUCAUCAAGUCAGCUUCAGGCUUCUAUAAGGAAUACAGUUUCUGAAAGUCAGCGAGUCUUAUCAAAAGAAGAGUUUCUGAAGUUGAUGAUGCCAGACAACAUCUCUGUGGAGGAAGGCAGAAGAAAGGUUAGCUGCUGUUACUUUUUGCUUUGUCUCUGUGUAACCGUUAGAGGCAGUUAUGGUGGUGGGAGCACUGCUUGAUAUAGAGAUAAGUUCUAAAAAGAGCUGUAAAUGAGAGAGUAUAGAGCUUGUAAUACUACUACUACUACUAAUAAUAAUAAGCAUGCUCACAAAUAUGAAGCCUGGUAUGGUUAUAGUCAGGAGGUUUGGUAUAUUUAACCUGAAAGCUCUUCACUUUAAGGCAGGGGUGGCUGCCCUGAGACUCCAAAUUUUGUUGGUCUCCAACUCCCAUCAGCUCCAGCCAGCAUGGCCAAUGGUUAGGGAUGAUGGGAGUUGUAGUCAAGCAACGUUUCAAGGUCCACAGGUUAGCCACCCCUGCUUUUUAAGUUGCUGCGUGUAUAGAUUCUCAUUUGGGAUGGAAUUUUCUGAAAAUAAUGAUGUUGAACUUGCACAUUUGGACUAUGGUUAAAUGUGAUGGAUGAGCUAGGCUGCUGUAACUUGCACAACAUUUUUAACACAUUCUUUGAAGUGUAUUUUAAGUAUAGAGGAUUGGACUGGCAUUUCUGGAGAGGUUUGAGAGUUAUCCAGAAAAUAAGCUUAGAGGCUAUCAUGAAAUAACUGUCUGUUUGGUUGGUUGUAAGGUGCUUUGGGUUGCCCUGGGAAAGGUAAAGCAACUAACAAAUUCUUUUAGGUAUAACUUAAGUGACAGUAUAUAAACCUGAGGGGGAAGGUGAGGGAAGUCAGCCUGAACCACAUGGGAACCAUUUCCAAUAAUCCACUUUCCAUAUUGUGUAGUGAUCAUACUGGUUAAGUAAUACCUGAAAUGGGUUUAAGAGAACUUGGUUGAUGUCCUAAAGCAGAGGUGGGGAAUCUCUAGCCUGUGAAGCCAUUUUAUCCAAAGCAUACCCUUCUACCUAUUAGCUUUUGUCACUCGUGACAUCGUCUGCUGAACAGGAGGGUGGGGUUGGAUCUUGCUCAGUUUGGCUGUAUGCUCCCAUUCCCAGAAUUUCCUAGCUUUGGGAUUUCACCUGCCAUGAUUCUGCUCUCAGGUGUUUGGUUCCACUCACCUGUCAGACAAAGGCAGCAAGGGGUGGACAGAACAUAACAACCUGGCCCUCGAGGCUAGAAAGCUUCCCCAAUACUGGCAUCAAGGAAAGGGGAAUCGGUGAAAAUUGCCACCUCCUUCCAUCAGAGGGACCCUGGAGUGGAUCAAGGGACUUUCUGCAAAUGAGAAGUAGAAGAUAAUUGGUUUAAUCCAAGUUAUAUUUUGGAGUCUAUAUAUAGCUAAUGACUUGGAUUAGAUAUUAGAACAGUCUUUAAAUCAAGACUACACAUUAACAGUUUUAGAAGGAUUUCAAAGAAUUCUUGCAACUAUUACCUUCAGCGAGCUAGAGGUUUCAUUUAUUACUCUGGAGUUAAUACAACAUUUCAGUAAGUAAUCAUUCAUUAUGAUGAAUGCUUGUAUGUCAGAAGAAAAUCUAAUAAUCCAGUAACUUUGCUAAAAUGCCAGAUAACCCAAAAUGAUUGAUGUUAGUGUACUAUAGUGGGUAAGACUUAUCUACAGAAUGAACUAUUAGAGCAAUCAUUAGACGCCACCUCACCAAUUAAACAGUAUAUAAAUGAAUAAAUUAAUAAUAGUGAUGAUGAUAAUGAUGAUGGAAAAUAUUUUCUAAUUUAUAUUUUUCAAAAAACAUAGUUUUCAUUUUACGGGAACCUAUCUCCAAGGAAGACGCUGUACCGCACUCUUUCUGAUGAGAGCAUAUGUAGCAAUCGGAGAGGAUCUUCAUAUGCUAGCUCGCGGAGCUCAAUGCUAGACCAAGCUUUGCCAAAUGAUAUUUUGUUCAGUACUACACCACCAUAUCACAGCACCUUACCUCCUAGAACAAGCUUAACCACUGGUACUGGACACCUACGACGUAAGUGUGUGUUAAACACUGUCUCAUUUGAUACUGUGCAAUUGAAGGUAGAUCUUCUAAACAGAAUGUAGGAACCAAAUUGAACCAUUAGUUCCUCUAGUUCAGUACUGACCAGGAGCAGUUCAGAGUUGUUCACCUGGGAUCAGCUCUCCGGGUUUCUUUCCCAGCCCUACCUGAAGAUGGCAGAGCUUGAACUUCGGGCAUUGUGUAUGAACACCAGUCCAAUGCUAGAUGACAAAAUCCCUCUGGGAAGGGGCCUCAGCUACAAAAGAUGGCAAGAGUGGUCAGAUGGUUUCACUCAGACUGUUUUCACAUUUUUGCUUGGAUUCUUCUUUCUGCUCCUCUAUUCAGUCUGUCAUCUUUAUUCUUAAUUCUGUUAUCUGCGAGGUAAUUACAAUGUAUUGUGCUUUUUGCUAAUCAAAUCAUGUAAUAGGGGAGCGUGGAAUACGGCUUGAAAAAGAUACUAUGAAUCUUAAUCAUGUCUAACAGUAACUGAGAUUCCUAUCAUAAACAAGAUUUAAAUCCCAGGUUUGAAUCUUGUUUGCAACCAAAGUUUAAGAGGCUAAUUAGUCUUAAGAAAUAAAUUGUGCUGGUUCAGACAUAACCCAUAACCGUGGUUAGUUCAAUCAAGGGUAGGGGAAGGAGCACACACAGUACCUGGUCCAGGCUGAGAUCACUGCCAUCAGCACCAGGGAAGUUUAUCUCCACAGGGAAGACAGCAGUAAAACAAAAAUCUACAUCUCCCAACACCAGAAGGGCAAGUCUUCCAUUCAGAAGACCUUGCAGCACCCAGAGUGGGGCAACAAACUUUGGCUCUCUCACAUCUCCUGGAACUGGUGCAGCUUCUCACACAAAAACCAAGGAACUCGAGCAGCAAGGAAUGCCCACCCAAAUAAUGCCCACCCAAUCUUUUACCAUUGUUAGAGAUCAGGACCAGUAAGCAGAUGAGUUUGUGAAAAAAUACAGCUUGGGUCAGAGGUGCCAACUUAAAUAUUGAGGGGGGGGAGCAAGUAUUCCCUGCCCCACAUAAUUGAUCACAAGACAUACAUGCUGUUUUAAUGGCAAUGCCCAUCAACUUUGGGGGCCCUUGGCCCCCUCAAAUAUUUUAUUGGAGCUGAAGAGACCUCAGCCCCUAGGAGUUGGCUCCUAUGGUUAGGGUCGGUUCAUCAAAGCUGGGAUUGCUAUUUGGAGGGAUGGAAGCUAGAAGUAAGGUUUUCCAAACAAGAUUUCGAAACUAUCAGCAUAAACUAAAAUAUUAUCUCAUUCAUAUCCAACCGAGCACUAGGAAGCUUGUUCAGUCUUAGGUAAGGAUCAGGCUGCUGCCACUUAGCUGUUCAAACUCCUUCCCAUUACAUCUCAAACAAGUUCCAUCUCUGUUGUAGUUUUGAUGCCUAUUGAAAGCCUUCCUUUUUCAAGAAGCCUUUUAAGAGUGGCAAUUUUUGUCCCAGUCGGCAUCUGUGUUGGAUUUGAAAUUGUUUUUGUAUGUUUUAAUUGAUCACUUUAAAAUAUACAAUGAGAAGUGAUUCAUAAAUGAAAAACAUUUAUUUUAGAGUGGUAACUAUUAGCUAAAUACACUUUGUAGCAUAUUGAUGGCCUGAUACUGUGUGUACAUAUUUUCUGGUUUUGGACCAGUCAUAGCCCUGCUUUCAGGUCAGACACUCCCAAAGUAGUUCACAUUGUAUUAAAAGCAUAACAUCUAUGAUGACCUAAUUAAAAACUAUAAAAUACUAUGGCAUAUACACAGUCCAUAAAAAAUAAAACAUUUUUAAUAUUGUAAUUAUUCAUUUUCUAACCUGUUGAAACAUUGUCCUGAAGAUAGCUUCUGCUUCUGCUUCUUAAUUUAGAUGAGUUUUGGUUCUCAGACGGGUCUUUAUCGGACAAAUCAAGAUUCAAUGAUCCUGGGUUGAUGCCCCUUCCAGAUACAGCAACAGGAUUAGACUGGUCUCACCUUGUAGAUGCUGCACAAGCAUUUGAAGGUACUGUAAGAAUUUCUGCAACCGCUGCACAUGUAGUUAGUAGAAAUUAAAGUCCAAUGCUUAUUGUAACAUGAUUCAUUACCCCUUGUUAUUGGCAGUCCUGCACAUGCACCCUUGACUUACCUGUUUUUUGCCAUUCAGUGAUCAGUCACUUCCAGUUGAUAGAUGAGCCCCAAGAACUAUGUUGGUGGACCAUCAGGUCAUUUUGCACAAUAGCCUAAGACCAAAGGUGGCAUAAGGAGAGCUAGAAAGAGAACAGCAUAGGCUGACAUCCUGAAUUACUGAGUUUUCUUAGGGCAGUUUUUUUCUACACAUAGCCACUAGUUCAUAUUAUAAAUAUCUUAAGAAUCAGACAAAGUCCUGGCUAAAGAGGAACACUUUCGCCUGGCUCCUAAAUGUGUAAAAUGAAGGCGCCGGCCAAACCUCCCUGGGGAGAGCAUUCCACAAGCAGGGAGCCACUGCAAAAAAGGCUCAUCUCGUGUUGCUACCCUCCAAACCUCUUGUGGAGGAAGCACACAAGAAGGGCCUGAGAGGGUGAUUUCAGGGUGUGAGUAGGUUCAUAUGGAGAGAGGUGGGCCUUGAGGUCUCCUUUGAGCCAUUUAAGACUUUAUAAGUCAAAACCAGCACUUUGAAUUGGGCCCAGCAACUAAUUAGUAUCAAGUGCAGUCAGAGCAGGAUUGGUGUAAUAUACUCAAACAGUCUUGCCCCAGUGAGCAACCUGGCCCCUGAAUUCUGCACUAGCUGAAUUUAUCAAACUGCCUACAGAGGCAGGCCUACAUAAUGCAAUAAUCUAACCUAGAGGUUACCAAAGCAUAUAUGACAUAAGUUAGGCUGUCCCUAUCAGUGCUUUUUUCCUAGUAAAAUAGAUGCCGGUACUCAACAUGAAGUUGUUACAGUAAGUGCCACACUUUAUAACGACAACAAAAGAGGUGCUGAUGCUGCAUACCCUUGAGUACCCCUGAAAAAAGCACUGGUCCACCACCCAAAUAAGGGUGCAGCUGGGCCACCACCCAAAAGUGAUGGAAGCGGUGUGCCACUGAGGCCACCUGAGCUUGAAGUAACAGCAAAGGAUCCAGGAGUACCCCCAAGCUAUGUAUUCGCUCAAUCAGAGUGUAGCCCCAUCAAAGUUAUUUACACAAAGACUUUUCUGCCCCAGUGUUGCUUCCUUCAACCCCUGCCACCUCCAGAAUAUUUUCAGAAGUUUGGUAGACUCUCCCAAAUGUUGUAGACUGUAGCAUGGGAAACUGUAAUUGAGUGUUGGGGAAUUGCCAAACUUGGUGGAGGUUAUUUGAACAAGUGGAGCUGAGCUCAUGCAAGAGGACUUCCUUUUCUACCCCCCCCAUCCUCCAUUUUAUCCUCAUAACAACUAUGCGAAAUAGAUUAGAAUGAAAGACAGUGAUUGGCCCAAAGGUACUCCCCCACCCUGAGUGAGGUUCAAAGCUGAGUAGAGAUUUGAAUCUGGAUUUCUCCAGCCCUGAUUUUAUUCAUAUUCAAAAUGUUGGAUAUAAAAGGCUUUUCCGAUUCCUUCAGACAACUGUAGCAGUUAUUGCCGCUGCUGUUUUUCAUGGAUGCAAUACAAUAAAUAAACUUGUGCGGUUUAGCACAUAAUGGAAAUUUUAAAAACUCUACUGUGUUUCAUAGUGUGUGUUUGGAAAUCUGCUUGAGCUAAGUAGCUAAGACUGCAAUCUUAUGCAUAGUUACAAGUGAGUAAAUACCACUGAACAGUCAGUAAACAUGCAAAGGAUUGCUCUGAUAGUAUGUUUAGAAUUGUAGUGUAAACAUUGGAAACAAUUAUGAAUGAAUAGCUUUAGUAAAAAGAACCUGAGGAGAGAAAAUAGAUGUAUCUUUUUUAAAGAAUAAGAAUAAGAAGGUUGAUUGUUAAAGGAUGUAUACUAUUGAAAGCCAGCUUCUAAGUCAUCAUGCAUAUGGAACACAUGCUUUUUCUUUGUUUGAACUUUUUAACACUUCCAUCUUCAAAGGACCUCAGGGCAGUAUACAAAGGUUUUCUCCCAAUUUUCUCUCUACAAGGAACCGGGGGCGGGGGGGAGUUAGGCUGUCAGAGACUGUGGCUAGCCCAAUGUUCCUCAAUAAGUGUUGUGACUGAUCAGGGAUUGGAACCCAUAUUUUCAAAGGUUCACACUAUUCACUACAUCACAAUAGCUCUGGUUUAUGGUUGCCACCUCAACAUCAGAAGACCUCUUAUCCUAGCAAAGCAUUAAAACUGUGCCAGAAUACAUGUUUAAGAACAGGAUGUUACAUUGUUAGAGCACUGCAUUAAUAAAAACAUAAAAUCAAAGUUAAGACUAAACUUUACAGAGCAUGUUAGCCUAAACAGUUUGACAAAGACAAUGGAUCUACUAUAGGUGUAUUUCAAUUAACUUGAAGCUAACUUCUGUUAUAAUGAUUAAUAUAAAUGUGAUCUAACAGCUGGUUUCUGAACUUUUAUUUUGUAGACCUUCAAAUGUCUUCGCAUAAAUUUUCAUUCUUUGCUUCUUCCAGUUUGUAACAGUGAUCAGCACACUUCUGCUUGCAUAGCUGACUACUGUUCAGCAGUUAUAUUUCUUUGUAGAAUCAGUAUUCCUGUUCUAGGUAUAACAAAGGUAUCUGUUAAUACCAUACUUUAAAAAAAAAUGGCUGGCAUAAUUCAGAUCUGUAUUUAUAUGCUGAAGGACAGAAUAGAGGCCUCUACUCACAAACAGGAUCCAAGGGCCUGGUGUACAUGUUGUUAAUCAGAAGGAUCAUUGUUCAUGUCUAAUGUUGGUUCAUUCAGUUCCCUUCUGGAUUUCAGAUUCCUGAUAUGUUAUGCGUUCCCAUGAUUUCAUUCUCUUUGAGAGAGACAGAAUGAACAUCUUAGAUCUGUAUUGCCUUUGUUAGAGAUGGAAUCCAUCUGCAAUAGCUCUUUCUUCUUGGAUAAGCUAUUACAUUUUAAAAGCCAUAACAUCAGUAAUUGUAUUCUGUCUUCAACAGCAGCCAGUAUUCAGUUCUUCAGAGGAAAUUUGCAGGAUUGCAAGUCAAAAAUUAUUAUGUUCCUUGUUCUUCUCUGUGUCUGACAUUUUUAGGCCUUGAGACGCUCUGAGAAAGAUGUUUGUAUUUUGGCCAUAUUAAGAACAUAAGAAGAGCCCUGUUGACUGCCCUGUCUAACAUUUUUUAAUCAAUCUUUCCAAAAUUUAAUAUCUCCAGAAUUUAAUAUCACCCUUUGCUCAUUUCUUCUCUAGUAUUUACUUUUGCUACUUCUGGUUGUGCCAGUGAUAGUCUGCAGAUGUAUCAUCUGUUUGUAUUUUUAUACUUUUCCCCUUUGUAGAUCAAACAAAAGUGUUAAAGGUUGGCUGCUAGGACUUUCAACAAUCCUUGACACUGGAUAUCUACUAUUCAAAAGUCUCUAGAGGAAAAAGAAAGCAUAUACUAGGAAUAUACAGUAUUUUACAUGCAGCCUGGUAAAAUUACAUUUACAGUCAAACAUAUCUGAAGGUUGCCAUGCAUCAUGCUAUCUUGCCAAGAAAGCGAAAGAAAAAGACUAUCUAGCAUUCAAAUUUUACAUAUGUUUAUGAACUCCUGUGUCUCCUCUAUCAUUUCCCAUCAUCUGCUAGGGAACAUUUUUAGGAAAAGAUUCAAAUAUUUACUUUUAUUUCAUAAUUAAAAGAUUGACAUGAAAAGGGAAAGUGAUAACUAGGCCUCAAGCUGCAAUUUUAUUUUAGUCCCAUAAUUCUUACAGGGCAUAAUAAUGAAAAUGGAUAGUUUGUCUUUUGGAAAGAGGAAAUCCUGAAAGCUAUUAUGCUGCCAUUAUUACUGAAAAGUAAAAUCUUUUUUUUUUUACUAAGCACAUGUAGCAGUGGGGUGAGUUGAUGAGGAAAACUACUGUUUUGAGAAAAUCAGCAAAGGUCCCACAGAAAGAGUUGAUGUUAAGUAAUAUUCCAUAACUGUUGUGUCUCAUAAGGAUUGCAACUAUAUUAUUCCAAAGUUAGCUCGGUGGACUUUGUUGUUCAUAGGAGCAUUCUAAAUCUUAUUUCAGAUUUUGACUCUGACGAAGAACUUGGGCCAGUCUGUCAUCACACUCCGUUUCUAGGUGAUGGUCUGGGGUUGGCUGCUGAAUCUUAUAUAUAAAAAAAAACCUAUCUUUAUGCUUUUAUAUGUUUGCACGGUUGCAUGAUUAUAUGCAAGCAUUGGGCCUUUGUGAGAUGUGAGGGGAAGGCAUGUUAUGGUCAGGGCCAGCAGAAGUCUGUGGACCAGAGAAAUCUGAAUACAGUCUAUAUAUAAAUGAAUGAUCUCUGUUGUUGCAGCAUAAACCGUUUGCAUGGGGGGGGAAACCUCAAAGCGUGAUUUACUCACGUUCUAUACCAGUUUGUGUGUGGCAUACUCAUUUUCUUUUAGAACUGGGUAUAUUUUUGUAUGCCAUACUGCAUGUCCUUCAGUAAAGAAACUCUGUUCCCAAACAAGGCAAGCAUGUAUUCUGCAAGCCCUAGGGUAAAGAUUUUAUUCCAGAAUCCUAAAAGGAAGCAGCUGACAAUAUAUGUGGAAGAUUGGUAAAUGUAUGGCAAUAGUCAUAAUGGUAGCAUUUGCAUAUUAUUCUGUUCAGGUAGAAUAACUGUGCCUUGCUAUACUGCAUUCCAUAACUUUUUAUGGAAUUAUGCAUCUUCCUCUGUCCCAUUAAAUGCCUGCAUUUGCUCUUACAGUAGUUUGCUUGAAAUUGGUCUUGGUCUCAGAUUUUCUGUACAUUUCUGUCGAAAUAACUUAGUGAAAACAAAUCUGUCUUGUUUUGUUGAUAUAUGCAAAGCUGAGGCUAUAGUGGUCUUGCUAUCAGAUGCUUUAUGUUGGAAAUUCAGGGGGUAUGGGGGCGGGAAUUCCCUGUAAUAUAUAUACUUGUUUCUUGGCUGUAGCUGAAUUGGAUAAAAGAACACCGGUUGUUUAAUCUGAGAGUAUUUUUAUACAGUCAUUUCAUUUUAGAUGUUUAUUUAUUUAUUUCCCUUCCAGAUCAAAGGGUUGCAUCUUUUUGCACCUUGAAUGACAUGCAGCAUGUGCAAAGCUUGGAGAGUAAUCAAGCCUUGGGCGCAAGUCCAACAAAUGGAAAGGACUUCAUUGACACUACUGGGUAUGUAAACCUUGCCUCUUUUCUUUGAGGGGAAACAUGAUUGAACAAAUUCCUGAAAACAUUCCUCCUGGAAGGAAUAGAGAGGCACAGUGAUAGAUAGGAUUAUAAACAGGGGGUUGGGGGUAUUUGGCUUGGAACAUCUUCAAGGACUUGGAUAGGGGAUUGUCUUACCUCAGUACUUGAGAUAGAUAUUGUGCUUCAGCUCAGAGGUUGAGUCUCACCUCACUUCAGAUUCUGAAGUCAUAGGCUCCCCAUCGGCUAAAAUGAAAAAACAAAAAGAGGUGGGGAAAAUACUUGAGGAAGGCUGAGAAGGAGUUGCUAGCCUAGAAAGCAGAAAGGAGAGAGAAGGAAACAUGUACAGUGGUACCUCGCAAGACGAAUGCCUCGCAAGACAGAAAACUCGCAAGACGAAAGGGUUUUCCGUUUUUGAGUUGCUUCGCAAGACGAUUUUCUCUAUGGGCUUGCUUCGCAAGACGGAAACGUCUUGCAAGUUUGUUUCCUUUUUCUUAAAACCGUUAAUACAGUUGCGACUUGACUUCGAGGAGCAACUCAUAGCACGCAGUGUGCGUCUCCGUAGGGGCAAGAACGCGUGAAGGCGGGUUCUGAGGGAGAGGGAGCUUUGUUUCGGCGAAAAAUAGCAAGGCGCGCACACUUCCCUCCCCACAACUCCCAGUUAGGGAGGCCAGGCUCCGGGGCUCUUCGGACGGGGCUCCUUCCUUCUCCCCCCCCCCAGCGCCCCGGCGGUGACAAGAGCGCCUGCCCGGGCCCUCCGGCGCUCGCCCUGCGAGGGGCGCCCCCUACCUGCAUCUCCGCGCUUUCCAACCCCGCGACGGCUGCGGCAGGUUUGCCUCUCGGUGUGUGUGCGCGCAAGUGUGUGUUCUCCUCGCCCCGCUCGAGUUAGUCCCGGCGCAGCGCAGGCAGCAGGUGAGUCGCCCUUUGGCAGCGCGGAAGGCGCCGGGCCAGGCAAGGUCAGCUCGGGAGCCACCGGGGACGUGCCCCCACGCUCCUCUCCAAUGGGCUGGAUGCACCCCUCUCCGCUCGCGCACUUCUGGCUGGCUAGCCGGCUGCAGUAGCAACAGGGGAAAUAGGCAUCCACCGUCGCCGACGCUCCCUCCCUCCCUCCUGCCCGCGGCGGGCGGCUGGCUGGCUGGCGCUCUCGCUUUUCUUCGGGCUGCUGCUGCAGAAGGGAUUUUGCACCAGACAACUUUUAGGUCGGUAGGAAUUUUGACUACCGCGGCGACAGCAGCAGCAGCAGCAAGACGGCACCGACUGUAGUGCAAAGGGUCGGAGCAAGGCGAGCCGAACCGAUCCCAGGGGCUCAGGCAGCAACCUCCGCCCCGCCUCCCCUCAAGCUCCGCGCCCGCCUCUCCCUCCCUCCCAAGCACCCCCCUUUUUUGAGGUUUUUGAAGACUUUGGUGAUUUUUGAAGCUUUUCCAAAACUUUUCCGACACCGUGCUUCGCAAGACGAAAAAAAUCGCAAGACGAAAAACUCGCGGAACGAAUUAAUUUCAUCUUGCGAGGCACCACUGUAUCUAAAAGGCCUGUUCUCUGCCUGCCAGACAAAAGUGAGAAGUCUUUAACCUCAGCACACAUCUCACAGGGAAAGGAGGGGGAAAAUCCCUUUUGCAGGUUGAGCCUUCCCUAAGAGGUUCUUUCCCCACUCCUCCUGGGAGGUGCGACUUCACGUAGCAAUGCAAUUUAAAAAUCAAGUCGUCUUGCUUUUGUGGCACACAACUUUUCAUAGGGAACAGGCACUUGCUAUGAAAGCAAGCAGACCUGUUUUCCCUCCCCUGCUGCUUUCUUUAGCUGUGUGUGCCUAUUCCCAAGAGAGAAACUGAGCAGGAUUUAACUUCUGCCUGUCAGCUGUUAAGCAGAGGUAGAAUUCUGCUGCUUUGGCUGCAGUCACCUGUUUCCUGCUGGGGACAAGCACCUGCAACAUUGCAGAAUUGAGUCCUAGCCUCAGUUGAUGUCAUAAAUGACACCAGCUGCUUGACAGGUCGGCAUGGUUUGGGAGAAAUGGCUUUGUGGGCUGGAGGUUCCCCAUCCUUGCACUAACAUCUCCUGGUAAGGAGCACAGGACUGAGAGAACAGACGUACGUGUGUGUGUGAGAGAGAGAGAGAGUGAGUGUAUGUAGAUAGAUAUAUUGUAUGACUUCCCCAGACCUUGUGUUUCUUGAGUCCUUACCAGUUGGACUUGGAGCUGCGGUUGUUGGCAGGAUAGUUGGGAAGUGGUUGGCUGGAUAGUUGUUUUCUGCUACUGUGUUUCUUGCUACUAAGAGUUGUGUAGGAGGGCCUGGCUAGUCUAAGGAUUUUAUAAAAUAGCUGUUACUGUCACCCUAUUUGAUUUUUGGUGCAUGUGUUUCAGUCUCUGCAAAAAUUAAUGGUAUGGUGGUGCUGAGUUAUUAUUGUUUGUAUUGCCUUUUUGCCUAUACUUAUAUGUUAGUGAUCCCAGGACUGGUCAGGGUGUGAGACUCACCCAGUCCUGUGUGUUUGGUACCCAUGAGUGAGAGGCGGGGGGAAUUUGAUUGUUUCCCAGGAAAGAACAGUGUGGUUGCUUAAGCAAAUUAAUUAGCAUCUGUCUAAUUAUUAUUGCUGGUGUUAAGAUUCUUGUUAUAGCCUAGGGUGGUUGUGUAUUGUGGCAGGAGGUGCUUGAAGAUGUGUGUGGGAAGGAAAUAGGAUGAAGAGGGUUGGGGGAGAUUGGGGGAAGUAGACAGCAUGGCUCGAGAGGAGUCGGUUCAAGGGGGUUCACAUAUGAUUGCUUAAUGUCUCCCACUUGGCUCCUCUCCAAUAGCCUAGUGUUGUUGUUGUUAAUCUCCAUGUAUAUAUAAAUUUAAUUUAAUAAUAAUAAUACAACUUUUGCUGUCUCUAUAUAAAAAAAACCAGUUGUGUAGUUUGGAGGUGCUCCUGGGUCUAACUUUGUCACUUGAGGUUCAGGUACCUUUAGCGGAUAGAAGUUCCUUUUACCACAUUUGGCUACUGCAGCAGCUGCACCCAUCUUGGACAGGGAUAGCCUGGAUACAAAGAUUCAUUCAUUGGUAACCUCAAGUGUUUCAAUGGUUGCAAUGCACUCUGCACCAGGCUGCCCUUGUGCCUGGUUCAGAAGCUCCAGCUAAUUCAAAUUUCUGUGGCUAGACUGUUGGUAGGUACAGACUACUACCAGCACAUAACUUCAGUUAUGAAAAGCUUGCACUGGCUGCCCACAUAUUACCAGGCCAGGUUCAAGUUUCUUGUAUUAAUUUACAAGGCCCUUAACAACCUGGGUCUAGAAUAUAUUAAGGACUGUCUGAUCUCCUAUAUCCCAGUCCAAUCAGUGAUCUUUGGGGGAGUCCCUGUUGGCAGUCACCCAUGGCUCAGAUGCAUGGCUCAUAACUACUAGAAGCCAUGUGUUCAGUGUAGUGGGCCCAAACCUCUGGAAAUCUCUUCCAUCUGAGAUUGGACAGGCACCUUCAUUUGCUGAACUUCAGGUGCAUGCCUAAGACUUCCUUGUUGCAGCAUGCAUUUUGAGGUAGUGCUCAGUUUUAUUGUACAUUUUUAUUAUCCCAUUUUUUUGUGGAUUGCUUUUAUGUACACCUCAUAAGAAAUGCUUUAAUAAAUAAAAAUUAAAACAGGCAUUAAAAACCCAUCAUAAAAUGUAGACACAACCCUCCAAUUCCAGUGCACUUGAGGAGGAGAGGAUUGUAAUUCUUGGCCUGUUACCUGCUUCUAUAAUAGAAUGUAUUUUGUAUGAAUAAUUUGUACAGAUCCAUGUAGGAACAGAGGCAGGAUGUAUCUUGUGGGUUGUAAUGGGAGAGUCUAAAACUGGCAGGGAUCAUCGGGUAGGACAGGGAUGGGGAACAUGACUUUAGAUUCUGUCGGUGCCAGUAAGCAUGGCUAAUGGUUAGGGAUGAUGGGAGUUCCAACCCAAAAAGUUUUGAAGGACCACACAUUCCCCCACCUCUGGGGCAGGGCUCAUGGAUUUUAUUAAGCCCCCCUCUAAUUAUCUUUCCCCCAUCAUUUGAGCACUGCCUUAAAUUACAUUUCAACUUUGCAGUUUAAUUGUACAACAUUUUACUACUAAAAACUCUAGGCAUUUAGUGGAAUAGAGCAUAAAAUAAUCACUUGACACAAAGAUUAAGGUUUAUGAGGGACUUCUUUACAUUUCUGAAGUUUCAGAUUUCUGGUAGGGGCAAGAGGGAAGUUAAUGGGAGCAAUGGUGGAGAGGUUCACUGCCCUGUUGUAUUCAACCUUAGUGCAGCUCAGGCAUUUUAAUAGUAAACGACAAGACAAACAACGUAACCCCACAGUCACAGAAGAGUUCAAAAUUGAAAAAGGGACACGACAAGGUUGCCCUAUCUCCCCUUUGUUAUUUAUUUCGGUUCUGGAAGUGCUACUGAACUUGAUUAGAGGGGAUCGAUUGGUGGAAGGAAUUCAGGUUGGUCAGAAACAAUAUAAACUAAAAGCUUUUGCAGAUGACCUGGUUUUGACCCUGCAGAAGCCAGAGCCCAGUACGAAAAGAGUAUUACAAUUGAUUAAUGACUUUGGUCGGGUGGCGGGAUUUAAAUUAAAUAAACAGAAAACUAAGGUUUUGGGGAAAAAUUUGACUGAUACAGAGUCAGAACGGUUUCAGAAUGAGACGGAACUUAAUGUGGUUAAAAAAGUAAAAUACCUAGGGGUAAACAUAACAGCAAAAAACCUAAGUCUAUUUAAGGAUAACUAUGAAAAAUGUUGGACAGAAAUUAAGAGAGACUUAGACAGUUGGUCAAAAUUGAAACUUUCUUUGUUAGGCCGAAUUGCUGCUAUUAAGAUGAAUGUAUUGCCAAGGAUGUUGUUUUUAUUUCAAACACUUCAGGUUUUGGACAAAACGGAGUGCUUUCAGAAGUGGCAGAGAGAUAUUUCGAAGUUUGUCUGGCAGGGCAAAAGCCCAGAAUCAAGUUUAAGAUAUUAACUGAUGCAAAACAAAGAGGGGCUUUGCCCUGCCGGACUUAAAGUUGUAUUAUGAAGCCGCAGCGUUCUGCUGGCUAAAAGACUGGCUACUUCUUGAAGACACUGAUGUGUUGGAUUUGGAAGGGUUUAAUAAUGUUUUUGGAUGGCAUGCAUAUUUAUGGUAUGACAAAGUUAAAGCAAAUAAGGCCUUCAAGAACCAUAUUGUCAGAAAAUCAUUGUUUAAUGUCUGGACAAAAUAUAAAGACUUGCUGGAAAAUAAAACACCAAGGUGGCUUUCACCUUUGGAAGCUAAGGCCCGAAAAAGACCCAAUAGGGAGGCUAAAGGGCCAAAAUAUUGGGAAAUACUAGAAAAGAUGGAGACAAUUGGAAAUUGCAGAGUUUGGAGAAAAUGAAAGACAAAGUGCGAGAUUGGUUACAUUACGCUCAGAUUAAAGAAGUUUUUAAAAAUGAUAAGAAACUAGGGUUCCAGGUGGAGAAAUCGAAAUUAGAAACAGAAUUGUUAGAACCAAAGAUUAAGGUACUUUCAAGGAUGUAUAACUUGCUGUUGGAAUGGAAUACACAAGAUGAAAUGGUUAAAUCGGCUAUGAUAAGGUGGGCACAGGACAUUGGGUAUAAUAUUAUGUUUGAGGACUGGGAAAGGUUGUGGAGUAAUGGAUUGAAAUUUACUGCAUGUAACGCUCUGAAAGAAAAUGUAAUGAAAAUGAUUUAUAGAUGGUAUAUGACCCCAGUUAAACUUGCAAAAAUUUACCACCUGUCUGAUAAUAAGUGUUGGAAGUGUAAAGAGUGUGAGGGAACGUUCUUCCACCUCUGGUGGACCUGCCCUAAAGUGAAGGCGUUCUGGGAAAUGAUUUAUAAUGAAUUGAAAAGGUAUUUAAAUAUACCUUCACCAAGAAACCAGAGGCUUUCCUUUUGGGUAUUGUCAGCCAAGGGGUGGCAAAGAAGGACCAGACAUUUUUUUAUGUAUGCAACAACAGCAGCAAGGAUACUUCUUGCAAAACAUUGGAAAACCCAAGAUUUACCCACACUGGAAGAAUGGCAGAUGCAACUGAUAGACUACAUGGAACUGGCUGAAAUGACCGGCAGAAUCCGUGACCUGGGAGAAAGAGAGAAUCGAGGAGGAUUGGAAGAAAUUUAAGAACUAUCUACAAAAAUAUUGUGAUUUGAGUGAAUGCUAAAUAAGAUGCUAGACCAAAUAACUGAGCACCACUUAACUUAGAAGUUUUAAGAAAAUAAGUAAGACUGUGAAAGUUUAACUCUCUAUGAGAACCAUAAGAUUAUGAAAUAUUGAAGAGAUAUAAGAAUUUAAAUAAGAUGAUAAAUUGCUGACAAAAUGUUAUAACGAUGAAAGUGGGAGCGGGAGAUGUGAGGAAGUCCAAAGAAAAUGUGAAACUAUGUUAAGACAAAUGUUAUAUUGUUUAUUAUGUUUAUUCUUACUGUAAAACCCAAUAAAUUGCUUUAAAAAAAAAAAACAAACAACGUAACCCCACAAUCCAGUUGCCCUAGAGAAAUAAAAAUCCAAAGGGAGCUUGCAUGCAAUGGUAAUUUGGCUCAUUAUAUCACUGUUCAGUGAUCCUCCCUGCCUCGUGAGUUGCCACAACAAUUGUAUUUUUCUGACUGCUACAUUAAGAUUAUAAGAAAGAUUGCCAAAGAUUUGCUGCAACAGAAUUCUUAGAAUCCAUGUUUUAAAUUUAUCAUAUUGUUCAUUUGAAGUCUGUUAAAAUUUUAAUCAGCUCUCAUACUUUCCCAAUAUCUGUCAGCUUUUUUAAAACACCAGGAGCUGCCUCCGAUAUUGCUGGAGUGUUCUGGCUGCCACCAAAACAAACAACACACACACACCUUACUGCAGGGGAAGCCAUUUAUAUGAAGCAGCUAUUUUAUUUUAAUAGUUGUUUAGCUGUCAUUUAAAAUACAAUAUUAUAUCUCCAUGGUGGCUUAAUAAUUUUUUUUAAAAAAGAUUCAAAUCUUAAGAGAUAUAAACAGCACAGCCCUAGUUCUAAUAAUAGCACUAAAAACAUUUCAGAUCAAUAUAUCUUAGCAUCCAUAGCAAUAUAAAACUCUCUCCAGAAUGCAGCAGUGACUUGGCCAGAGGGAGAUCAGGGAAGAGGUGCAGCCCUACUGUGCCAUCCACUACUAAGAUAAGAAUUGUAUUUACUAAAGUUUUGAAGUGUCUGUUUAUAUUUUCAGUUUCGAAAUGUGGAAAGAGGCAUUGAAACAAAGUCUUUAUCUUAAAUAAGAUGUCACAUUUCUUGAUACCUUUUCUUUAUUUUAUUUUUUUAGUUAGCAGUAUUGUAAUACAACUUGACAUAUUUGCAUAAUAAUUCAAUGAGAACCAGUGUGCUAGAAUCUCAUUUUCCUUCCUUUCAAAGCAAGAAAAUUCAUGAUGACAGUUGUUUUCUGAACCGUUUUAAGAGAAUUUUUUCAACCUGUAGCAUUACCUGCUUUAGUUGAUUUUGUCAAGAACAAUGAACAGUUUUGUUUUGCCUCCUAUUUUACUUGCAGAUAUAGUCUUGUAUUUCAUCUGACUGCGUUUUUUCUGUUAAUGUGUCGGGCUUCUGUGGGCAGGGAUACAAAAACAGCCACAGUCACUGGGAUGUUCAGAUCAUGACUUUCAUUAGGGAUUAAGUAUUACAGUACACUCUAAUAGUUAACUCUAAUAGUGUUAGAGACGCAUCUCCCUGGUCAUUUAGUCAGCCUCCCUGGAUUAGGGUUUUAGACAUUCCCCCAAUAUUUGUGAAUCCACUCAAAAGCACUUUGGUAUCUAGUGAAUACCACACAGUUCCUUGUGUGGCAGCUUAACCUCUCUCUUUCCUGCAUGCAAAAAAAGGGGGGGGGACCCUAUUAAUCUUUCCUUCCAGGACUGACCCACCUCCCUGGGGGCUGAGGCAAAGGAGUCCACUGAGUGAGGGUCUGUGUCAGUGCUCAAGCAUUUCAGGGACUCGGCAGGGCAGUUCACUAGGCCCCCAAGUUCCUCCACCCUCCUUCCACUCACCUAACCAGCCAUAGGUAUGGUAAAGCAUCCUUAUGCCUCUCCCCAUUUGUCAGCUAAUCACUCCAGCCUCCAAGCAUUUUCUCCUGGCUUGCCUGUUGCUCAGCCAAGACUCCUCCUACCAGCCUCCUCCUUUUCACCUGAGCUAUAAGGAGUUUUGAAGCCCCAAGGCCAACAGAUAUGUCUUCUCCCAACAGGAGGAGAAGCUUGUCUGUCUUGCCUGCUGGCAAGCCUUGUUGACUGGGACCCUAAUUCUGCCUCUGAGCAGGUGGGAAACACAGGGUGCAGUUGAUCCUUCACAUAAUGCAUAUAGAUUGAAUAUUACUUAAUUAUUAUGGCAGUGGAUUCAUGAGGACUUAAUGACUAUGCAUUUCUAAUGAUAGAUCAUAAUUACGACCAGGUUAGAGCAAUGGCCUGUAUUGCUGUUAGUGUUCCUUGUGACAAGCACUUUGCACUCAUCACAAUGCCUAGCAGUAAGAUUUACUUGCUCCUUGAGAAUGAUACCAUAAUCAUAUCUGUUGGUGUUUGAUCUCAAUUUGUGUCAAUCUUGAGUGAGCUUGAACCUGAACAAGCUUUUAUAUGUGCUUUUUGCACUGAUUACAACUGUUAUUCAUUGUCAUCUGCACAGGGAGCUAUUUUACUUGGGCGUGGGUAGGACAUCUUGAAAUAAUUCAAAACUAAGUGCAAUUUAAUUUUGUAGGGAGGAUAGCCCUACUACAUUGACUGGAAAAGUAAACCAGCUGGAAGUGAUCCUCCGACAGUUGCAAACUGAUCUUCGGAAGGUAAAAAUGUUUAGCAGAAUAAAAUGUCAUUGGGUUUAUCUAACACUGUAAGCAUCUCACACAGUGGGACUUCUCCUUUCUCUCCUUCUCCUGUGCACCCCCCAAAAUCUGCUCUGCGUGUCCCCUAACCCUCUGGACCAAAUUUUGAGAAAAGGCCUUUAAAAAUGUUUUUGAGCAAUCUAGCCCCAAACCCAAAUCAAGAAUCCCAGCAGCUGCAUUUAAGAAUAAGAAUAAGAAUAAGAAUUUUAUUAUUUAUACCCUGCCCAUCUGACUGGGUUUCCCCAGCUACUCUGGGCUGCUUACAGCAUAUCUUAAAACAUAAUGAAAACAUCAAGCAUUAAAAACCUCCCUAUAUUUAGCCUUUAAAAAUGUAGAAAGUCUAAUUAGUCUCCUGGCUAAUCUAGUUGCUUCCUCAGGGCUGGAUUCAGUAUUUCUGGCAUAAUACGCUUGGGUAGCACUUCCUGUUCUCUAGUUCAGGUUCCCUAUAACCUGGAUGAUAAAUUAUACUAAGUGAUAGAUAAGCUAAUACUUGGCCUAUGUUUAACACGGUAUAGUAAGUAAUACAGGCUGCAUUUUCAGAUCUACAAAUGUGCCCCCCCCUUUUUUUUUUAGUUCACAGCUAUUUUCUGUAAGAAAAAUAAGUGUGUCAAGUUUGUUUAAAUCAUAGGUUUUAAUAAUGAAAAGAAUUCUACUUUUUUCCAACUGAAUACUAAGAAAUAGGAAUUUUCCUUUGCAUAUCCUUUGACUGUAUCACCAUUUUUCUUCAUGACUACUUCUAUUAUGAUAGCAGAAUUAAGGGGGAAAUGCUUCAACAUGCGUAAGGUCUGAAGGCACUGAUGUACUUGUUUACCACACAGAUGACAAAUUAGAUUGCUUUCAAAUAUUACAGGAGGUUCAAUACUACUUUGACUUCUUUGCAGUUGCCUUCUUACAUAAGACUUGCUUUCAAAAAUAUUUUUUUUGCAAACAUCUGCAAGGAAUUAUUUCAUAACCUCUAAAGAAAUAGCAUAUGGCUGCUUUUGCAGAGGUUCUCUGAAAGGAAGCACUUAUUGUUAUGUUUAGAAAACUUUUUAAAUUGAGCAACCUAUCCUCAAAUCUAAGGUUCACAUUACAUGUUGCAGCAGUAUAGCCCCUUGAUUAAAGCUGGAUCUCACCCCCUCUUACAUGAGGGAGUAAAAGAGAAUCUGGGUGUCUGGGGUUGGGGGUUUCCUGGAAAAGAAGUGGUCCAUGGAUGGGAGUGCUACCUCACCACUUACAUCUGGUAGCCAUCCGCCUGAAAAGCCAGUGAGGAGACACUAUGGGGCUUUAAGCUAGAAAAGGGUUUAGUUUUUGUGCUCUUUUUAGUCUAAAAAUCAUACCCACACAAACAUUUCAUUCAAGCCCACGUCUGACACAACUGGGUACAAAACUGUGAACUGGUCGAUUUCAUCUAUCUUUAGCACAAGAGCAAUUUUUGCAUCAGGGUUUCCAAACAGCUACUUCAUCUUGACUAUGGUUGUUAGGUCAUAUCUACAUCAUACAUUUCAAACGCAUGGCUUUCCCCAAAAAAUCCUGGGAACUGUAGUUUAAGGGAACGGAAUCAUAUAGCUUUGUGAGGAGUAAAUUACAGUUCCCACAAUUUUUUUUUUUCGGGGGGGGCGAUAUGUUUUAAAUGUAUAGAUGUGACUUUAAUAGCCUCUCAUAGAGUUGGAAGGGACCCUGGGGGUCAUCCAGUCCAACCCCCUGAAAUGCAGGAAUCUCAACUAAAGCAACCAUGACAGAUGGCCAUCCAACCUCUGCUUAAAACCCUCCAAUGACUCUCAAAGUCAAUAAAAUAAUAAUAAUAAUAAUAAUAAUAAUAAUUUAUUAUUUGUACCCCGCCCAUCUGGCUGGGUUUCCCCAGCCACUCUGGGCGGCUUCCAUAGAAACCAAAAAUACAGUAAAAUAUCACAGAUUAAAAACUUCCCUGAACAGGGCUGCCUUAAGAUGUCUUCUAAAUGUCAGGUAGUUAUUUAUCGCUUUGACAUCUGAUGGGAGGGCGUUCCACAGGGCGGGCGCCACUACCGAGAAGGCUGUCUGCCUGGUUCCCUGUAGCUUUGCUUCUCACAAUGAGGGAACCGCCAGAAGGCCCUCGGCGCUGGACCUCAGCGUCCGGGCAGAACGAUGGGGGUGGAGACGCUCCUUCAGGUAUACUGGGCCGAGGCCGUUUAAAGGUCAACACCAGCACUUUGAAUUGUGCUCAGAAACGUACUGGGAGCCAAUGUAGGUCUUUCAAGACCGGUGUUAUGUGGUCUCGGCGGCCGCCCCCAGUCACCAGUCUAGCAACCGCAUUCUGGAUUAGUUGUAGUUUCCGAGUCACCUUCAAAGGUAGCCCCACGUAGAGCGCAUUGCAGUAGUCCGAGCGGGAGAUAACUAGAGCAUGCACCACUCUGGCGAGACAGUCCGCGGGCAGGUAGUGUCUCAGCCUGCGUACCAGGUGAAGUUGGUAGACAGCUGCCCUGGAUACAGAAUUGACCUGCGCCUCCAUGGACAGCUGUGAGUCCAAAAUGACUCCCAGGCUGCACACCUGGUCCUUCAGGGGCACAGUUACCCUAUUCAGGACCAGGAAGUCCUCCACACCAGCCUGCCCCCUGUCCCCCAAAAAUAAUACUUCUGUCUUGUCAGGAUUCAACUUCAAUCCAUUAGCCGCCAUCCAUCCUCCAACCGCCUCCAGGCACUCACACAGGACCUUCACCGCCUUCACUGGUUCUGAUUUGAAAGAGAGGUAGAGCUGGGUAUCAUCUGCAUAUUGAUGGACACGCAGUCCAAACCCCCUGAUGAUCUCUCCCAGCGGCUUCAUGUAGAUGUUGAAAAGCAUGGGGGAGAGGACGGAACCCUGAGGCACCCCACAAGUGAGGGCCCAGGGGUCUGAACACUCAUCCCCCACCACCACUUUCUGAACACGGCCCAGGAGGAAGGAGCGAAACCACUGUAUAACAGUGCCCCCAGCUCCCAGCCCCUCUAGACGGUCCAGAAGGAUGUUAUGGUCGAUUGUAUCAAAGGCCGCUGAGAGAUCCAGCAGAACCAGGAAACAACUCUCACCUUUGUCCCUAGCUCGCCGGAGAUCAUCAACCAGCGCGACCAAGGCAGUUUCAGUCCCAUGAUGAGGCCUGAAUCCCGAUUGGAAUGGAUCCAAAUGGUCCGCAUCUUCCAGGCGUGCCUGGAGUUGUUCAGCAACCACGCGCUUAAUCACCUUGCCCAAGAAUGGAAGAUUUGAGACUGGGCGAUAGUUGGCCAUACUGGCCGGGUCUAAAGAUGGUUUUUUAAGAAGCGGUUUAAUGACCGCCUCUUUCAGCGGAUCUGGGAAUGUUCCCUCACAGAGGGAAGCGUUCACCACCCCGCAGAGCCAAUCGCCCAGCCCUUCCCGGCUUGCUUUUAUUAGCCAGGAUGGGCAAGGAUCAAGGAGACAGGUGGUUGGUUUCACGUGUCCAAGCAGCCUGUCCACAUCCUCGGGGGUAACGGAUUGAAAUUGAUUCCAUGCAAAAUAUUAAUGCCCCCAAAUAACAUGUUUUAUAAUAGGUACUAAGGUUGGCGGCUGUAGUACUGAGUGUUCUACAUUUCUGUACAGUAAGGUAGAACUGCAUAUAAUGACCCAGUAUCCCAUUAUAGUGUAAUUGCUCCGCUCUCAUCCAGAGCAGUGAAACUUAAAGUAUGAAUUAAGCAGUGCAAUGGUGGUUUUCACAUACUGUACUGUGAUUCCCUGUAGCUUUCUCUUACCCAUUUGCCAACACUUGGCAGCAUAUGGCUCCCCCCCCUCUGAUUUUGCUUAUAGAGCACGCAGCCUUUAAACAUUGGCAUUGCAACAGACCCUGUGUCUCUUGCUGAUAAAAAAAUAAUGUUGAUGCAUUUGCCUUGUACUUGGAAGCUGUUCCCAACUUCAUGUGUCCAACAUGCAUUCUUUCCCCACUGUUCAUUUUGGAUGGCAGUGUUUAAUACUCAGCGGGUAGAAACCACGCAGCUGGACAUCUUGUUGCCUUCUAUUUUGUUUAAAAGUACCUUUAAGUCUGUGUAGCUUUUUCUUAAUCUGAUGUACAGCUCUAAAAAUAUUCCUUAUCUUUUUGUGUAGUGAUCUCUCUGAAUAUGAUGAAGUGUGCUGAAAUGUAGCCUAGUCCUACAGCUCUGCUGCAGAAACUUGGUUAUACAAUCUCAUUUAACUUGUUUAGCCUGCAAGGCUAUCUGAUUUAGAACAACCGAGCAAGCAAAUUUGGGAAUUCAGCUUAGAGUUCCAGUGCUGUCAUUGCAAAGAGGGAGCUAAAGAAAACAGAAGUCUGUUUACUCGCUCAGAAACACGAGCAACAAAAACACUGGCUCUAAGUGUCAUUCAACUCCUUUUUUCUGUUAUCUAGGAAAAACAAGACAAAGCUGUUCUCCAAGCUGAAGUCCAACAUUUGAGACAAGAUAACAUGAGACUUCAGGAAGAAUCUCAAACAGCAGCUGCUCAACUAAGAAAAUUUACAGAAUGGUUUUUCAAUACAAUAGACAAGAAAUCCUAA